GCCUCAGGUGUAGGGAUUUGCAAGGAGAAAAACAGAACUACACAGCUAAGAAACUGUGUGGUUUUGUUUUUGGGUGGUUAUUUUGGAGGCUCAACCGUUCUCACCUUGGAUUUUCUGGAAACAUUUCUGGAUAAAGAGAUAGCUGCUGAGGCUAUAGCCAUCUGGGCACUGUCCCAUCUGUUCAAGGCACCCUUGUGGAUACAAGGUGCCGUCCACAAUGUCAACACAGGCGCCAACAUUUACACAGCCGCUGCAGAGCGUUGUGGCACUAGAGGGUAGUGCCGCAACGUUCGAGGCGCAAGUUAGUGGUAAUCCAGUUCCCGAGGUGAGCUGGUUCCGUGAUGGCCAGGUUCUUUCCGCUGCCGCUCUGCCCGGCGCACAGAUCUCGUUCAGCGAUGGCCGCGCUGUUCUGAUGAUCCCUGCUGUGACAGCCGCGCACAGUGGAAGAUUUUCUGUCAGAGCCACCAAUGGUGCUGGACAAGCCACUAGCACCGCUGAACUUCUUGUUACAGUGGAGACCGCACCACCCAACUUUAUUCAGAGACUGCAGAGUAUGACCGUGAGACAAGGAAGCCAAGUGAGACUGGAUGUUCGUGUUGCAGGAAUCCCUACACCUGUGGUAAAGUUCUACAGAGAGGGAGCUGAGAUACAGAGCUCUGCUGACUUUCAGAUUGUUCAAGAAGGAGACCUUUACAGUUUGUUGAUUGCCGAAGCCUUCCCAGAGGAUUCUGGAACUUACUCUAGAGUGGAGUCACAUUUCCAGUCCAGCUCUAUGAUGGAAAUGCGCGUUGAAGGUGGUGUAGUGACCCAGACAUUGGCACAUAAGACCCCACCACGUGUGCCUCCAAAGCCAACCUCAACCUCCAAGUCCCCAACACCACCAUCUCUUGCAGCCAGGGUUGCAGGUGGACGUCAUCAGUCACCAUCACCUGUGAGACAUGUCAAGGCGCCCACUCCGGCCCCUGUCAGGUCUGCCUCUCCCACUUCUGCCUCAAGACUGUCUGUGUCACCAAUCAGACCAGUCAAAUCCCCACUGACCACACGCAAACAAGUAUCCCAUAGUCCAGAUGUGCCUCCACCAUGGAAGCAGGGAGAGGGAUUUGUGGCGGAGUCCAGCUAUAGCAUGACCACUGCCUCUAGUGCCAGUCAUGUCCAGUCUUCUGCCACCCAUGCUCACAUGGAGCAGCACUGGGAGGGCUCUUAUGGAUUGAAAACGACUGGUGCCGCUGUAUCUGGUGUCGCUGUGAGAGAGGUAAGGAGAUCACCAUCUGGGCCGCUCACUCUGUGGGAGUGGAUCCAUCUAGUGGUCUACUGCAGGUUACACAAAAUGUUCUUUGUAGAUGUUUUGUUACAUUCAUUUGUAUGUUAUGUUUUGUUAUGUUAUGUCAACUUUUUGUUGUUACUACUGCCAUGGAUGAUGUGUAUGAUCUAUGUGCUGUAUGUGUUACAUUCACUGCUUGUUGUCUCAAAGGUUGAGGGUGGGAAAAAAGCGGAGGCAAAGGCUACAGUGGUUGCUGCUGUUGACCAAGCACGUGUUCGGAAGCCAAUGCAUGGAGAGAAGGGUCAUGCUGAAGAGGAAACCAUAGAUUCUGAUAUAAAACAGCAGUCGAUGCUGUCUACCACUGAGCAACAAUUCUCAACGAGGACUGAGGCUGGGCAAAUGCAAACAACAAUUCAAACACUUGCUCCUGAACAGAGUAUUCAUGUCUCCCAGAUGCAAAGAACUACCACUCAAGUGGAUACUGGCCUUGCACCAUCCCCAAUUCCACAUUUCACAGUUUCAAAAGUUAUGGUUCCUAAACCUGACCAUAGCUAUGAGGUUUCGAUAGCAGGUUCUGCUAUUGCCACACUGCAGAAAGAGUUAUCCUCUACCUCUUCACAUGCUGCUCAAAAGAUCAUCAAGACAGUGAAGCCUCCAUCUCAUAAGAUUGUGGUGGCGACAAGAGUGACGCCAGAGCCGACCCCACCUCCGUUUAAAGAUAUCGCAGACAGAUAUCAGACACAUUUCGACACUCAGUCACAGCAGAAACAGAUAGGCACUUCGUUUUCAGGGGGCAUGGAGCAAAUUUAUGAGGACUGGGAACAACAGGUUAUUGAAACAGCAGUUGUUCCAUCACCAAUAGAGGAGCCAACUGUGCCACCUACUCUUGUGGCUGGCUUGAACAACGUGACUGUCACUGAGGGUGAAUCUGUGACUCUGGAAUGUCAGAUCACUGGUCACCCUGCCCCUGGCAUCAUGUGGUUCAGAGAGGACUACAGAAUUGAGAGCUCCAUUGACUUCCAGAUCACUUAUGAGAGUAAAUGUGCCCGUCUGGUCAUCCGCGAGGCCUUCGCAGAAGACAGCGGUCGCUUCACUUGCACUGCUACUAGCGAGGCUGGAACCAUCAGUACAUCCUGCUACCUGCUUGUCAAAGUGUCAGAGGAGAUUGAGAGCAGAGAGGACACUACUGUGUCUGAAUAUGUUGAAACUUCUGCAGAGCAUCAGAUUAGCAUUGGAGCCAAGGAGGAGACCAUGUCGGAGGUGAGCGCUGUUGCAGAGACUGUGGAAGCAGCUCCCUUCUUUGUCAAGAAGCCAACUGUGCAGAAGUUGGUGGAGGGCGGAAGAGUUGUCUUUGAGUGCCAGAUCGGAGGCAGCCACAAGCCCAACAUUAUCUGGAAGAAGACUGGAGUGCCCCUUACUACAGGAUACAGAUAUAAAGUGCACUACAAUAAGGAGACUGGAGUGUGUAAAUUGGAGAUCUCCAUGACGUUUGCUGAUGAUGCUGGAGAGUACUCCAUCUUUGUCAAGAACCCUCUUGGAGAAGAGUCUGCCUCAGCCAGUCUGCUUGAGGAAGAGGAAUAUGAAGAAUACAUGAAGAAACAUGAAGUGACAUAUAAGACUGAAGUGACUACAAUGGUGCAGGAGUCUAGAGUGGCAGAAGUACCAACUGUUGCUGUUAGUGGCUAUGAGACAGAACAGAGGAUGUACAUGCAAAACAGAAUGGCUCAGCAGGCCCAAGCGACACGCACCUUCAUCUCCGAGCAGGAACUCAAGAUUACUGUCGUUGAGGAGAGGAUUAUCCAUGAGAUUGAGGUCCGCAUCAUGCAGAUUACAUACCAACAAAUUGUGACUGAGGAUCGGGAAGAGAUGGUGACUUGUGCAGACCGUGAGGCUGUACAGUCAGCCUUUGCCACUCCAGUUAAAAACUACAGAAUCAUAGAAGGAAUGGGGGUCACUUUCCACUGCAAAAUGGCAGGAACUCCAUUGCCCAAGAUCGUAUGGUACAAAGAUGGCAAGCGUAUCCAUCAUGGCGGCCGUUACCAGAUGGAGAGUCUUCAGGAUGGUAGAGCCAGCCUACGUCUUCCUGUGGUGCUGCCAGAAGAUGAAGGUGUUUACACAGCAUUAGCCAGCAACAUGAAGGGCAACUCUGUAAGCUCUGGGAAACUGUACGUGGUGCCCACUGCAGGAGCAGAAGCUCCACAGAUGCCUGAGUCACCGGCAAUGCAGAGAAUGAGGUCCACAUCCCCACGCUCUACAAGCCGCUCUCCCGGUCGUUCUCCCGGACGCUCUCCUGCUCGCAGACUUGAUGACACUGAUGAGAGUCAGCUGGAAAGACUAUACAAGCCUGUGUUUGUCUUGAAGCCACAGUCAUUCAAGUGUGCUGAAGGGCAGACUGCCAGAUUUGACCUGAAAGUAGUUGGUAGACCCAUGCCUGACACUUUCUGGUUCCACAAUGGACAACAAGUUGUCAAUGAUUACACCCACAAGAUAGUGGUGAAGGAAGAUGGAACUACGUCACUGAUUGUGGUUCCAGCCAUGCCCCAUGACUCUGGAGAGUGGACCGUGGUCGCUCAGAACAGAGCUGGAAGGACCUCUGUCUCCAUGACACUUACAGUUGACGCCAAAGAAAACUUGAUCAGACCCCAGUUCAUUGAGAAGCUGAAGAACAUCAGUGUUAAGCAAGGCACUCUGGUUGAGUUGGCGGUCAAAGCCAUCGGAAACCCCCUGCCUGAUAUUGUUUGGCUGAAAAACAGUGACAUCGUCUCCCCAAUGAAGCACCCAAAUAUCAAGAUUGAAGGCACCAAAGGAGAGGCCAAAUUCCAGAUCCCCCAAACAGUUGGCACUGAUAGUGCUUGGUACACAGCCACAGCCAUUAACAAAGCUGGAAGAGAUACCACUCGCUGCAGGGUCAACAUUGAGGUGGAAACUGCUGAACCUGCACCAGAGAGGAGACUCAUUAUUCCCAAGGGAACCUACAAGGCCAAGGAAAUUGCAGCUCCAGAGUUGGAAUCCCUGCAUCUACGUUAUGGCCAAGAGCAAUGGGAGGAGGCUGACCUAUAUGACAAGGACAAGCAGCAGAAACCACAGUUCAAGAAGAAGCUGACUUCCGUCAGGCUGAAGCAUUCUGGUGCUGUCCACUUUGAAUGCAGACUGACCCCUAUUGGUGAUCCCACUAUGGUUGUUGAGUGGUUACUUGAUGGCAAACCCCUUGCAGCUGCUAACAGAUUGCGCAUGGUUAAUGAAUUUGGCUACUGUAGUCUUGACUUUGAAGUUGCCUAUGCCAGAGACAGUGGUGUCAUCACCUGCAGAGCCACUAACACGUUUGGUGCCGAUCAGACCUCGGCUACACUGAUUGUAAAGGAGGAGAAGAGCAUGGUGGAGGAAACUCAGUUACCUGAGGGCAGGAGGGGACUACACAGAAUUGAUGAGAUGGAGCGCAUGGCUCACGAAGGAGGUCCUUCUGGAGUCACUGCAGAUGAAGGGGCUGAGAAGACAAAGCCUGAAAUUGUGCUUCUUCCUGAGAAUGCAAAUGUGCAGGAAGGUGAAAUUGCAAGGUUCCGUUGCAGAGUAACUGGUUAUCCUACACCUAAGGUCAACUGGUACCUCAAUGGGCAGCUCAUUCGCAAGAGCAAGAGAAUGAGACUUCGCUAUGAUGGCAUUUACUAUCUUGAGAUUAUCGAUAUCAAGUCAUACGAUGCAGGAGAUGUCAAAGUGUUAGCAGAGAACCCUGAGGGCACAGCUGAGCAUCUGGUGAAGCUGGAGAUCACACAGAAAGAGGACUUCAGAUCUAUUCUUCGUCGUGCACCAGAGCAUAAGGCCCCAGAGCCUAGCACCAUGGCUGAACAUGGCAGAGUUUCCUUUGAUGUGGUUAAGGUUGAAAAACCAACUGCCAUCAAAGAGACCAAAGAGGUAGUGCAACUAAAGAAGACCGAAAGAGUCAUCCAUUCAAAAGCCACAGAGGAGACAGACGAGUUGAAGGGCAAAUUUAAGCGCAGGACAGAGGAAGGAUAUUAUGAAGCCAUCACUGCUGUGGAGCUCAAGUCUCGUAAGAAGGAUGAGUCCUAUGAGGACAUGCUUAGGAAGAGGAAGGAAGAACUGCUUCACCAUCAGAAAAUGUUGUCUGAGGCUGAUAAGAAAAAAGAGGAGGAACGCAAGGUUCAUGUUCCCUCAAUUAAACCAGAGAGAGUAAAGCUCUCUCCCAGCAUGGAAGCUCCAAAGAUCAUUGAACGCAUUGCUAGUCAGACCGUGUCUCAGAUGGAAGAAGUUCGCUUCAGAGUCAGAGUUACCGGUAGACCAGACCCUGAGUGCCAGUGGUUCAAGAAUGGAAUUCUGCUGGAGAAAACAGAUCGCAUUUACUCGUUCUGGCCUGAAGACCACGUAUGUGAAUUAGUGAUCAAGAAGGUCACAGCAGAAGACUCUGCUAGCAUCAUGGUCAAAGCCAUGAACAUUGCUGGAGAGACUUCAAGCCAUGCAUUCUUAUUGGUGCAAGCAAAGACAGUCAUCACCUUCACACAAGAGCUAGAAGAAACCAACGUGAAAGAGAAGGACACGAUGGCGACCUUUGAGUGUGAGACCAAUGAGCCUUUUGUUAAAGUCAAAUGGCUGAUGAACAAUGCGGAGAUUUUCUCUGGAGACAAAUACAGGAUGCACUCAGACAGAAAGGUUCAUUUCCUCUCUGUACUGACCAUCAACAUGAAGGACGAUGCAGAAUACAGUUGUGCUGUUAUUGAAGAUGACCACAUCAGGACCACUGCCAGACUCAAUGUGGAAGGUGCCCCACUGUCAAUUGUAAAGAGGCUGGAGAACAUUGAGGUGCCUGAGACCUACUCUGGGGAGUUUGAGUGUGAAGUGUCUCGAGAGGAUGCCGAAGGUGUAUGGCAUUUUGAGAACAAGGAGCUCACUCCCAGCAGCAAGCAUGCCAUCUCCUCCCGCCGAGGACGCCACAGUUUAUCUGUGAAAGAUGUAAAGAAAGAAGACCAGGGAAAAUAUACAUUCACCACGGGUGAAUUCAAGACUAGUGCCUCCCUGAAAAUGAAACUGCGCCCUGUGACCCUGUUGCACCCCCUCUCUGAUAUGACAAUCUGUGAGGGUGACAUAAGCCAGUUUGAGGUGCGAUUCUCUCAAGAAGAUGUUGAGGGCACUUGGAUGAAGAAUGGUGUUGUCAUUGAAGCUUCAGAUCGCAUCCACAUUGUUAUUGACAAGCUCAUCCAUAAACUUCUCAUAGAGGAUACAGGCAGGCUUGAUGGUGGAAUGUACUCCUUUGUAGUUCCUGCUCAGGACAUUUCCACCACUGCAAAGCUGACUGUUCAAACGAUUAGCAUCUUGGCCCCACUCAAGGAUAUUACAUCAGUUGAGGGCACCAAGGCUGUUAUGGAGGCUAAAAUCUCUGCUGCAGAUAUUAGCUCAAUUAAGUGGUUCCACAAUGACAAGCUUGUGAUGCCCAGUGAGAGAAUCCAGAUUGUUCCAAAGGGAUCCAAACAGCGUUUGGUGUUCAAUCGGACAUUCGCCUCUGAUGAAGGAACCUACAAGCUAUGUGUUGGCAAAGCUGACUCUAGCUGUAAACUGAUAAUCCAAAAAAUUUCAAUUGUGAAGCAAAUGGAGGAUCAAGUUUGUACAGAGACACAGCACGUCACAUUUAAUGUGGAGGUGUCCCACCCUGGCAUUGAUGGUAUCUGGACCUUCAAGAAACAACAUCUGAAAAAUGAUUCCAAGUACAAGAUAGUGACCAAGGGCAAGAACCACAGCCUGACUGUCAUUAACACCAUGAAGGAUGAAGAGGGGCAAUACACAUUCGCUGCUGGUGAACAGACAUCCAGUGCAAAGCUUACUGUGUCAGGUGGCGCUAUAUCCAGACCGCUGCAUGACAUCAUUGUGGCUGACUCUCAGACAGCUGAAUUUGAGUGUGAGGUGGCCAACCCAACUGCUGAGGGCAAGUGGCUGAAGGAUGGACAACCUUGUGACUUUGGUGAAAAUGUCAGGAGUGAGAAAAAUGGAGCUGUCAGACGUCUUGUUAUUGUCAUCACCAGACCCACUGACAUCGGUGAAUACACUUACCAGGUUGCAAACUCCAAGACAACAGCCAACCUGAGAGUUGAAGCUGUGAAAGUCAAGAAAACCCUGAAGAACCAUACUGUCACUGAGACACAAGAAGCAGCAUUCAUUCUGGAACUCACCCAUGAGAAUGUGAAGGGCUCACAAUGGAUUAAGAAUGGUGUAGAGAUCCAACCUAGUGAGAAAUAUGAAAUCACCGUUGAUGGCAUGGUCCACACCUUGAAGAUCAAGAACUGCACCAUACACGAUGAAUCAGUUUAUGGAUUCAAACUUGGAAAACUAUCUGCUAAUGCCAGACUGAACGUAGAGGCAAUUACUAUAACGAAGAAGCCUAAAGAUGUGACAUCACUAUUGGAUGCCACUGCCUCUUUUGAGCUGAGCCUGUCUCAUGAUGACAUCCCUAUCAAAUGGAUGUUCAAUAACGUUGAGCUUAAACCAAGUGAAAACAUCAAAAUUCUGUCUGAGAGAAAAUGUCACAAGCUGAUCAUCCAGAAUGUGGAUGACCACAAGGCAGGAGAGUACACUGCUAUGGUCGGACAUGUGCAGUGCAGUACUCAUUUAUAUGUUGAAUCUCUGCGUGUCACAAAACCCAUCAAGAACAUUGAAGUCCCAGAGACCCAGGUGGCCACUUUUGAAUGUGAAGUGUCACAUUUCAAUGUCCCAUCCACCUGGCUGAAGAAUGGAGUGGAGAUAGAAAUGAGUGACAAGUUCAGGAUUGUGGUGCAGGGCAAACUUCACCAGCUCAAGAUCAUGAACACUGGCAGUGAAGACUCUGCAGAAUACACCUUUGUCUGUGGAAAUGACAGAGUCUCUGCAACUCUGAAAGUUAGCCCCAUUUUGAUCACCUCCAUGCUGGAAGACCUCAAUGCACAGGAGAAAGACACCAUCACAUUUGAAGUGAAUGUCAACUAUGAGGGCAUCACCUACAAGUGGCUCAAGAAUGGUGUUGAGAUUCGCUCCACUGACAGAUGCCAGAGCCGCACCAAACACCUAACUCACUCUCUCACCAUCCGAAAUGUUCAUUUUGGUGAUGGUGCAGAGUACAAGUUUGCUGCUGGCUCUGCUGCAACUACAGCCAGCCUAUAUGUUGAUGCACGUGUUAUUGAAUUCACCAAGCACAUCAAAGAUAUCAAGAUCACAGAGAAGAAGAGGGCCACAUUUGAAUGUGAGAUCUCUGAGCCUAAUGCUCAGGUGACGUGGAUGAAGGAUGGACAGGAGCUGGAAAUGUCUGAAAGAUACAAGGUCUCCACUGAGAAAUUCUUGCACCGUCUAAUGAUCCAGUCAGUCCGCCUGUCUGAUGCUGCAGAGUAUUCUGUGGUCGCUGGUGCAAGCAUGUCAAAGGCUCAUCUCACCGUGGAGGGGCGUGACAUCCACAUCACAGAACCCGAAGAGAAAGAAUUCAUGGUUGUUGAGAAACAAAAAGCGUCGUUUGAGUUUGAAGUCAGUGAGGACGACGUUGAAGGUCGCUGGCUGAGGAACGGUGCUGAGAUGCAGUUCAACCUUGACGAUAGGCUCCACUACAUUGCCAUUAGAAAGGUCCAUCGCAUGACCAUCUCUGAAACUUAUAGAAGUGAUGCAGGGGAGUACACCUUCAUCGCUGGCAAGAACAGGGUCGUGGUGACUCUGCAUGUCAAUAUCCCUGAGCCACCUCAGAUAAUUCGCGGCAUGCAAGCCCUGUCUGUGGAGGCUGGCAAACCUGCUAGAUUUUCUGUGGAAGUGACUGGCGUCCCCCAGCCCCAGGUGUUAUGGUACAAGAACUCCCAGGCUCUCUCCCCUGGCUUCAAGUGCAAGUUCCUGCGUGAAGGAAAUGAGCACACUCUGCUUCUCAUCGAAGUGUUCCCAGAGGACGCAGCCUUGUACAACUGCGAGGCCAAGAAUGACGUUGGGCUUGCCACCAGCUCAGCACCACUCAAUGUGGAAGUUUCAGAAGUCGUUUCUCCUGACACUGGAUCUCCACUGUCCAAGCCUGUGAUCAUAACACCAAUGAACAACACCUCAGUCAAUGAGGGAGAGGCUGCUAGGUUCCAGUGCAGAAUCUCUGGUGAAGAUCUAAAGAUCUCUUGGUACGUCCAUAAGAAAGAGAUCGGCCAGUCCGAUGCCUUCAGGAUGUCUCAGUUCGAUGACACCUGCCAGCUGGAGAUCACCAGAGUGUACCCCGAGGAUGAGGGGGAAUACACCUGUGUUGCCAGAAACUCAGCAGGAAUGGUCACUUGUGCAGGAUAUCUGGCACUUGAAGUGGUUGAAAAGGAGGUGGAGAAAAAGGAAAAGGAAGUUAAAGCUUUCUCUAGCUUCACUGUCUCAGCUGAAGAGGAAAAACAGGAGUCUUACUUCACUGGUCUACAAUUAGGCAAAAGCAAAACACUUGAACUCAAGCCAGAGUCCAAACUUUAUUCUAGUACAACAGAGAAGAAAAAAGAAAAGCCAGUUUUUGUGACCCAACUCUCACCAGUAGCUGUCACUAUUGGGGACAUAGCUAGAUUUACUGUCACAAUAUCUUGUCUUCCAAAGCCUAAUGUCCAGUGGUUCCACAAUGGUCGGGUUAUAACAAGUUCAUCAGUUUACACAUUUGUUCAAGAGCGAGACGAAUAUACCCUCGUCAUUAACAAAGUAGAGAAGGAAUUUGAAGGAGAAUACUCAUGUACUGCAAGCAACAGGUUUGGCCAAUCAACCUGUACCACUUUCUUGAACAUCCAAAUAAGUGACACAAAGAAACCAGAGAGGCAGGUUGAGAAAAUGUUCAAACCCACUGGCCAACCACCUGAAUUUAUUAAAACUAUUGAGCCUGUACAAUGCUCUGAAGGUGGUCUAGCUCUCUUCAAGUAUAUUGUCACUGGGAAUCCUCUUCCAGAGGUUCAGUGGCUUAAAGGUAGUUAUCAAAUUCAGCCCAGUAAGUAUUGUAUUGUGGUGAACAACCCAAAUGGCUCUGGCUUCAUCAACAUGAAGGGCAUCCAACAGCAGGACAGUGGCCUCUACACUUGUAGGGCUUCCAACCCAUCUGGGGAGGCCUCUUGUAGUGCUGAGCUAAUCGUGUUCAGAGAGUCUGUCUCUAUAUCUCAGCACCAGGAACAACAUGUGGUUGUUCAGAAACAAAAAGGUUAUAAAGUAUCCAUGACUGAACAGGCUACAGAGUCACGCUUGUACAUGGUCAACCUUCCUGGAGAAGCCAGGGCCAGAGAUCAGAUGGUGUACACCAUAGGUACUGAGGAGAGACAGGUUAUUUCCAGCGAGCAAGUGGACACCCUUAGAGAGUUGGAUAUCUCUGCUGCUACCCUUCAUAGAGAGCAAGUCACCCACCAGGCUGCAGUGCUGCAGUCACAUGAGGUAGAAGAGAGAGUGUCUGUGACUCCCACCAGACCACCUCCAGCCUCAGCUGCGCCUAUUAAACAACUGCAUAUGGCCGCUUUUACAUCUGCUGUCCAAGAGAGCCAAAAGCUCAUAGAGCAACAUUCUGAUCGUAUCCAAAGUCCGGAAAUCUUAGAGCUUGAGCCUGCAAGGGAGCAUCAUUCGAACAUAAUGUCUGCCACAUCAGAAGAGGUUAUUCCUCUAAUCACAGUGAGAACUGAGGUUUUAGGAGACAGAAAACCAGAACAGAUUAAGUCAUCUAAGGAACCAAAACAGGUUGUCAGUAGUCAUCUAGUUGAAACCAGGUUACCAAUUCUGAAAGAGAAAUUAGGUAUAACCACUAGGCCUGUGGAAGAGAGAAGCUUCAGAGUUACAGAGGGUGUUAAGAUUUUAUAUACCGCUACAUUGACUGGGCAACUGCCACUAUCAGAGCGCCAUUGUGAUACGCUAUCAACAUCGGAUAAACCCACUCAGUCCCUGCUAGAGAAGGAACGUCCUAACCCAGUGGUCGCACCAGUCAGUGAGACUCAACAUACUUUAUCCAAAGAGCAGAGAUUUGAAAUACACAAACGUAAACAAGAGAGCGCUUUGGUAAGUAAAGAUAGGUUAUUGAAAUCAGCCAUGAGUGCUGAAGAAAAACAUCUGCUCCAGACUGAACACUCAAAAGCUAUUCCAGGUUUGGAAAGCGCGAUGUCUUUGCAAUUUGAAAAAGAAGAAGAACAGCUCUUACAUCUACAGACGAUUAGUAAGCCAGAUAUAUUACAGUCUGAAGGUAGAUUUACUUGCGAGAAGCCAUUGCCAGAGAGUGCAGAUGCAAGAAAAAGCCCUACUCUGUUGCACACAGUCACCCACAAUGAAUGGAAAUCUGUCACUUGUGAGAAGAUAUCUGAGUUUUCAGCUCAGCUGGACACAAUUUCAAUUGAACCCAGAAAAGAGGCCAAAGCUCCUUUACAUCUUCAGUCUAUUCAGUCAGAAAGUGUAUUACCUAAAGAAGGUAUACUUAGUCCCGAGAAGCCAGAUCAGCAGACUGCAGUACAGAAACAGGAAAGAGCCCGCAAACAUGCAGCAACCUCAGAGGAUAAAAGGGAGUUUAGUGCAGAUUAUUCCAAAGAUCUUGAUGUGUCCGUGACAGGAGUUCAGUCAGAGCUUAGAACAGAACCCAGACCUCAGAACAUUCUUCAGGUCACAUCAAUGCCCAUGCAGAUAUCCAAAGAAACACCAUUUACUAGUGAUGUCAAACAGCAGCGUGCAUUAAUCCAAAAGGAGGAUCGCUGGAACAUUAUGCACUCAGUAACUGUGGUUGACACUCAAAGUAUAGAAGAGGGGCAUACCAUAAAUUUGAAAGCAAAUGAUGCAUUCAAACCUGUAGUGAAAAUUGAACCAAAGAUCCCAACAAAGCCUGUCUAUAUUGAAGAGAAGGCAAUAGCAACUGAAGGUUGUGCCAUUUUACAUGCAGCUGAACAGGAUUUUGCUGUUCAGAUCCACGAAGGUCAGUCGGUGAGACAAUCAAUAUUAUUGGAGGAGAAACACAUCAUUGUUGGUGAGCAAUCAAGUGAAAUUGGAAAAUCUGCUGGAUUGGUUGUCAGUGUAAAGACUCAGCCUAAAGGGGUAUCAUUUGUGCACGAGUCUCAGGAGAGCCAAGUUCUUCCAAAGGAACUUACCUUUGUGAUCCCAAUGCCAAAACCAACAAGUUUGGGCAUCAGACAUCAGUUGAAAACUGCGCUUCAGUCUGCUGUGGCUUGUGACCAGCCACUUAUACUAGCAGACGUUGUUGAGAGAUUGGAGGCUGUUGAGGUACAGGAAGUGAAGGUAGGCAGGGAAACUAAGGGUGCAAUGUUCACCUACCUUAUCACAACACCGGGUGCCUCCAUGGAAAUAACAAUUGCUUUUGAAGGAGAAUACCCUCAGACUGCUGAUCUGAGGACAGAACUCCAAGCAGCUUUCCAUGCUAUAGUUUAUAGAGAGCAAGAGACCCUCAUUUUGGACCAACCUGGCACAAUGCAAAUAGUCAAGCCUCAGAAAACAAAUGUUAGCAGUGCAAAAUCCAAAGAAAUGCUAUCAUCGGUGGUGGAAACUGUCAGAGUAACAGAGAGUGCAGAGGGUUUCGAAUCCCCUGUAACACAGUCUGCUGCUCAGAAGACUGAAACGAUGGCUUCGUUCCAAAGCAUAACAGCUCAGGAUCGCACUGUGGUGCAUGAAUCCAGGCAGACUACUAGGCAGGAGACCAGAUCUGUGACAGUAAAAAGCCAUGAUGAGAGAGAUGUAGGUGCUGCAGAUUUAACCACAGCAGUACCCUUCGCCUCUGUCCCUGUCGAACAGUCUCAUGUGUUUAUACAGAGAGAAACGAUGGAGGAGUUUCUGUCAGAGGCAGUUAUGAUUAGUAAACUUCCUGAGCAAUUCACUAAAGCUUAUCCCAUUAUUGUAACUCCCCUGGAGGAUAUUUGUUCAGAGAACAAUAGCAUGGUUACUUUUAGUGUGACCAUAAUGUGUGUCACAAAAGUUAACUGGCUUUUCAAUGGAAAGUUGGUCAAAUCUGGCAAAGAAUUUAAGUGUUCAAAAGACCAUGACACAUACACACUAGUAAUCUGCGAGAUUGUCAAGGAGAAGCACGAAGGAGAAUAUGUCUGUGAGGCUGAGAAUGAAGCUGGCAAGGCUACAACAACAUCAAGACUCACUGUUGUCUCGAGAGUGCCACCAGUUUUCCGGUACAAAAUCCAGCCCCUGGAGGUCAAUGUUGGCAGCGGAGCCAAGUUCGAAUGUGAGAUUGAAGAUGCACCAAAUGUGCAGUUCAAGUGGUUCAAGUCUGGCACUCCUAUCAAAGAGAGUUCAAAUUGCAGGAUCCUCAGUCGGCAACUGACAUCUUCAUUGGAGCUUCUGAGCCCAACCAAAGCUGACAGUGGUGAAUAUACCUGCAAGGCUACAAACCAGAAUGGCAGUGACACCUGUGCCGCCAAACUCAACGUAACUGAACUUUUCCCACCUGCCUUUAUUACUAAGCCUGAUCCAUUGACAUUGUAUGUUGGGAAAAAGGCAAACAUUCAGUGUGUAGUCACUGGAUCUUCACCGAUGACUAUUGUCUGGCAUAAAGACAACAAUGCCAUUUCUUCGGGGGGAAACUACAAAAUCUCCUCAGAAAAUAAUAAAUAUAUUCUUGAAAUAUCAAAACUUGAACUUACGGAUCAAGGUGUUUACCUGUGUAAAGCGUUCAACAGUGUUGGAACUGCUGUGUGCAGCAUGGAGAUGAAGGUCAUCAACAAACCCUAUUUUGUGAAAACACUUGAAUCAGUGUCAGUCGCUGUUGGAAAUCCACUGCACCUUGAGUGUCAGUUGGAUGAGGAUACCGGAGUGUCCAUCACCUGGAUAAAAGAUGGCAAAAAGCUCCAUCAAACAAUGGAUUGUAAACAGUCUUUUGAAGAUAAGAUGGUCACUCUUGAUAUUCCAAAAGGAAAACUUAAAGACACUGGAAACUAUGUCUGUACAGCUGCCAAUGAUGCUGGAAGCACAAGUUGCUCCACUUCAAUAAAGGUUCAAGAACCCCCAGUCUUUGUAAAGAGACUGGAACCCAACUUGGUUUGGAAGCAAGGCAUAAGUGCACGUUUGCAGUGCACAAUCAAAGGGUCACCUGAACUCCAUGUCACCUGGUUUCUGAAUGACAAAGAGCUCUCGGCUGGCGAGAAAUACAAAAUCACUUUCAAGGACGGUUUUGCUACUUUGGAGAUCAUUGAAAUUGCUUUGUUAGACAGUGGAAAUUACACAUGUGAAGUCCUGAAUGAAGCUGGCUGUGAGAGCUGUAGCACCAAGUUAACUAUAAAAGAACCACCAUCCUUCAAAAAGGAAUUGCAAAUGGUUGAAGCAGUCAGGGGCACUGUUGCUCUCUUCCAAUGUGAAGUUGCAGGCACUGCCCCAUUUGAAUUCAAUUGGUUUAGGAGUAAGAAAUCACUCACUUCCGAUAGGAAAUACAAGAUUGUUUCUCAGGACUCGAUUGCUUCUUUGGAGAUCUGCUCAUUUGAAAGUGCAGAUGUUGGGGAAUAUCAAUGUGUUGUGUCAAAUGAUGUUGGUUCAAUCACUGCAAAGACAAUUGCCAAACAGAAAGAACCACCAUCAUUCGCAAAGAAGAUUGAGAACACUACAGCAGUUUUGGGCAGUGCUGUUAAACUGCAGGGUACUAUAAAAGGCUCUGCCCCUAUUACUGUCAAGUGGAUGAAGGAUGCUGAAUGGCUUAGGGAUGAUGACCCUAAUAUCACCAUGGCAUUUCAGAAUAAUAUCGCCAUUUUGACAAUAGCAGCUGUUGACAUUUGCCAUGGUGGAAAGUAUACAUGCCAAGCAGAGAAUGAGGCUGGUCAACAAAAAUGUGAAACCUCUUUAGCAGUUCAAGAACCCGCUAGAAUCUUAGAGAAAGUCGCAUCCAUCAACGUGACUUCAGGGGAAUCAGCAACCUUGGAAUGCACAAUUGCAGGAAGCCCGGAUCUUAAAGUGAAAUGGCUCCAAGAUGGAAAGGAGAUUACAGGAGGCCGAAAAUAUAAAAUCACUCUUAAAGACAAUGUAGCCAUCUUAAAGAUUGUUGCGGCAGAGAAAGGAGGCACAUGUGAAUACACGAUGGAAGUGUCCAACCGCGUCGGAAAAGACCAGUGCUCUUGUUCAGUCACAGUGCUAGAACCUCCAAUCUUCACAUUAAAACCUGACAACCAAGAUGUCGUACCAGGAUCUACUGUUGUCUUGAAGUCUGCUUUCACUGGAUCGGCUCCUUUUACGAUUAAGUGGUUCAGAGAGGACAAGGAGAUAACCACUAGAGGCGCAAGUUUUAUCAAGAAAGACGCUUCUUCAAGUUUCUUGGAACUUCACUCAGUGAAGCCCAGUGACUCGGCUAACUACACUUGCCAAGUGGCCAAUGAUGCCGGGAAGGUGGCACACUCUGCAGUCUUGUUUGUGAAAGAACCUCCUCAGUUUUCAAUGAGGCUUGAGCCAUUAAAACUGGUGAAAAAUGGACAACCACUUACAUUGACGUGCAAAGUCACUGGCAGUCCUGUGAUCACUGUUAAGUGGCUUAAGAAUGAGACUGAAAUCACUUCAAAUGAUAAAUGCAGACUGUCCUUCACUGACUCAGUUGCUUCACUGGAUAUUGUGAACUGCUCUGUUGAUGAUAGUGGAGAUUAUGUUUGUGUGGCAUCAAGUGAUGCUGGUAGUGACCACUGCAGCAGCACAGUUACAGUCAAAGAACCUCCCAUGUUUGUGACAGCUUUUGAGUCCAAAGAAGUUGUGAAAGGGUCUGAUGUUAUAUUCGAAGGAGUUAUUUCAGGCUCAGCUCCAUUUGAAAUAUCUUGUUAUCAGGACACCAAGCAGAUCAGAAAUGACAAAAGGCAUAAGAUAAAUAUACAAGAUGGUGUAGUCACUCUUCAGAUUCUUAAAUGUGAGUCUGGGGAUGCUGGAAAAUACCAAUGUAACAUAGAAAAUGAAGUUGGGAAGACAACAUGUGAUUGCCAAAUUACAUUAAAAGAACCACCCUCGUUUGUACAGAAAAUAGAGAACAUCAGUUCUUUAGUUGGCUCAGAGAUUUCUAUGCAGUGCACUUUAAAGGGAUCACUGCCCAUGACUGUAUCAUGGAUAAAGGAGGAUCAUGAAGUUAAAGAAGGCGAACAUAUACAGAUAUCUUAUGAGACCAGAACGGCAGUGUUAACUUUAAGAAACACUCAGAUGAAACAUGGUGGAAAAUAUAUUUGUCAGGCACAGAAUGAGGCUGGAAGUCAGAAAUGUCUUGCCACGCUUACAGUCAAAGAACCUGCAAAUAUUACUGAGCGAACCAAGUCUAUCAGUGUAACAACAGGAGAUCCAGCUACUCUUGAAUGCAGGUUCUCAGGAUCUAAAGUCCUCAAAGCCAUGUGGCUGAAGGAUGGAAGAGAGCUGACAUCAGGUCAAAGAUACAAAGUACAGAGCAGAGAUAAGAGCUCUGUACUGAAGAUACUCUCUACAGUGAAAAGUGAUAGUGGUGAAUACACCUUUGAGGUUUCAAAUGAUGUUGGACGCAGCACUUGUGAGGCUUCAAUCACUGUUCUAGAUCAAACUAUUAAACCAUCUUUCACAAGAAGACUGGAGAAAAUGGAGAGUAUCAAAGGAUCUUUUGCCCACUUGGAGUGUCUUGUGUCUGGAUCCCUGCCCAUAUCUGUACUCUGGUACAAAGAUGAGAAGGAGAUCAAGAGCGAUGAGAAACACAAAUGCACAUUCUUUGAGAACUCGGCAUUUCUAGAAAUUAGUCGUCUUGAUAGUGCUGACAGUGGCGGCUAUACCUGCAUUGCUAGUAAUAAGGCAGGCAAAGACCAGUGUUCUGGUGCCUUGCUUGUGAAAGAACCGCCAUCUAUUCUAGAAAAACCUGAAUCAAUGGAUGUUUUGCCUGGUUCAAAGGUUCAGUUUAAUGUCCUUUCGUCUGGCACGCCACCCUUGACCAUGAAAUGGUUUAAAGACAAGAAGGAGAUCUUAUCAAGCUCGGAUUGCUCUGUGAUUAAAGAUUACAACUCUACUUCACUGGAGCUCUUCUUUGCCAAAACGUCAGACUGUGGAAACUAUGUCUGUGAAAUACAUAAUGACGUCGGCUCUGAUGUUUGCCAGGCAACGCUCUUUGUCAAAGAACCUCCCAGUUUCCUUGAAAAACCUGACAAAUUAUCAGUUGUGAAACUUAGAGAAAAUAAACACUUUGAAUGCCAUAUUGGUGGCACUCCAGAAAUACAAGUGCACUGGUUCAGAGAUGGGAAGGAGAUAAGUCGUAGUGACAAAUACAAAAUGUUCUUCGUUAAGUCUGUGGCGAGCUUAGAGAUAAUUGGUGCUGAUGCCAAUGACAGUGGAGUAUACUUCUGUGAGGCCCGUAAUGAGGCAGGCAGUGAGAGCUGCAGCAUGGAGUUAGCCGUGAAAGAGCCCCCAGCAUUUAUUGGAGAGUUAACGCCUGUUGAAGUCGUGAAGGGCUCUAUGACUGUCUUUGAAUGCCAAGUGGCAGGAACUGGUCCAUUUGAGGUUACAUGGCACAAAGAUAAAAAGCAGAUCAAAACCAAUAAGAAGCAUGCAAUUUAUAAAUAUGGUAAUGUCAUGAGCCUGAAAAUACAGGAAUGUGAUGCUUUAGAUGUUGGUGGUUAUCAGUGCACAGUUUCAAAUGAGGUGGGAAGCUGUUCGUGUAGCACCACAAUGUCAAUGAAAGUGCGACCGUCUUUUGUAAAGAAGAUGGAAAAUGCUUCCUCUGUUUUGGGGAGUGUCGCUACAUUUCAGUGUGUUGUGAUGGGAUCGCCAUCUCUGUCUGUACAAUGGAAAAAAGAUGAGAACUGGAUCUUGGUAGAUCCUAAAACUGAAAGGAUCUUUGAAAAUAAUGUGGCAACUCUAAGGAUUCCGAUCUGUGAGGCCUGUCACAGCGGAAAAUAUACCUGCCAGGUUGCAAAUGAGGCUGGACAGGACAAGUGCUUUGCAACCCUGAUGGUGCAAGAACCACCUAAGAUUAUAGAAAAACCAGAGGUGAUAAAUGUCACUCUAGGUGAUGCAGUCAGUUUGGAGUGCAAGGUCUCUGGCACCCCUGAGAUCAAAGUAAAGUGGACAAAAGAUGGAAUAGAACUCACACCCAGCAGGCAAAAUAAACUUAACUUUGAGAAUAACCUCAGUAGUUUGAAGAUUCAGUCUACACAACUGGAAGAUGCAGGGGAUUACCUGUUUGAGGCGACAAACUCUGUUGAUACCUGCAGCUGCAAGGUUAAAUUGAUUGUCGUAGAACAAGUCAUUGCGCCUACAUUCAUCAAGAAAUUAAUGGAGACUCAGGAGGUUUUGGGCUCUGUAGUUUAUAUGGAAUGCAAAGUCGCUGGUUCUUUGCCAAUAUCAGUGCAAUGGACCAAAGACGGCAGUGUCCUUGCAAGUAAAACCAAGUAUCAGUUAGAGCAGAAAGACAACACUGUGUCUUUGGAAAUUAAGAGUUUUGAGGAAGAGGAUACAGGGGAGUACUUGUGUAAAAUCACAAACAAAGCUGGAAGUAGUGAUUGCAGUGGUGCAUUAAAAGCAAAAGUGCCACCGAGCUUUGUAUCUGAACCUGAGUCCCAGGCUGUCAUUCCCAAAGCCACUGUACACUUCCAGGGUGUAUUUCAAGGAACACCUCCUUUUACAGUCAAAUGGUUCAAGGAUGACACUGAACUGAUAACUGGACCAUCAUGUUCAGUUGGACUGGAAGGAUUAUCUUGCUUCUUAGAUCUUUACUCAGUUGGAUUUUUGCAAAGUGGAACGUACUCUUGCCAAGUUAGCAAUGACGCGGAACCUCCUGAAUUCGUACUGAAAUUGCCACAUACAACGUUCGUGAAGCAGGGCGAGCCACUCCAUCUUGAAUGCAAAGUUACAAGUGCGCCCUCUCUGCGAAUGCAGUGGUACAAAAAUGACAAUAAGAUAACAGAUGGUGACAACUGUAGAACUUCAUUUGUUGACUCAAUGGCAGUCCUUGAGCUGUGCUCCACAAGAUCUGCUGAUGAUGGAGUUUACACCUGUGAGGCACAGAAUGAUGCUGGGGCUGUAAACUGCAGCACCAUCAUCACAGUGCAAGAUCCACCAAGUUUCAUGAAAGUACCGAAACCUGUAGAGGGGAUCAAAGGAAAAGAUGCUAUGCUAUACUGUGAACUGAAUGGCACAGAACCCUUUAAGAUAACCUGGUACAAAGACAAAAAGCCACUUAAGGAAAGCAGGAAAUAUAAGAUGAUGAAUGAGAGUAGCUCUGCCACUCUCCAUAUUCUUGCAGUGGACCCCUCAGAUGUUGGUGAAUAUGAGUGUGGGGUCACAAACAAAGUAGGAUAUGAAACAUGCCAUACAACAGUUACGCUCAGAGAAGCACCUGUUUUCGUGAAGAAACUGGUAAACCAGUCAGUCAAAUUGGGUGAAGAAGUCACUCUGAUGGCCACCGUCAAAGGCUCUCAGCCUAUAACUGUUUCUUGGGUGCAAGAUAAGGAUCAUGUUCUUAGGGAUGGAGACAACCGGAAAAUCACAUUUGAGAACAGCGUGGUCACCCUGAAGGUCUUUAAGGCUGACCAAACCACAGGUGGCAAAUAUACCUGCCAACUCAAAAAUGAUUCUGGAGUUGUGGAAUGUGUUUCCAACAUCACUGUCUUAGAACCGGCUACCAUUGUGGAUAGUCCAGAGUCAUUCAAUGUCAAGGCAGGUGAUUCAGCAACUCUUGAAGUCACCGUAGCCGGAACACCAGAAUUGAAAUCUAAGUGGUUCAAGGACGGUGUCGAGCUCUCCUCUGGCACCAAGUAUAAGAUAACCUUCUCAAAGAAUAUCUCCAGCCUGAAAGUCCUGUCGACAGAGAGAGUUGAUACAGGAGAAUACAAAUGUGAGGUCAAAAAUGAGGUUGGCAGUGUUUCCUGCAAGACAACCCUCACUGUCCUAGAUAAAAAGAUUCCACCCACAUUCAUCAGGAAACUGAGAGACACCCGUACUAUUGUUGGUAAACCUGGUGAAAUGGAAUGCAAAGUUGCAGGUUCUCCACCUUUCACUAUCUCUUGGCACCACAUUGGUCAGGAGAUCAAGAGUGGACCAAAUCACGAGAUUAUUUUCAGUGACAACACCUGCAAAGUUAAACUGCCAACUCUUAAGUUGUCAGACUCUGGAAAAUACACAUGCAAAGCUGUUAACACAGCAGGAGCCAGUGAAACAAGUGCUUCUAUGAUUGUACAAGAACCUCCAUCCUUUGUGGAAAAACCUCAGGCAAAGGAAGCUCUGCCUGGUGCAAAUGUAACAUUUUCAGCAACAGUCCAUGGAAGUGCCCCACUGAAACUUAAAUGGUUCAGGGGCACCAGGGAAAUUGUGUCUGGAAAGGGCUGUGAAAUUGCUCUCCAGGGGAAUGCAGCUACUCUGGAGCUAUACAAAGUGGCCAAAUCAGAUGCUGGAGAGUAUACAUGCCAGAUUAUUAAUGAUGCUGGGAAGGAAAGUUGCCCAGUUAAUCUGUUCAUAAAAGAACCAGUACAGUUUGUGAAGAAGCUGAAGGACAUGUCUUCUGAAAAGGGGAAACCUUUGAAACUUGAAUGCACAUACAAUGGAACUCCCAAAAUAUUUGUUACUUGGUUGAAAGAUGGGAAACAGCUCUAUGCCUCUUAUCAGUAUAACGUGUUGACCACAGAGACUUCCUGCGUCUUGGAAGUACUCAAUAGCGAUAGCAUGACUGCAAGUGGGAAAUACUCUUGCGAAGUUACCAAUGGAGUCGGAACUGAUAUCUGCCAUGCUCAAGUGACCUUAUUAGAGCGACCAUUCUUUGUUGAGGAACUGGAACCAAUGGAAGUCACUUCUGGUGAUCCAGUUUGCUUGAAAUGCCGCAUUGGAGGAACCCCUGAUAUUAGUGUGUCCUGGUUCAAAGCUGACGGAAAGCUUUGUGCUACCAAUACUUGCCAAAUGGCAUUUUCAAAUGGCAUUGCGACUUUGAUACUAAGCAAACCGUCAAGGGAUGAUACUGGUGAAUACACAUGCAAAGCUGAGAACAGAAUUGGAUCUGCCUCAAACAGCUGCCGCUUAUCAGUGAAAGAUGUCAAAACACCACCUUCCUUCCCCAAGAAACUUACUAGUCUUGAACAGGCUGUAGGACAGCCAGUCAUAUUUGAGUGUCGUGUUGUAGGAUCCUCUCCUUUAGAAGUCUCCUGGCUAAAAGACAAUGGAUCUUUAAAAAAUGAUGGAGAAUACUUAAUGUCUUAUGAUGAUAACACUGCUGCCCUAAAAAUUGCACGAGGUGAAAUGAAACACUCUGGGGAAUACACUUGUAUAGCUACGAAUAGUGUUGGAACUGCAUCUUGUAAAGCUAAACUCGAGCUUCAAAUUCAAGAACCAGUACACUUCAUCAAGAAGCUGGCAGACAUUUCAGUUGUCAAGGGCAAACAUUUGAAACUCGAAUGCACAUACUCGGGAACGCCCAGCAUAUUUGUCACCUGGCUGAAGGAUGGGAAACAACUCUAUGCCUCUUAUCAGUAUACUGUGACAACCACAGACACCUACUCUAUGUUGGACGUCCUUAACAGUGACAGUUUUGAGGCAGCUGGGAAAUACUCUUGCGAAGUUACCAAUGGAGCCGGAACUGAUAUCUGUCAUUGUCAAGUAAAAAUAGAGCGCAAAAUCUCCCCCAACUUCACCAAGAAGCCUGCAGAGACAAUGGAAGAUACAGAGGGUCAUUUGGUGACCAUUGAGGGUCGUUUAUCUGGAUCUCAACCCAUUGACAUCGUUUGGUCCAAGAAUCACAGUGAAAUUCACGCCUCUGAUAAGUACGAAAUGGAAUUCAAGAGCAACGUGGCCAUGCUGCAUAUCAAGAGCUCCCAACUCUCAGACAGUGGUGCUUAUACCUGCACAGCUACCAAUGAAGCUGGUAGUGCCUCCUACCAAGUGUCACUUAACAUUUCAGAACACAAGAAGGGCCCAGUAUUCGACAUCCCUCUCAAACCUGUGACUGUAAACGAGGGUGAGAACCUGAAGCUUAGCUGCCAUGUCCAUGGAGCCCCUCCUCUGAAGAUUAAUUGGUUGAAGGAAAGGAAGGAGAUAAAAUCCUCCACAAACUGUAGAGUUGUUUUUUCUGAUGGCACUGCCUCUUUGGAGGUCCUCCGCACAUCGAAGACAGAUGCAGGGGACUAUCUCUGCAAGGCUACCAACGAUGUUGGAAGUGAAUUUGCAAGGUCCAGAGUGACAAUUAGAGAAAAAGAAGUCAAACCUGAGGCCACUGCUGCAGCCCCAGCUCCAGCUCCAGCAAAGACUCCAACAAAGAGAUUUGACAACUUGUUCUUUGUAGAUGAGCCCCAGAGUGUCAAUGUAACAGAGAAGGGCACUGCAACUUUCAUUGCCAAAGUUGGAGGUGAUCCUAUUCCUAACGUGAAAUGGAUGAAGGGCAAGUGGAGACAGAUCACUCAUGGUGGUCGCAUCACUAUUGAGCAGAAAGGCCCAGAUGCCAAGUUGGAGAUCACAGAAAUAACCAAAUCUGACUCCGGACAGUACAGAUGUGUCGCUACUAACAAAGCUGGAGAAAUAGAAUGCAGCACCGACCUGAAUGUUGACGAAAGGAAAGACACCGGGGGAGUAGAUGGAGACUUCAGAGCAAAACUGAAGAAGACACCAUCCAAACAGAAAAGUCCAAAGAAGGAGGGAGAGAUUGACCUCGUGGAGAUUCUUAGGGGUGUGGACCCCAAAGACUAUGAAAAAGUUGUUAGAGAAUACGGAAUUACUGACUACCGUUGUCUUCUUCAGGCCAUUGAGCAGCUGAAGAGGGAGAAAGAAGCAGAAAGUGGAAAACCGGAAACUGAGCAUGGAGGAGAAUCUAAGGAUACGGCCAGGUUUAUGGCUGAGUUGCAAUCAAGAAUGCAGGCUGAGCCUGUCACUCUGGUGAGCGACAUUGAAGACCAAGAUACCACUCCAUUAAGCACAGCAACCUUUGAGUGUGACAUCAAGAUCAACUACCCUGAGAUCACCCUGUCCUGGUACAAGGGAACUCAGAAGCUUGACAACAACGACAAAUAUGAAAUCAGCAUUGUUGGUGACCGUCACAUCUUGAAGAUCAAGCAGUGUCAAACCAAAGACCAGGGCAACUACCGUGUUGUAUGUGGCCCACAUAUCUCCAACGCCAAAUUGACCGUUGGGGAUGGAGAUCAACAAGCUGGCAUAAUUAACUUCACCAAACGCAUCCGGAGCAUUGAAGUGAAUGAGAACCAAUCUGCUACCUUCGAAUGCGAGUUGUCCUUCGACAAUGCUAUCGUUACAUGGUACAAAGACACUUGGGGACUUAAAGAGAGCCCAAAGUAUAACUUCAGAAGUGAAGGCCGACGACACUUUAUGACCAUCCGCAAUAUAACCUCUGAUGAUGAAGGCGUUUACUCGGUGAUUGCGCGGUUGGAACCCAACGGUGAAGCUAAAAGCACAGCUGAACUUUACCUUUCAGGCAAAGAAAUUGAAUUAGGGAGGGUUCCUUUUGAUGUCCCAGAUUCAUCAAUACAAGCAUACAAAGAAGAAUCAGCUGAAUACUAUUAUGAAGAAAGGACAGAAAUGAGAGAAUUUGAGCGAGAAAUGCAAGAAAGUUGGGAAAUGCAAGAAGAAAAGAUAGAACUUCAGUUGUCUUCAUACACAGGAGAAAGGAUCCCCGUUGAUGAAAGUGUUUCCAAAACUCAAGUGGGAACAAGAGAAGGAGUACCUAAAGUUCCUGAAGCUUACAAGAAACCUGAGGAAAGGCCAUCAGCUCCAGCUCCGACCAAAGUACCUGAAGCAAGGAGGCCUCAUGAAGAAAAGAUCACUCCACUGGUUGAACAUGAAAAGCCCUGUCCCACUCCUACAGAAGAAUAUGUUGAACCAAAGCGGCCCAUUUCACGACCAGAACCCAGCAAAGAUGUGCCUACAACCAUACCUCAUAUGGCUACUGAGCCCAAAGUGGCCCCUGAGACAAAAAUGGCACCUGCAGCUAGGGUUGAAGCUCAACCAAAGCCAAAACCCAUUCCCACAAAGACACCAGAAGCUCCUCACCCCAAAGUUCCCGAGGAAUACCCCAAAGCUGAGCCCAUUAGAAAGCCAGAGUCACCUCCACAAGAGGAAAUUUCAAAAAAAGUGCCAGAAAUAAUCAUCAAGAAAGAAGAACCCACACCUCAACCACCUGCAGCUAAGGUUGUUCCCAUAAAAGUACCAGAGAUCACAAAGAAAGAAGAAUCUGUGAUUCCACCACCUAAACCUAAAGAUGUUCCCAAAAAGACAGACACUACUCCAACAAAAGUUAUCACGGAUGUUAAAACAACGGAGAGGCCAAAGACAGAUGCCGAUAAGAAGCUGGAAACUAGCAAGCCUAGGCCCGUUGCAGCACCAACUGCACCAACACCAACAGAUGCCGAUAAAAAGCUCGAAACUAGCAAGCCUAGGCCAGUUGCAGCACCAACUGCACCAACACCAACAGAGGCAGCUAAAAAAACAGCAAUGAGCAAAUCAGAGCCAGUUGCAGCACCAAAGGAAGAGGCAGUUAAAAAGCCACAGCAAGCAACAAGCACGGCAGAGCCAGUUGCAGCACCAAAGGAAGAGGCAGUUAAAAAGCCACAGCAAGCAACAAGCACGGCAGAGCCAGUUGCACCAAAGGAAAUCCACACAGAUAAAGUGAAACGGAAGGAUGAGCCGCCUGUGAGAACACCAGUAACUAAACCUAAAAAGGAGGAUGACGUUGCUGUCACAAAAGAAGUCCCCCAGAAACCAGAGAAAGUUAUUCCGGCUGCAAAAUUAGAAGUCACACCUAAGCCCAAAGAAACCCCUGAAGUAAAAGCCAUCGCAGUUCCUUCAACAACUGAGCUAACUGUAACAACAGAGACUGAAGCAAGGAAAGAUGUUUCAGUGAAGAGGGAUUCAGUGACUGAACAGCUGAAAGAAGUUUCACCAAACCUUAAUUCAGCUUCUGAAGUGUGGCAAGAACUUUCAGUGAAGAAGACUUCAGUAACUGAAAUGAGACAAGAAGUUUCAGUUAAGAGGGAUUCCGUGACUGAAACUUGGCAACAAGUUCCAGUGCAGAGGGAUUCUGUGACUGAAGUGCCACAAAAAGUUUCAGUGAAGGUGGAUUCAGUGGCUGAAAAGAGGCCAGAAGUUUCAGUGAAGAGAGAUUCAGUGACCGAAGCACGGCAAGUAGUUGCAGUGAAGAAGGCUUCAGUAACUGAAGUAAGGCAAGACGUUUCAGUGAAGAGGGAUCCUGUGACUGAAGCAGGGCAAGUUUCACAGAGAACAGGUUUCAUUGAGAAAAUUUCCCUGGCAGAGGAAGUUAGUUUCAGAGAAGAGGUAUCAUAUGGAGACAAAGCUAUGAUAUAUGAGAGAGAAAAGGAAUUGACUCAGAUAAACGUAAGGGAUGAUAUUUCUUUAGAAGAGGAAGAUAUACAACAAACUGAGAUAGUAAGGCAAGAAGUUCCAAUAAAGAAAAUAGAUGAUCAACCAAUUCAAGCCAUUGUUGCAAAGAAAGAGGAAGAUGCAACCCAAAGAGAUAGUGUUAGACACAUUGACCCAGCGACAGUGGUUCCACCAAAGAAAUCAGCUACUCCUACCACUAAGAAAGAAGCUAUCUUAAGUAUAAAGGUUAUUCCUCAAAGGAAAGUUGUCUCGCCUAAGGUAGAAGCCAUUCCUUCUAAGAAAGCUGUCUUAUCUGAGGUAGAAGCCAUUCCUUCUAAGAAAGCUGUCUUAUCUGAGGUAGAAGCCAUUCCUUCUAAGAAAGUUGUCUCACCUAAGGUAGAAGCCAUUCCUUCUAAGAAAGUUGUCUCACCUAAGGUAGAAGCCAUUCCUUCUAAGAAAGUUGUCUCACCUAAGGUAGAAGCCAUUCCUUCUAAGAAAGUUGUCUCACCUGAGGUAGAAGCCAUUCCUUCUAAGAAAGCUGUCUUAUCUGAGGUAGAAGCCAUUCCUUCUAAGAAAGCUGUCUUAUCUGAGGUAGAAGCCAUUCCUUCUAAGAAAGUUGUCUCACCUAAGGUAGAAGCCAUUCCUUCUAAGAAAGUUGUCUCACCUAAGGUAGAAGCCAUUCCUUCUAAGAAAGCUGUCUUAUCUGAGGUAGAAGCCAUUCCUUCUAAGAAAGCUGUCUUAUCUGAGGUAGAAACCAUUCCUUCUAAGAAAGCUGUCUUAUCUGAGGAAGAAGCCAAUGCAUAUAAGAAAGCUGUUUCACCUAAUGAAGAUGACAUCCCGUAUAAAUCUAAAAUAUCACAGAAGUCAAUCAAACAAAAGGAAAAAGAAGAAGAAGAGAGAGUUCAGCCUCCAACACCUCACAAAGACCAAAGGGUCGCCCCUGAAGUGGUCCCUGUUUCAAUUACAGAUGAUACCACUCGUCCACAAGAACCACCAGAGGAGAAGAAAAUCUCUCCUCCAACACCAAAGCCUUCACCUGCUCCCUAUGUAGAAAAAGUAUCAUCCCCUGAAGCGACACCAGACAAGAAAAUCUCUGCACCGAAGCCAAAGCCUUCAGAUGCCCCCCAUGUGGAGAAAGCUUCUCCCCCUGAAGUGAAACCAGUGCAGAAGAAAGCCUCCCCACCACCUCAGAUACCAAAGCCUUCACCUGCUCCUCUUGUAGAAACAGUGUCUCCUACUGAAGCUGAAAAGAGAUCCUCCCCACCGAUGAAAACGCCUUCACCUGUUUCACCUAGUGCUUCACCCCCUGAAGACAAGGGCCCUGUAACAGCACCUGGGGGAGUUGGCAAAGCAAAAACAACUGCGGUGUCAACGAUUAUAAAGAAAAAGGGUAGAAUUCCUGUUCUGAAGGAAGAAAAACUUGAAAUGCCAACUUUGAAGAAAGUGACCAGAAUUUCAAAGGACACUGAGGAAGAGCAGGAUAUCAUUAAGCUGAAAAGGGUGACACAGAUACCCUCAAAAGAAGAGACAGUUGAACCGGAGGUUCCGACCCAGGAAGCCUCAAGGACCAUAGUUGUUGAAAGUUACGAGAGAGAGGCGUAUAUGUUUGAAACAAAAGAAAUAGCUGAGAGAACCUCAGUAUACGUUAAGAAGCCAAUUGAACAGGUGGAGUUUCACAAACCUAAAGAAGUUGCAUCAAAAGAUUCUACUGAGGAAUCUUUGGUUCACCUGAAAAAAUCCCAAAAGGUUCUGAAAGAUGUCCAAGUUGAGGAGAAAAUGGGUUUGAAGAAAACACCAAAGUUGCUGAAAGAAGAAUCACCUGGCCAACCUAGUUUAUCUCUGAAGAAGGUAUCGAAAUUGCCAUCAGACGAGAAAGAGCAAGAAACUGUCAAGCUUAAACCAUUUGAAAAACCUGCUAAACCGGGAUCUGUUGAGCCAGAGAAAGACAAAAAAGACACUGAAUCCAGAGCUGCUUAUGAUAGAAGUGAGAGACCACAAAGAGAUGAAGCAGUUAAAGAAUCCGUUUCUGCUCCUAUGAAGAAAUCUGAAACCAUCUCAAAGGAUACGAAAGAGCCACAGGCAGCCAAAUUUAAACCAGUGGCCAAAGCUCCUGAAGAUGAACACGUCGAAGAGUUUGACAAACCACUGACAAAGGUGAAGACAAUUCCUUCGCAGGAGCAAGAGAAGGAAGAAGUUAAAUUGAAGCCAUUUUCUAAGUCACCAAAAGCUGAAACUGUGAAGCCUGAGAAGGAGCCUGAGAAGAAGAAAGAGGCUGAAAAACCUCUUCAUCAAAAGCCAAGUCCUCCAAAACCAGUACCUGUAAAGAAAAUUGAAAAGAGUCCUCAAGAGGAAAAACCAACACAGUUAAAAAAGGUGGAGCUUGUGCCUAAAGAACCAGAAGAAAAAGAAAAAGACAAACCUUUGAAGCAUGAAGAGACACUUAAGAAAAAGGUGGAACUGAAAAAGACUCCUUCACCUAAGGUUGAAAAACCAAAGCCAAAAGAAAUUGAAAAAAUUAUUAUGGAGAGGAAGCCCAGUGCAGAACGCACCAAAAAGCUCCCUAGACAGGUUUCACCUAAAGAUUCAUUUGAAGGUGUUACCCUAAAAAAGGUUCCAAAGAAAAUAUCACCAGAAGAGGAAGCAUCACAUAAAACUGUUAAAGAGAAGGUGCCAGCAAUAAAGGAACUGUCCCCUGUACAGUUACGAAAGAUUUCAACUCAGUUGGAGGAGGAAGUCUUUGAGGAGGAGCCAGAGAAGGAGCUGGAAUCUGACAAUGAAGGUUGGGGAUGGGAACUUGUCCCUCGAGAUAGUUCUGGAUCCACAGAAGACUGGGGAGAGGAACCUUUGGAAGGUGAUGCACGUGAGACCCCUGGAAUGCCAGGUGCCAGCAGAGAUGGGAAACCAAAAGAGGAUGCUGCCGGUAGAGGUAGAGGUAGAGGCAUUCAAGCUAAGCAAACCCCCUCACCUGGUGGUGGUCGGGGUAGAGGACUGAAGCCCGGUGCUGGAGGAGACAAACCCCCAGAUGCUAAUCCUUUUGGAUUCCAGCUCAAAGCAGUUCCCCUGAAGUUUACGAGACCACUCAAAGACAUAGUGUUACAGGAGGCUGAGUCAGUCGGCGCUUCUGCUACGUUUGAGUGCGAGGUUUCGCCUUCUACUGCAAUUACUACAUGGAUGAAAGAUGACGCCAACAUAAGAGAGAGCCCAAAACACAAGUUCUACUCGGAUGGCAAAGAUCGCAAACUGCUCAUCAUUGAUGUGCAAGUUUCUGACACUGGUGAAUAUACUUGUGUUGCCAAGCUGGGCAACAAAGAAAAGACAACAACUGCCAAACUAAUAGUAGAAGAAUUGCCUGUGAAGUGGGUAAAGACUCUGGAAGAGGAUGGUAUGUCGGUCCUCAAGAGUCAGCCUAUGUACCUGACCUGUGAGUUGAACAAAGAGAGAGAUGUGGUCUGGAAGAAGAAUGGUGUCCCUCUUAAAAACAUCCCUGGAAAAGUGGCUAUCAAUGUCAUUGGAAUGCAGCAUGCCAUUACAAUCCAGGACACAGGAGAUGACGACGCUGGCAUUUAUGCUUGCGAGUGUGAUGACAUCAGGACUAAAACAGAUGUCAAAAUCAUUGAAAUUAUCAGAGACUGGUUGCAGAAACCAUUGAGAGAUCAGCAUGUGAAACCCAAGGCCACUGCCACUUUCAAAUGUGAGCUCUUCAAAGAAACCCCCAACUGGAAGUGGUUCCAUGGCGACAAGGAGAUUCCUAAUGAUCCCACUGACAAGACUGAGGUCAAGAAAGAAGGAAAACAACUGACUCUCAUAGUUAAGAAAGUAUCACCUGAUGAUAUUGGGCAAUAUGCCAUGGAGGUUGAAGGCCGCAGAUACACAGCUAACCUGACUCUUGGAGAACGUGAAGCUCAGAUCUUGAAGCCUAUCUCCAGUAUGGAGGUUGUUGAGAAAGAGGAGGUUACGUUUGAAACUGAAAUAUCUGAAGAGGAUGUGGCUGGAGAAUGGAAACUUAAAGGGCAAGUCCUGCAAAGAUCACCGAUGGUUGAAAUCAAAUCUGAGGGCCAGAAACGUUUCCUCACUCUGAAAAAUGCUCAGCUUGACCAGUGUGGUGAAGUGUCUUAUCAAGCUCUGAAUGCUAUCACGAGUGGGGUGCUCACAGUCACAGAACUGGAAAUGGACUUCACAGUCCCCUUGAAGGACGUGUCUGUACCUGAAAAGAAACAGGCUAUGUUUGAAUGUACUAUCACAAAGGAUGUGCCUAAAGUCAUGUGGUUAAAGGGGUCAGACAUCCUGUCGACAGGCGAUAAAUAUGACAUUAUUGAUGAUGGAAAGAAACAUAUAUUGGUCAUAAACAACAGUGAAUUUGAUGAUGAGGGACAAUACACUAUUGAAGUCUUGGGCAAAAAGUCAACAGCCCAGUUGACUGUGGAGGGUAUGAGGCUCAAAUUCAUAACACCAUUAAAGGACCAAACUGCCAAGGAAGGUCAAACAGCUCGGUUUGAGGUUGAGCUCUCUCAUGAGAAGGUACCCCUGACAUGGUACAAAAAUGAAAUCAAACUCCAUGUGAGCAGGACCGUGCUCAUCCAUUUUGAAGGAAAGAAACACACCUUAGAAAUCAAGGAGUUGACUCUAGAUGAUACCUGCCAGAUUAAGGCAGAGGCUAAAGGAAUUCCCUCAACGGCAAACUUGACGGUGCUAGAGGGUGACGCAUACUUCACAGUGAAGUUGCAGGAUUACACCGCAGUCGAGAAGGACGAGGUCACUCUGGACUGUGAACUCAGCAAAGAUGUCCCUGUGAGGUGGUACCAUAAUGAGACUGAAAUUAAGGCCUCUAAGAUGGUAACCAUAAGGGCUGAGGGCAACAAAAGAACGUUGUCUAUCAAGAAAGUGGAAGGAAAAGAUAAGGGACAAUACCUAUGUGAUUGUGAUACGGACAAGACCAUGGCAACCAUCAGCAUUGAAGCUCGUGAUAUCAAGGUAUCUCGCCCAAUGUAUGGUGUUGAGCUCUUCGAUGGCGAGACCGCUCGUUUUGAAGUGGAAAUCUCUGAAGAUGAUGUCCAUGGCCAGUGGAAACUGAAGGGAGAAACCCUUUCACCUUCCCCAGAUGUUGAAAUCAUUGAGGAUGGUGCCAAGCACACUUUCACAUUAUACAACUGCAAGGUCUCCCAGACAGGAGAGGUUGGAUUCACAGCUGCCAAUGCUAAGUGUACAGCCAACCUGAAAGUGAAAGAACUGCCACUGACCUUUAUCACACCUUUGAGUGAUGUGCAAGUGUAUGAGAAAGAUGAGGGAAGAUUUGAGGUUGAGAUUUCAAGACCAACCAAGACCUUCCGUUGGCUCAAGGGAUCUCAGGAGUUGGAAAAUGACGACAAGUUUGAGAUUAUCCAUGAAGGAAAGAUACACACUCUGGUGGUCAAAAAGGCUGCAUAUGAGGAUGAAGCUAAAUACACAUUUGAGGCUGAGGACAAGAGGACCACAGGGAAACUAGUUAUCCAAGGUAUACGUCUUGAGUUUGUCAAGCCCAUCAAGGAUGUCACAGUGAAGGAGCGUGAAACAGCAGAGUUCAGCAUUGAACUGUCACAUGACAAAAUCUCUGUCGUCUGGUACAAGAACGACGUCCGUCUGCACCCCAGCAAGGUUGUGCACAUGUCAGACAAUGGGAAAAUGCACACCUUGACUUUCAAGCAGGUGUCCAUUGAUGACACAUCCAUGAUCAAAGUAGAAGCCUUGGGCAAGAGCUCGGAGGCCAUGCUCACUGUUCUUGAGGGAGAACCUUACUUUGUCACAAAACUGCAAGACUACACUGCCGUUGAGAAGGACGAAGUGAUGCUGGUUUGUGAACUUAGCAAGACCUCUGCUGAGGUGAAAUGGUUCAAGGACGGCCAGGAAAUCAUGCCUAGCAAGAAUCUGAUCAUUAAAACCGAUGGAAAGAGGCGUUUGCUGACAGUGAAGAAAGCAGAGAAGGGCAACAUUGGAGAGUACACUUGCGAUUGUGGUUCUGAUAAAACCACAGCCAGGCUGGACAUUGAGGAGCGUGACAUUAAGGUUGUUCGUCCACUGUACAGCGUGGAAGUGACAGAAACUGAAAUUGCCAAGUUUGAGACCGAGAUCUCUGCCGAUGAUGUCCACGGUCACUGGAAACUCAAAGGAGAGGCCCUUCAUCAGUCUCCUGACUGUGAGAUUAAGGAGGAGGGUACAAAGCAUGUCCUUAUCCUAUACAACGUUCGCAUGGAUCAGGCCGGAGGUGUCGACUUCCAGGCUGCCAAUGCUAAAUCCAAUGCUCAGCUCAGAGUUAAAGCGCGGAGUAUAGGGCUUAUGCGGCCUCUCAAGGAUGUUACUGUUACUGCCGGGGAGACCGCCACUUUCGACUGUGAACUUACUUAUGAAGGAAUCGUUGUAGAAUGGUUCUUGGGAAGCACCAAGAUGGAGCUAGGUGAAAGGGUGGUUACCAGAGCAGAAGGCAAAGUACACAGCCUAACUAUCAGAAAUGUCAAGCUGACAGAGGCUGGGGAAGUCAGGCUCACUGCAAAGGACUUCAAGACCCAGGCCAAACUCAUUGUCAGGGAGCCACCAGUUGAGUUUACCAAACCUCUGGAGGACCAGACAGUUGAGGAAGAGGCCACUGCUUCAUUGGAGUGUGAAGUCUCCAGGGAAAACGCUGAGGUCAGGUGGUUCAGAGACACACAGGAGAUCCGCAAAACGAAGAAAUAUGACCUUAUUGUUGAUGGCCGAAAGAGAAGACUCAUCAUUCAUGGCUGUACUCUAGAUGACUCAAAGACAUAUACAUGUGAUGCUAAAGAAUUCAAAACCUCUGCUUUCCUGAAUGUUGAACCUCCACAUGUUGAGUUCUCUAAGCCACUCCAUGAUGUUGAGGUCAAAGAAAAGGAAUCUGCCAGAUUUGAGUGUGAGGUGUCUCGUGAGAAUGCCAAGGUCAAAUGGUACAAGGACGGCAGCGAGAUCAGAAAGGGAAAGAAAUACGAGAUCAUUGCCAAUGGUGUCAAGCGUAUCCUUGUGGUCACCAAGACAGUCUUCGAUGAUGAAGCAGAGUACGAAUGUGACGCUAAGACCUCCAAGUCCUCUGGCAUGCUGACAGUUAUUGAGGAAGAGGCUAAGUUUACCAAGAACCUGUCUAAUGUGGAGGGAACAGAAACAGACAGUGUGAAGAUGAUUUGUGAAGUGUCGAAGGCCAGCGCUGAGGUCACCUGGUGGAAGGGAGACCAGGAACUGCCAGAAGGAGGAAGAUAUGAACAGGUCACGGAUGGAAGGAAGAGAAUCUUCAUUAUUCAAGAUCUCAAGAUGGAGGACGCUGGAGAGUUUAACUGCAGACUGCAUAACGCCAAGACAUCUGCAACAUUAACACUGAAUGAACUGGCUGCGGAGUUCAUUGCCAGGCCUCAGAGUCUUGAGGUGGUUGAGGGAGAAAAGGCUGAAUUUGUCUGCUCAGUCUCUAAAGACACCUAUGAAGUCAAAUGGCUCAAGGGUGACAAUGAGAUUGUAUCCGGAGAUAAGUAUGACGUUGUCUGUGAUGGCAAGAGAAGAGCACUGAUAGUGAAGAAUUGUACACCACAUGAUGAAGGAGGCUAUGUCGCCUUCAUUGGGACUACCAAAGCCUCAGCUGACUUGUUUGUCAUUGAGAAACUCAGAAUCAUCACACCCAUCAAGGAUAUGCAAGUGAAGGAAGGACAGGAGAUCAUUUUCAACUGUGAGGUGAACACUGAGGGAGCUAAAGCUAAGUGGCUGAAGAACGAGGAGACCAUGUUUGAGAGCAGCAAGUUUGUCAUGAUCCAGAAAGACAACGUGUUCUCUCUGAGGAUCAAGGGUGCUCAGAAGGCAGAUGAAGCCACGUAUACUAUUACAUUGACAAAUCAUCGUGGUGAACAUGCCAAGAGCGAUGCCAAUGCCAAAGUACAAGAGGAGAAGCUCAAGAUUAUUGAGCCUCUUGAGGACUGUGAGACACAAGAGAAGAAGACCAUCAGCUUCACUUGCAAGGUGAACAGACCUGAUAUCACCAUCAAAUGGAUGAAGGCUGGUCAGGAGAUCACCAUGAGCAAACGAAUCCUGUACCGUGUGGAGAAAGAUAAGCACACACUGACCAUCAAGGACUGUGUCAUGGAUGAUGAGGGUGAAUACACCGCCAUGGCUGGUGAUGACAAGUGCACUGCUGAGCUGAUCCUCAACGAAGCUCCCACUGACUUCUCCACACCACUCAAAGACCAGACCAUCACUGAGUUUGAGGAUGCUGAGUUUUCUUGCAAGCUGUCUAAAGAGAAGGCUGUUGUUAAAUGGUACAGGAAUGGUCGUGAGAUCAGAGAGGGACCCAGAUACUCAUUUGAGAAAGAUGGCAGGAUUUGCAAACUCAAGAUCAAGAAGUGCAGACCAGACGAUGAGUGUGAAUAUGCCUGUGGCGUGGAAGACAGGCGAUCCAGGGCCCGCCUCUUUGUUGAAGAGACACCAGUUGAGAUCGUCAGACCACCUCAGGAUGUGUUUGAGCCUCCAGGCUCAGAUAUUGUGUUUGAGGUGGAGCUCAACAAAGACAGAGUUGAGGUCAAAUGGAUGAGGAACAACAUGAUCAUCGUCCAGGGUGACAAGUACCAGAUGAUGAGCGAGGGCAAGGUCCACAGACUCCAGGUGUGUGAGGUCAGGCCUCGGGACCAAGGAGAGUACAGAGUCGUUGCCAAGGAGAAGGAUGCCAGAGCCAAGCUGGAACUGGCAGCUGUGCCAAAGAUCAAGACAACUGAUCAAAACCUGGUCACAGACGCUGGAAAGCCUUUUGUCAUGGCGAUCCCCUACGAUGCCUAUCCUCGUGCAGAGGCUGAGUGGUUCUUCGACAUAGUUAGCCUGCCUGUGCAGAACAUUGACACCUCCGCAGACAAGACAGAAUACAGGCUGAAGAGCCCCAAAAAGACAGAUCAGGGCAGGUACAAGAUUGUCAUCAAGAACAAACAUGGACAGGGAGAGGCAUUCAUCAAUCUGGAUGUUAUUGAUGUCCCUGGACCUGUGAAGAACCUCAAAGUGGUUGACACCGCCGACGGCGAGGUCAGCCUGGCCUGGGAAGAGCCAGAGAGUGAUGGUGGCAGCAAGAUCAUUGCAUAUGUGGUGGAGAGGCGUGAUAUCAAGCGCAAGACAUGGACCCUUGCCACUGACCGUGCUGACGCUCCAGAAUACUCUGUUAGCGGUCUCCAGAGGGACAACAAGUACCUCUUCAGAGUAUGUGCUCGCAACAGAGUGGGCACUGGACCCACUGUGGAGACAGACGAAGCUGUCCAGGCCAAGAAUAAGUUUGAUGUGCCAGAGGCACCUGAGGACGUUGUGGUUGGCAUCGUGAACAGGUUUGGAGCCACAGUCUCCUGGGAAAAACCAAAGUCUGAUGGCGGAUCUGAGAUCACCUCCUACAUCAUUGAGUUCCGUGACAGAACCUCUGUGAGCUGGGAGGUAGCUAUGAUCGCCAAGGCUCUGGACCGCACAGCCACUCUCACUGAUGUCGUUGAGAACAAGGAAUACAUCUUCCGUGUCAAAGCCGAAAACAAGGCUGGCAUUGGCAAACCAAGUGCUGCCACCGAUCCAGUUAAGAUCAUGGACCCCAUUGAGAAACCAAGCCCACCAUUGAACUUCAACUACACUGACCAGACAAAGAACUCUGUCCAGCUGACAUGGGAGACCCCUGCCAGCAAUGGAGGAAGCAUGAUCACUGGUUAUAUUAUUCAUAAGUGUGAGGAUGGAACAGACAAGUGGCUCAGAUGCAAUGCCAGGCUCUGUCAGGACCUUAACUACAAGGUAUCUGGACUGAAGCAGGGGAUGCAGUACCACUACAGAGUGUGUGCAGAGAACGCAGCCGGAGUUUCAGAUCCAGCUGAUAAGCUUGGACCUCUCUUGGCAGACGAUUGUCAUGUUGGACCUUCCAUGGAUCUCAGUGGAUUUAAGGAUGGCCUGGAGGUCAUUGUUCCUCAUCCACUUGUUAUCCGCGUCCCUCUUCUUGGAUAUCCCACACCCACCGCCAAGUGGAGCUGUGGUGAUAAAGAGCUCACUGCUGGUGACCGUGUGUCCAUGGUUACAAGGAGCACCUACACAGAACUGACAGUGGCUCCAAGUGUGCGUCCAGACAAAGGCACAUACACUCUGCACCUGGAGAAUGAUGUGACCAGUGCCUUUGGAGAGAUUGAAGUCAAUGUUAUUGCAUCACCAAGUGCACCCAAAGACUUCAAGGUUUCUGAGGUGACAAGACACCAUGUCCACCUGAUGUGGGAGGCACCAGAGCAUGAUGGAGGAAGCCCAGUUAUUGGCUACCAAAUUGAAAAGAAGGAAGUGUCCCGCAAGACCUGGGUCAAGGUUUGCAUGGGUGUACAGGACCUGGAGUUCACUGUGGCAGAUGUCAUUGAAGGCAAAGAGUAUUUGUUCAGUGUUACUGCAAUCAACAAGUGUGGCCCAGGAGAGCCUGCCUACAUUGACGAGCCAGUCAAUGUGUCCUCGCCUGCCACUGUGCCGGAUCCACCUGAGAACCUGAAAUGGAGAGACAAGUCAGGAAAGGGCAUCUUCCUGUACUGGGAGCCACCCAAGUACGACGGCGGAGCUUCAAUCAAGAGCUACGUUGUAGACAAAUGCCAGCGUGGCACAGACAAGUGGGAGCCAUGUGGAGACCCACUGCCUGAGCUGAAAUUCCAGGUGACAGGUCUGAUUGAGGGACAGUGGUAUGCCUACCGUGUGAGGGCCAUCAACAGGCUGGGAGCAGGCAAACCCUGCAGGGCUACAGAUGAGAUCCUGGCUGUUGAUCCUAAAGAGCCUCCAGAAAUUCAACUGGACGUGAAGUUGCUGGCUGGUUUGACCGCCAGAGCCGGAACCAAGAUUGAGCUUCCAGCUGAUAUUGUCGGAAAGCCCGAACCCAAGGUAAAAUGGACCAAGGCUGACCUGGUCCUGAAGGGAGAUGAUCGCAUCACCAUCGAUACCAAGACGGGAAACUCCACUUUGUCUAUCGCCAAAACUGUCAGAGAAGACACAUCUACCUACAUCAUUGAGGCAGUCAACAGCAGUGGUCGUGCUACCGCAACUGUUGAUGUCAACAUUCUUGAUAAGCCUGGUCCUCCAGCUGCGUUUGAUAUUUCUGAGAUCACCAACCACUCCUGCUACCUGGCCUGGAACCCUCCCAGAGACGAUGGAGGUUCUGUCGUCACCAACUACAUUGUGGAGCUUAGACCCUUCGACAAAGAGGAGUGGACUAAACUGUCAUCCACUGUGAAACAAACCACUUUCAAUGCCACCAAACUCACCCCUGAAAAGGAAUACGUCUUCAGAGUACAGGCUGAGAACCAGUACGGCAUCGGCGCCCCUAAUGAGCAUGUGCCAAUCAUCGCCAAAUACUCCUUUGAUCCUCCUGGUGCUCCAUCCAGAUUGCAGCCUUCUGAUAUUGCUAAGGACUCUCUGACUCUGACAUGGUACGAGCCUGAUGAGGAUGGUGGCAGUCCUAUCACUGGGUACUGGAUCGAGAGGUUCGACCCAGAAAAUGACAAAUGGAUCAGAUGCAACAAGCUGCCCAUCAAGGACAUCACCUUUAGGGUGAAGGGCCUGCCUACCAAGAAGAAGUACAAGUUCCGUGUCUUGGCUGAGAAUCUUGCAGGACCAGGAAAACCAAGCACUGAGACUGAUCCAGUCUUGGUCAAGGAUCCAAUUGAUCCUCCAUGGGCUCCUGGCAAACCCUUCAUCAGAGAAAUAGCUAAGACAUCUGCCUCCCUGCAAUGGACCAGGCCAGAGCACGACGGCGGUGCCAAGAUCGAGGGUUACAUCAUUGAGUUCCUGAAGACUGGUACCGAAGCAUGGAUCAGAGCAGCAGAGGACGUGCCCCAGACUGAGCACUUCCUGAAGGGUUUGAUGGAGAAACAGGAGUACUCAUUCAGAAUCAAGGCUGUCAACUGCGCAGGAGAGAGUGAGCCCAGUGACCCAAGCGAUCCUGUGGUCUGCAAGGAAAGACUCUAUCCUCCAUCACCUCCUCAAUGGCUUGAGGUGGCCAACAUCACAAAGAUCAACGCUGAGCUGAAGUGGCAGGCUCCUGACAACGACGGUGGCUCUCCAAUCACCAACUACGUUGUUGAGAAGAGGGAUGUCAGGCGUAAGACCUGGACUGCGGUGGACACCACUGUGAAGGAGCUGAAGUACACUGUCACUCCACUGAAUGAGGGCUCUCUCUAUGUGUUCCGUGUGGCUGCUGAGAACGCAGUCGGACAGAGUGAUUACUGUGAACUGGAAGACUCUGUUCUAGCUAAAGAUACUUUCACCACUCCUGGGCCACCCUAUGCCUUGACUAUUGUGGAGGUGUCCAAGAGACAUGUUGAACUGAAAUGGGAAGCUCCAAAGAGUGAUGGUGGGAGACCCAUUACAAAGUAUGUCAUUGAGAAGAAAGAGAAACUUGGAACCCGCUGGGUGAAGUCUGGAAAGACCCCUGACGCUCUGUGCACCUACAAAGUCACAGACGUGGAUGAGGGAUCUGAGGUUCAGUUCCAGGUCCGUGCUGAGAAUGAGGCUGGUGUUGGACACCCUAGUGAACCAACAGAAGUAGUCACCAUUGAGGAUGCUACAAGUCCACCAUCUCCUCCUGUUGACUUGGUCAUAGUUGAUGCCAGUAGAGAGCAUAUCAACAUUACCUGGAAGGUACCAUUGAAGAAUGGAGGUAGCCCCAUCACAGGAUACCAUGUUGAGCUCCGAGAGGCUAAAGCUGAGAAGUGGAUGAGAAUCAACACUCGCCCAGUCAAGGAGCUCAAAUACAAAGCAGAGGAAAGCAUCAAGCCAGAGAAACAAUAUGUCCUGAGAGUCCGUGCCAUCAACUCUGUUGGUGUCAGCGAUCCUUCUGCCAUUUCUGAGAAGGUCUUUGCCAAGGAUCCAGACAGUAUUCCUACUAUGGAUAUGGAGGCCCUAGACAUUGUGGUGGUUGAGGGUGACAAGCUGCAUAUCAACAUCCCAUACAAUGCCGUCCCCAAACCAGAGAUGGUCUGGAGCAAAAUCAUCCACACAGAUACUGCCUCUGACACAAAGUUACAGAAUGACGACAGACGGUUGAUGACUUGUGAGCUCAACAGUGUUCACCUGGAAGUGAUGAAGUGUGUGCAUGAUGAUGCUGGAGAAUACUCCGUCACUCUGGAGAAUGCGAUUGGAACAGCCACCAGAAUCGUCAACGUUAAAGUUAUUGGUCUGCCCGGCCAAUGCAAGGACAUCAAUGCAGAUGAGAUCACUAAGAACUCCUGCAAGCUGACAUGGGAGGCUCCAGAGAGUGAUGGUGGUACUCCAAUUCUCCACUACGUUCUGGAGCGUAGAGGGGCUUCUAAUAAGACUUUCAGGCCUCUGAUGUCAGGAGAAAACAUCCUGACCUACCAGGUCAACGAUCUCAAGCUGAACGAAGAAUAUCACUUCCGGGUCAAGGCUGUCAACAAGGUCGGCUCUGGGCCAUUCCUGGAGCUCCGCAACCCUGUCAUCACUAUGGAAGUGAAACAGAAACCAGAUCCACCCAUUGAUGUUGAGGCUCAUGAUCCAACCGCCAACUCUAUCACACUGACCUGGAAACCACCAGUGUCUGACGGUGGUUGCGCCAUCACUGGCUACAUCCUGGAAUGCAUUGAGAAGGAUGGUGAUAGAUUCCAGAGAAUCAACCCAUCCCUGGUGCCUGGUUUCACCUAUGUGGUGAAAGAUAUGACAGAAGGCAAAGAGUAUCAGUUCCGUGUUCGCGCUGAGAACGCUGCUGGAGUCAGCGAGCCGUCUCGCAGCACUCCACUGACCAGGAUCGCUGCUCCCGUUGAAAAACCCAAGGUAUCCCUCCAUGCUCGUCUGCAGCACGGCCUGUGCAUCAGGAAGGGUGAAGAGAUCCGCCUGGACGCCUACAUCUCUGGCGCUCCAUACCCAACUGUCACCUGGCUCAGGAACAACGAAAACGUCAAUAAUGUACCAGAGAAGAAGCCAGUACUGCCUAUUCUGAAGAAGAAGGGGGGCAAGGUUGAACCUGAAGAACCUGAGGUGUUUGUAACCCCUCUUCAUGAGCGUCUUUCUUAUGCUGUAAAGAAGGGCGAGACCUCAAUCAUGGUGCGAGACUCCAUCAGAGCUGACCACGGUCACUUCUGCAUCCAGGCCGAGAACUCUCAUGGUGUUGCAACUGCAUACUGUGACGUCAACGUCCUUGACAAGCCUGGACCUCCAGUGAACUUUGUCUUUGAGGAGAUCAGGGACACCUCUGUCAUCUGCAAGUUCGACCCUCCUCUUGACGAUGGUGGUAGUGAGAUCCUGAACUACAUCCUUGAAAAGAAAGACAACAAGAAUGAAGAUAUUGGAUGGAUCACGGUAACUUCAACCCUCAAGGUUUGCAACUAUCCUGUUACCAAACUGAUUGAAGGAAAGGAGUACAUCUUCCGUAUUACCGCUGAGAACAAGUUUGGCUGCGGACCUUCAUGUCUCUCUGAGCCAGUCGUUGCCAAGAACCAAUUCGAUCCACCCGAUGCUCCAAACACACCCAGAAUUGGAGAGGUGACUGCCAACAGUGUGUUCAUCUCCUGGCAUGAGCCCAAGGACAACGGUAGUCCCAUCCUGGGCUACUGGAUAGAGAGGAAGGAAAUUAACAGCAAACACUGGACUAGGGUGAACCGAUUGCUGCUCAAUACCCUCUCUGUGAAGAUUGAGGGUCUUAUGGAAGGCCUGGUAUACAUAUUCAGAGUCUGUGCAGAGAAUCUGGCUGGCCCCGGACCCUUCAGUGUCCCAACUGAUCCCCAGAUUGCUAUGGAUCCAAUCUUGCCACCUGGCCCACCCACUCCAAGAGUUAUCGAUACCUCUGCGACAACAGUUGAUAUCGCCUGGGUUCCCCCCCUGUACAAUGGAGGAGGAGAUAUACUUGGCUACCAUGUUGAGAGUGUUCUGGCUGGAGAGAAGGAAUGGAAACGUAAUACAGAGUUCAGAUGCAAGGAGCUGAAGUAUACAGUGACUGGGCUGACAGAGGGCACUGACUAUUACAUCCGGGUUAUUGCUGUCAAUGAUGCCGGACCGGGAGCACCUGGCAUGACUGAACCAGUCACUGUGAAGGAGCCUCAAGAGCCCCCAGUGGUUGACUUUGAUGCCUCUGUGAAGAACGGAGUCAUCAUCAAAGCCGGCGAGGCACUGAGACUGCCAGCGUUCGCUAUCGGCAGACCACAACCGGAAGUGAAAUGGAUGAAGGAUGAGGCUGAAACUGACAAAGAGCAUGUUGUGAUCGAAACAGAAGGAAAGAACAGCCUUCUGUUCAUCAAGUACGCCAAGAGAACUGAUCACGGAAAGUACCAGAUCUCUGGAACCAACAGCAGUGGAACCAAAUCUGCUGUCACUAGAGUUGACGUCAUGGAUGUCCCUGGGCCUGUGGUUAAUCUGAAGACUACUCAUGUCACUAAGAAGAACAUCAGCUUGAGCUGGGCAGAUCCUCUAGAUAACGGUGGCAGCGAUGUCAUCGGCUACGUAGUGGAGAAAAAGGAUGCAAAAAUGAAGCUAUUCAGACAACCUAUCGAGAUUGCUUCAUGCAAGUGUGACAUUCAGGGUUUGCUUUCAGAGGAAGAGUACGAUUUCCGUGUUUUUGCAAGGAACAAGUACGGUGAUGGCGCCCCAACGGACAUUGGGCCUAUUCUGGCUUCGGAUCCCAAAGCUGUUCCAUCUCCACCAUUGAAACUGCACUACACCGAAAGGUGGACUACUGCUAUUGCUCUUGCUUGGGAGCCACCUCGCAGCGAUGGAGGUAGCCCAAUCACGGGUUACUAUGUUGAGAAGAUGAGAGCAGAUGGAACUGAGUUUGACGUGGCCAAUCGCAAGCUCUGCAAAGACUUACACAUCAAAUUGGAAAACCUAUCAGAGAACCACGUGUAUCAGUUCCGUGUGUUUGCCGUGACUGAGGUGGGAGAGGGCGAACGCUCCAAACCAAUCAGUGCUAACAUACAGGAUGAUGAAAUUCCCCCCGAAAUCUCAAUCUUGGAGCAUUUCAAGAGAGAUACAAUCAUUGUGAGGAAGGGAGCAGCAAUUGAGAUCCCUGCUGAGGUGGUGGGUCUGCCAAUGCCAGAGGUCCAGUGGUCUAAGGAUGACGUCGUCAUCCCCAUGGCUACUGAGACACUGUUGAUGGAGUUCGAGGAGGUGGCCCGCACCAAAUGCACCACCAAGAUCAGCAUCCCUGAGACUAUCAGAGGAGACAAGGGAGACUACAAACUGGCUGCCACCAACUGCCAUGGCAAAGCACACCGCAUCAUCCAUGUGGAGGUUCUAGACCGCCCUCUGCCACCACGUGACAUUGUGGUGUCUGACAUCCAGGCUGAGUCUUGCUAUCUGACUUGGGCGGUCCCAGAGGACGACGGGGGAAGUGAGAUCACCAACUACAUCAUCGAAAGGAGGGACGCCAGCAGGAAGAAGUCUGACUUUGAGCAGCUCACCUGCAAUAUCAUUGAUAGGAGAUAUGGGGUGUACAAAAUGGACAGAAUGGGCCAGUACCAAUUCAAAAUCAAAGCAGAGAACAAGUUCGGAAUCAGUGACGGUUGUGAAUCCGAGAAGGUCGUUCUCAAGGAUCCAUUCGGUCUUCCUGGUCCACCUCGCAAACCAAAGGUCAUCGCAGCAACUUCCACUACUAUGACGAUCACCUGGGAGCCUCCACUGCAGAACGGUGGCUCCUCCAUUCAGGGAUACUGGCUGGAGAAAAGAGAGAGAGGAGCUGGGAUCUGGGGUCGUGUGAACAGAGCUCCAGUCACCAAGCCUGCAGUGAAGGGUUUGGAAUACACAGUCCUCCGCCUUAAUGAAGGGGCUGAGUACCAGUUCAGAAUUAGGGCUCAGAAUGCUGCUGGAAUCGGACCUCCCAGUGAAGCAUCUCCAUGUCAAUUCGCUGUUGAUCCACGCAAUCCCCCUAGUGCACCAGGAAUGCCAGUUGUUAAGGACAAGACUAAGACCAGUGUCACUCUCACCUGGACCCCGCCAGAGAAAGAUGGCGGCAGCCCAGUCAAGGGCUACAUCGUUGAGGUUCAGGACACAGACUCCCUGGAUUGGAAGAGAGUCAGUGACCCUGAGAAGCUGCACCCUACCACUGAGAUCACUGUUCCAGACCUGAAAGAAGGCCAGAAGAUCAGAUUCAGAGUCACUGCUGUCAACGCUGCUGGCAAAUCUGAACCAAGCGCACGUUCUGCUGACAUCACUGUCCAGGACAUCUUAACUGAACCAAACAUUACUCUGGAGGUCAGCGCCCAUGAGCUGUUGUCCUGCAGAGCUGGAACUACCAUUAAAAUACCAGCUCUCAUCACCGGCCGUCCCACUCCUAAAGUUACAUGGGAGUUCAAGGAUGGAACAGCAGAGACCGAAAAGAAGAAUGACAUCCAUAUCCUUCCAAUCGAUUCAAAGAUCGUGUCAACUGAUACAACAUCAGUCAUUACCAUCCCUGAGAGCCACCUCAAACAUGCCGGACGUUACAUCAUCACAGCGGAAAAUGCAGCUGGACACAAGAACAUGAAAGUCAGAGUAAAUGUCCUUGAUCUUCCUGGCCCACCCAAAGACCUCAAAGUCACAGAUAUCACAAGAGGCACAUGUAGACUUACAUGGAAGGCUCCAGAUAGUGACGGUGGUGAGAGGAUCAAGAGUUACUUCAUUGAGAAGAAGACUGUGGAAGGAAAAGCUUGGACCAAGUGCAACCCAGCCUGUGCCGCCCAGUCCUUUAUUGUGCCCGACCUCAUUGAGGGACAGGAUUACCUGUUCCGUAUCCGGGCGGAGAACCGCUUUGGAUUUGGACCACUAGUUGAGACCAUUGAAUGUUCAAAGGCUAGAGAUCCUAUCCAUCCUCCUGAUGCUCCCACAAGGGUAAAGAUUCAAGAAGUGACUAAGGGCACAGCCACCCUGACUUGGAAGCCACCCAGGAAUGACGGUGGAGCUCCAGUGACACACUACACUGUUGAACGUCUGUGCUGGGACAGUAGUGGAUCUCAGAAGCAGUCCUGGAGACAGUGCAACAGACGUGAUAUUGAAGACCUCACCUUCAAGGUUGAGGAUCUGACUGAAGGAGAAGAGUAUGAGUUCCGUGUCAAGGCCGUGAACGAAGCCGGCCCCAGCAGACCAUCAUCUACUGUUGGACCAGUUGUCAUCCAAGACCAGACACGUGCUCCUGCUAUUGACCUGGAGGAGUUCAUGGAGGUUGAACAAGGGGCUGAUAUCAGCAUCAAGGCAAAGAUCAGGGGCUGUCCAUUCCCCACUCUCACCUGGCUCAAGGCUCCAGCCCACAAGGGUGACGACAAGGUUGAGGUUGCAUAUGACGAGCACAUCAACAAGAUUGUGUCUGAUGAUAGCUGUGUACUGCUGAUCCAGCAGGGAAAGCGCUCAGAUACAGGCCUCUACACUAUCACAGCCAGUAACAGCCUAGGAAAGGCCUCCAAGGAGAUGAGACUCAACGUCUUGGGACGUCCUGGACCACCAUCCGGUCCUGUGAAGUUUGAGGAGGUCGACGCUGAGAAGAUCACCCUGUCAUGGCUGCCACCUAAGGAUGACGGUGGCUCCAAAGUGACCAACUACGUCAUUGAGAGGCGUGUAGCCAACAGGAAGACAUGGAUCCCUGUGACCAAUGAACCCAAGGAGCGUAUCUGGACGGUGGAGGGCCUGAUGGAAGGGCAUGAGUAUGUGUUCCGAAUUUGUGCUCAGAACAAAUAUGGAGUUGGAGAGCCUCUGGACAGUGAACCUGAAGAAGCCAGGAAACUCUAUGCUGUUCCCGGCCAAUGUGAAAAGCCAACCAUUUCAGCUGUUGACCAUGAUUCCAUGAUGGUCAACUGGGAAGAGCCAGAAGACGAUGGAGGCAGUCCAGUGACUGGCUAUUGGCUGGAGCGUAAGGAAACCACCUCUAAGCGCUGGAACAGGGUGACGCGCGACCCCAUCCGGGCCAUUGCUUUCGGGGUGUCCCAUAAUGUGACUGGACUCAUUGAGGGGUCACAGUACCUCUUCCGGGUCACAGCUAUCAACGCAGCAGGAUGUGGACCUCCUAGCGCGUGCACCGACCCCAUCUUUGCCAGAGAUCCUAUCUCUGUCCCUGGACCUCCAACACCAAAGGUCACAGACUGGACCAAGUCAUCAGUGGAUCUAGUCUGGAUCCCACCUCUGAAGGAUGGUGGAUCUAAGAUCACGGGAUACAUUGUUGAAUACUCAGAGGAUGGAACAGACAAAUGGGUUAAAGCUAAAGACAAGGAGCACAGAAGCACCAAGUUGGUCAUUACUGGAUUGAAGACCGGUGGAUUCUACAAGUUUAGAGUGACAGCGUUGAAUGCUGCAGGCCCCAGCGAACCCGGUGAAGUCCCAGACGCUAUUAAGGUUGAAGACAGGACAAUUGCUCCUGAGGUUGACCUUGAUGCCACAGUGAAGGAAAGGAUGGUGGUCCAUGCCGGUGGUGUGAUCCGCAUCCUGGCCUUUGUGUCUGGCCAGCCUGCUCCAAAGAUCACAUGGAGCCGUGAUGACGGUGCUCUACCACCAGAAAGUGCAGUUGAGACCACCGCCAUCAGCUCAUCGCUGGUCAUCAAGCCCUGCACCAGAAGACACCAAGGAGUCUAUACUCUGACUGCUGCUAACUCAGGAGGAGAAAAGAAGAGAUCUAUCAUUGUUGAUGUCCUGGAUGUCCCUGGUCCAGUUGGCGUACCCUUCACCUCAGAGAACCUCACUAGCGACUCCUGCAAGCUGAACUGGUUUUGUCCUGAGGAUGAUGGUGGUUCUGCCAUCACCAACUACAUCAUUGAGAAGCGCGAUGCGGAGAGGAAGGCCUGGACUGCCCUGUCCUACACAGUCACCAGACACACUGCUGUGGCCCACGGACUGCAGAAUGGAAAAGCUUACUUCUUUAGAAUCGCAGCUGAGAACUCCAUUGGAGUUGGACCUUUUGUUAACACCGCAUGUGAAAUCAUCAUAAAGGAUCCCAUCACCGUUCCAGACCGCCCAGAGGACCUUGAGGUAACAGCAGUUCAUAAAGACUAUAUCAGCUUAACAUGGAAACCUCCUGUGUCUGACGGAGGGUCAGAGGUCACCAAGUACAUCCUGGAGGCCCGUAUGAUCGGCAAGGACAAGUUCACACGUCUGACAAAGGAGAAACUGAUGGAGAGGAGAUUCACCUACGACGGUCUGAGAGAUGGGGACACCUAUGAGUUCAGAGUUAGCGCUGUGAAUGAAAUUGGGCCCAGCAAGCCAUCGUUCUGCACCAAACCAAUCACCUGCAAAGAUGAACUUGAACCACCAACCAUUGAGCUUGACUUCCGUGACAAGAUCAUCAUCCAUGUUGGGGAGAGCAUGGCUCUCCAGGGUCGCUACACCGGAAAGCCCUCUCCAUCUAUCAUGUGGUACAGAGAUGACGAAGAGCUGAAAGCAGAUCAGCACAUCAAGUUCAAAAACUCACUGACCACCAUGACUUUAGGCCUUAUGAAAGCCAAGCGCGAGCACAGCGGCAGAUACUGCGUGCUGGUUGAAAACAGCACCGGCUCUCGAAAGGGCAUUUGCAAUGUGACUGUUGUAGAUCGCCCAACACCACCAGUGGGUCCAGUCAUCUUUGAUGAAGUUCACAGAGAGUUUAUGGUGAUCUCUUGGAAACCUCCUAUUGAUUCUGGCGGAGUGGACGUGUCCAACUACAUCAUUGACCAGAGAGACGUCAAUAGUGACAUCUGGAGGAAUGUAACAUCUGCUUCGACGAAGUUGACGUGCAAAAUCCCCAGGUUGAUUGAGGGAAGAGAGUACAUCAUGAGAAUCUGUGCUGAGAACAUGUAUGGAAUCAGUGACCCACUGGAUUCAGAGGAGAUGAGAGCCAAAGAUCUCUUCAGAGUGCCUGAGGCACCAGAGAUGCCCAACGUGAGGGAGGUGUAUGCUGACAACUGCCUUGUGCUUUGGAGCAGACCUCGUGAUGGCGGCAAGCCCAUCACUAACUACAUAUUGGAGAAGAAGGAGCCAGCUGCAAAGAGAUGGUCUCGUGCCACCAGAGAACCCCUCUACCCAACUACUCAGUUCAGGGUGCUUGACCUUAUUGAAGGCUGUCAAUAUCAAUUCCGGGUUAUGGCAGAGAAUGAAAUCGGCACUGGUGACCCUAGUCCCCCAUCAAACACAAUUCUUGCCAAAGAUCCAAUUGUUCCUCCCAGCCCCCCUGUACUGCCAGAGGCAAUCGACAAGACCAAGGAUACCGUAAGCCUGAAAUGGCAGCUACCUCGCCAUGAUGGCAAAGGCAAAAUCUUUGGUUACCUUGUUGAGUACCAGAAGGUUGGUGCAGUAGAAUGGUCACAGGGCAAUGAGACUCCUGAAGAGUGCCCAGAAUGCAACUAUGUUCUAAAGGGCCUGGAAGACGGAGCAGAGUACAACAUCAGGGUCUUCACUGUGAAUGCUGCUGGACGCUCUGAGCCUGCCCCUUGUAAACAAACAGUGAAAGUACAUGACAGACUGGAGAAACCAGAGUUGCUGCUUGAUGCCAAUAUGUCCCGUGACCAUCUUGCGAUGGUAGGAACUAAUAUUACUCUCAGUUCAGUGAUCAAGGGCAUGCCACCUCCCACUGUAGCAUGGCAGAAGAAUGGAGAAGAGGUUCCCGCAGAUCGUUGUACCAUUGCUGCCACUGCCAAUGGCAGCAAACUUGUUAUGCUCAACUGUGUCCGCUCAGACAGCGGCAACUACACACUCACUAUUGAAAAUGCAGCUGGAAAGAAGUCCGCUACAUGCACAGUGCUCACCUUAGAUAAACCCGGACCUCCUCGGGAUCUGAAAAUCUCUGAGAUCACCAGUGAGUCAGCCUACCUGACCUGGAAGGUUCCUGAGGAUGAUGGAGGGGCUGUCAUCUCUCACUACGUUGUGGAAAAGAAAGACGUGGCGGCUGAGAAAUGGGUGCCCGUCGCUGCAGCAAACAAGAAGCCUAGUCUGAUGGCUCUGUAUCUUAUGGAAGGAGUCCAGUAUCUGUUCCGUGUUGCUGCUGAGAACCAGUUUGGCAGAGGUUCCUACAUCAUGACUAAGACGCCGAUCAAGGCUGUUGAUCCUCUUUAUCCACCCGGUCCACCAAAGAAUCUACACCACAUCGACGUAGAUAAGACUGAAGUCUGGCUCCAAUGGGAUUGGCCAGACCGCGACGGAGGAAGUGAGAUCACUGGAUUCAUCGUUGAGCACCAGGAGGGAGAGGGAAAAGACUGGGUCACCUUCAAGACUGUCACCAAUCCUCAUAGCCAUGUCACUGGACUGGAGGAGGGAAAGACAUACAGGUUCCGUGUGAAGUCCCAGAAUGCUGUUGGCGUGAGCCGUCCUGACACCAGUGUCCCUGUAACCUGCCAGGAGAAACUCUUGCCACCAACUAUUUCAGUGGAUGUGAAGCUUAUUGAGGGUUUGAUUGUCAAGGCUGGAAGCACUAUCGUACUCCCAGCAGUCAUGAAAGGAAUUCCUACUCCCACAGCCAAGUGGGUGAGUGACGGAAAGGAACUGGAAACAAAGGGCAACGUCAAGAUUGACACUGAGGGCAUGAACACAUCUCUCACCAUCACUGGAUGUGUCAGAGGUGACACUGGAGAGUAUCUCCUCACCGUGGCAAACCCUGCUGGAAGCAAGACUGUUGCUCUGCACGUCACUGUGCUCGAUGUCCCAGGUGCCCCCAUUGGCCCGAUCAACAUCCUUGAAGUUACCCCUGACCACAUGGUCAUCAACUGGAGACCACCUAAAGAUGAUGGUGGCACUCCUUUGACGUGUUACAUUGUUGAAAAGAAGGAUACCAAAAAGGCAUGGGAACCAUGGUCAGUUGUGUGCUCAGGAUGCACUGGUACAAAGGCUAAAAUUUCUCGAUUGGAGAAAGGUCGUGAAUAUAUUCUGCGUGUCCGUGCAGAAAACAAGGUGGGCAUUGGUGCUGGACUUGAGAGUCCUCCCACUAUUGCCAAACAUAUGUUUGAUCCACCUGGCCCUCCAGGCCAGCCAACCUGCUCUGAUAUCACAGAGAAUGCUGUGACCAUAGAAUGGACUCUGCCUGAAUUUGAUGGUGGCAGUCCAGUCAGUGGCUAUGUAGUAGAGCGCAGAGAAAUGACAGGGAAAUGGAUCCGCGUCAACAAGACACCUGUAUUGGAUCUCCGAUACAGAGCAUCAGGUCUGUUUGAGAACAACAGCUACGAGUUCAGAAUCUUUGCUGAGAACAUUGCUGGCGUCAGCGAGCCCUCUCCUGUAUCAGAUCCAGUGAAGUGCACCCGUCCUAUUACUAAGCCAGGACCCCCAUUAAACCCUAAGCUGAGGGACUGGAGCAAGUCAUAUGCUGACUUGGUGUGGACCAAGCCAACAAGAGAUGGAGGCAGCCCCAUCUUAGGUUAUAUAGUUGAAUGUCAGAAAUCAGCCAGCGCCAAAUGGGAGAAAGUUCAUAAGGAUCUCAUCCCGAUGUGCGCAUUUAGAGCAAUGGGACUUACUGAGGGCUUGGAAUACAGGUUCCGCAUUAGCGCUUCCAAUAUUAUUGGAGAUGGAAAACCUACAGAGCUCUCAGAAACAGUCCUUGCCAAGGACAUUCUGGUUCCCCCAGAGCUGACAGUUGAUGUUGCUUGCCGUGACCUUCUCACAGUUAGGGUGGGACAGAGUAUCAAUCUUGUUACUAGAGUUAAAGGUAGACCAGAUCCUGAUAUCACUUGGUCUAAGGAUGCCAAGAUUCUAGGCAUAGACAGGCGUACUGAGAUGAACAACAACUUCCCUCUGGUUGAGCUGGUGAUUUCAGAUGCAGUAAGGCAAGAUUAUGGAAAGUAUGCUAUCCUUGCUAAAAACAGCAGUGGUCAAGCACAGGCUACCAUUAUUGUGAAUGUGCUUGACACUCCAGGCGUCUGUCAGAAUCUGAAGACCACUUACGUGACAAAAGAAUCCUGCAUGGUUUCCUGGGAGAACCCAGAGGAUAAUGGAGGAACUGAAAUAACACAGUACAUUAUUGAGAGCCGUCAACCUAGUCAAAGGAAUUGGACAGUGGUAUCAAAUGAUUGCACCAAACGCCUUAUGAAGGCACCACUCCAUGAGGGUUGUGAAUACUUCUUCCGUGUGAGUGCAGAGAACAAAAUUGGUGCUGGACCUUCAACAGAGACCAAAACAGCCAUCCUUGCUGUUGAUCCCAUUGAGAAGCCUGGUGACCCUAUUGACUUCAUUAUCUCUGAGAUCGGCAAGACAUUCGUCUUCCUGAAAUGGAAGAGACCAGACUAUGAUGGUGGCAGCCGUAACCUGGGCUACCAUGUUGAAAAGAAACCUAAAGUGGCAGAGGAAUGGGAGAGACUGCACAAGGGUGCGAUUAAGGAAACUUACUUCAUGGCAGACAAGUGCAUUGAAAACGAAAUUUACCAGUUCAGGGUACAGACAAAGAAUGAAGGAGGUGAGAGCAACUGGGUGACAACUGCUGAGGUUGAGGUUAAAGAACAGUUAGUGGUGCCAGAGAUCAAGAUGAAGUUGCAAUGGACUCUAGUGGUUAAUGCCGGUGACGCCAUUCCAAUUGAAGCUGAUGUCAAGGGAAAACCAGCUCCGGAAGUAAAGUGGACAAAGGAUAAAGACACAGGGGACAUCACCAAGAGCCCAAGGCUGCAAAUAGAAGCUGGUGUAGAAUUCUCUAAAUUCCUGUUGACAAACUCAAGACGUGGAGAUACUGGAAAAUAUAACAUCACUGCUACCAAUAGUGCUGGAACAGCCACUGGAUGGGCGAAUGUGUGUGUGCUUGAUAGACCUGGUCCUAUCAGCAACCUAGUUGUAAAUGGUGUUACAGUGGAUAGGUGCAUGUUGACAUGGGAUAUGCCAGAUGAUGAUGGUGGAUGUGAAAUUUAUAACUACAUCAUAGAAAAGUGUGAGAAGAAGAGAAUGGUGUGGUCCAUACAUUCUUCUGCUGUGAUCACCAACUCUGCUAAAGUAACCCGCCUUGUAGAAGGAAAUGAAUAUAUAUUCAGGGUGCGUGCAGAAAACAAGAUGGGGGCAGGUCCUGCAGUGGAGAGCGCACCUAUUGUGGCAAGGACCGAAUUCAGUAAACCUGGCAUUCCAGAAGCACCAGAAGUUAUCAAGAUCUCCAAGGAGGAGAUGACCGUUACAUGGAACCCUCCUGAGAAUAACGGUGGAAAGGAAAUCUCUGGUUACAUUCUGGAGAAAAAGGAAGAAUUCGGAGUACGAUGGUCUCCUUGCACAAAGUAUUCCAUUGAUUCGACCCAACUGACUGUCACUGGUUUGCUGCGUGAUCAUGAAUAUCAGUUCCGCGUCAGGGCUGAGAAUGAAAUAGGACUUGGUGAACCAAGCAAACCCUCAAGAUCACUCGCCGCCAGGGAUUCUCUUGAUGUCCCAGCCCCUCCAACAAAUCUGAAGGUUGGUGACAGUACAAGUACCUCUGUAGCACUGAAGUGGACAAAGCCUGUUUCUGAUGGUGGAGCUCCUAUCAUUGGUUAUGUGGUGGAAAUGAGGAUCAAGGGAAACAAGGAUGCGGCAUGGAAGAGGUGUAAUGUCGCAGCCCAGCUAAUUGUAUGUGAAUUCACUGUCUCCAGUCUGGAUGAUCAUGAAUGGUAUGAAUUCCGCGUUUCUGCUCAAAAUCAAUGCGGUAUGAGCUUAACGGCGGAUCUUACGAUGCCCGUGCAACCCAAGGAUAUCCUUGAGGCACCUGAAAUUGACAUGGAUGCUAGUCUGAAGGACGGUCUGACAGUCAGGGCCGGAUGUCCCAUCCGACUGGUGGCAACCAUCAAGGGAAGACCAGCUCCCAAAGUCUGCUGGAGAAGAAUGGGUGUCGAUAACGUUGUCAGGAAGGGCCAUGUGGACAUCAUUGACACAAUGACCUUCCUGGUUAUCCCUGAAAGUACACGGGAUGAUUCAGGCAAAUACUCCCUGACCCUGUCCAGCCCAGCUGGGGAGAAGGCAGUGUUUGUCAAUGUCAAAGUACUGGAUACCCCAGGGCCUGUAGUGGGUCUGGAUGCCACAGAUAUUAAACAGACGUCCGCCAAACUGGCAUGGUCACCCCCUGAGAACGAUGGUGGCAGUGCAGUCACUCAUUACAUUAUUGAGAAGCGUGAAAUCGAUCGCAAGACCUGGGGACCAGUCGCAAACAAUAUUGAACAGACUGAAACCAACGUCAAGAAACUUGUUUCAGGCACAGAGUAUUUCUUUAGAGUCACUGCUGUGAAUGAAUAUGGUCCUGGAGUUGCGAAGGUCUCGCCAAAGUCCUACAUGGCAUCUGAUCCUGUCAGCAAACCUGAACCAUGCCCGAAGAUUGAUGUAUUGGAAAUUACAAAGAACAGUGCACUUCUGGGAUGGCUGAAACCAUUGGGUGAUGGAGGAGCUAAGAUAGAUGGUUAUAUAGUUGAAUAUAUGGGGCUCAUCCCACCCAAACCAGAACCAGAACCAGCAGAACCAGUAGAAGGAGAGGAAGCUGCUCAUCCUCCGGAACCUGUACCUGCACCUGUGGUUGUGGAAGAACCAGCGGAAGAGAAGCCAGAACCACAAUGGAUGGCAUACACAACUGUUAAAAAUUUAACCCUUUCAGUUAGCGGACUCAAGGAGGGUAUGAAGUAUAAAUUCCGGGUGGCCGCAAGAAAUAUCAUGGGUCGCAGUUCGUACACUGAAACUAGGGACGCUUAUGAGAUCAAGGAACAGAUGCUGGAACCCAAGAUUAUGAUGGCGGAGGCUGUGUCUGCCAAAGCAGGAGCUAAACUCAGAGUGGAAGCUCUUGUGUCUGGAAAGCCAGCACCAACCUGCACAUGGAUGCGAGGAGAUGACAAUGUUGUUUCCUCUAGUCGUCUUGCUGUGCACAAAUCUGCAAACAUGUGUGUGCUCAUCAUCAAAGACGUGUCCAGAACUGACAGUGGAAUAUACAGUUUGGUUGCUGAGAACAGCUGUGCUAAAGUAGAUCAGCAUAUUAAAAUCAUCAUCAGAGAUAUCCCCGGAGCGCCUGAGCCUCCAUUUGAGAUCAGUGACAUUGACGCUGAUGCCUGCACACUCUCUUGGAAAGCACCAAUUGAAGAUGGCGGAAGCCAGAUUACAAACUACGUAGUGGAGAAGUGUGACGUGAUCAGAGGCGACUGGGUAAACGCUGUAUCGUCCUGUGGCAAGACUGGCUGCAGACUGGGAAAGCUCAUCCCUGGAAAGGAAUACAUCUUCCGUGUCCGUUCUGAGAAUCGCUAUGGAAUCUCAGACCCCCUAACAUCUGACAGGAUGAUUGCCAAAUUCCCCUUCGAUGUGCCCAGUGAGCCUUUAAACUGCCACAUCACCAAGGUCAACAAGGACUGUAUGUUUGUAGCCUGGGACAGACCUGAGAGUGAUGGUGGCAGCCCUAUUACUGGCUUCUACAUUGAACGCAAAGAGAGGAACAGUCUCCUUUGGGUCAAAGCUAACGACUCAGUUGUCAGAUCAAUGGAAUAUCCCUGUGCAGGCCUUAUUGAGGGCUUGGAAUACAACUUCAGAGUAUCUGCCAUCAAUCGUGCUGGACAGAGUAAGCCAAGCAAGAAGUCUGACUUCGUCACAGCAAGGACACCAGUUGACACACCAGGCAAACCAGAGGUUCUUGAUGUUACCAAGAAUGCAGUCACCUUGGUCUGGACUAGACCAAAGAAUGAUGGUGGAAGCAAGAUAAUUGGAUAUUAUGUUGAGGCCCUGAGGCUCCCUGGAGACAAAUGGGUCCGUUGCAACACCAGCAGUCAGAAUGUACCCAGAGAAGAGUACACUGCAACUGGACUGGAGGAAGACAUGGAGUACCAGUUCAGAGUCAUCGCAAAGACCGCUGUCAACAUGAGCCGGGCAUCAGACAUCACAGACCCAGUUCUGGUCUCUGCAGAGAAGGUGCCACCAAGAGUAGAAAUUGGAAUCCCAAUGAAGAGGCUUAAGCCAGUGAAGGCUGGGGCAAAUGUACUUCUUGAGGCAGAAGUGUUUGGAAAACCGAUGCCCAAGGUUACAUGGAAGAGGGGAGAGGAAGUAUUGAGAGCUUCUGAGAUGUUGAAGAUGUCCCAGUUGAGACAUCUCUUCAGCAUAGAGCUUCUUGGAGUAACAAAGGAACACACAGGAGAGUAUACUAUUUUGGCAGAAAAUGCAAGUGGAUCCAAAACUGGAGAAAUUAAGUUAACUGUUUUCGAUGUCCCCGGUCCACCAGUCUCUGUCAAGUUUGGUGACGUGUUUGCCAAUAGUGUCCAGAUUAGUUGGGAGGCGCCUCUUGCCGAUGGAGGCUCAGACAUCACAAACUACAUUGUUGACAAACGUGAGACCAGUAGAGCUGAAUGGGCUCAGGUCGCAGCCCAUAUUCAGGGUGAUGUGUUUGAACUCACCACAAAGAAACUGAUUGAGGGACGAGAGUACCAGUUCCGCGUCCGCGCAGAGAAUAGAUUUGGGGUUGGAGAAGCCAUCGUGACUGAUCCCGUCUAUGCCAGGAAUCCAUUCACUGUCCCUGGGGCAUGUGAGGCACCAGUCAUCACAAACAUCACCAAAGAGCACAUGACCGUUAGCUGGAAGGAACCUGCCGAUGAUGGCAAGUCAACCAUUUUAGGAUACAUAGUGGAGAAGAAGGGAACCAAGGAAGUCAACUGGACUAAACUGAACAGGAAAGCCUUGAUAGAGAGAACACUGGAAGUUGCUGGUCUGUCAGAGGGAGCAGAGUAUGAAUUCAGAGUAAUUGCCCUGAACAACGCUGGCCUUGGCAAACCCAGUGAGCCAUCCACUGUGGCUUCAGCCCACGAUCCUAUCAAUCCUCCUGGACCCCCUGUGAACCCGAUGGUCACUGACGUCAGCCGCAGCACGAUUAGCCUGACCUGGACUAAACCAGCCAAUAACGGAGGCAGUGACAUCCUGGGAUACCUUGUUGAAUGCAAGAGAACAGACGCAACAGACUGGAUCAGAUGCAACGUGCCCAAGAACCUCCAAGACACAUUCUACCUUGUUCAGAACCUCAUUGAUAAAUCUGAAUAUCAACUGCGUGUGUCUGCCGUGAACAAAGUGGGCUUCAGUGAAACAUGCGAAGUGCCAGACAAACAUAUAGCAAAGGACAUUUUGGUUGCUCCUGAGGCAGAACUCAGUGCUGACCUGAAGGAGGUUCUGGAGCUCCGUGCUGGGUCCCAAAUGAGACUUUUCGCCACAAUAAAGGGUCGUCCCACGCCCAAGGUGAUCUGGGCAAAAAUGAACAGCAACAUCAAGGAAAGACAAGGCAUCGUUAUCAAGAGCACCGACACUGACACUGUGGUGUUAGUCCAGAGUUGCAACAGAUAUGAUGCGGGAAAAUAUAUCCUGAGUCUUGAAAGUCGCAGCGGAAUGAAGAUGUAUACAAUUGUUGUCAAGGUUUACGAUACCCCUGGGCCACCAGUCAAUCUCAUGGUAAAGGGGACAACAAAGGACAGUGCAAAGAUCCUUUGGGAUACUCCUCUUAUUGAUGGUGGAAGCGAAGUGACCAGUUACAUUAUUGAAAAGCGUGAUGCAGAGAGAAAAGCUUGGUCUCUAGUUAAAGAUAACUAUGCCAAAAACACUCUCAAGAUCCCUGAUUUGGAGGCUGGUAGAUCUUACUGUUUUAGAGUCAAGGCUGUGAAUGAAUAUGGUGUUGGCGAGGCAUGUGAAACCGCAGAUUCAGUUAGAGCGUCUGAGGAACCUGGGCCGGUCAUGGACUUCAAGGCCUUGUUGAUCACAAAGCAAGGAUGCACCCUUGGAUGGAAGAAACCUCUCAGUGAUGGCGGUAGCCGCAUCAUUGUGUAUGUGCUUGAGGUUAUGAAUGGAGAUGAUAACUGGAAGGAGCUAAUGAGUUCCAAGAACAUGCAGUACAGUGCCAAGGAUCUGGUGGAAGGACAAGAAUAUAAGUACAGAGUCAAAGCAGUAAAUGACUCUGGUGACAGUCCGUACAAGGAGCUGGAUGUGGUGGCUAAAGACCAGAUCAUUCAUCCUGGAGUUGACUUGCGGGGCAUUCCCAAUCUGUGCUACAUUGCAAAGGAGGGAAGUAUAGUCCGCAUCAAGCUCCCACUCUACGGCAAACCUACUCCUAAAUGCUCCUGGAAGAAGGGCGAGGAUGAGGAUUUGACCGAUACUGGAAGAGUGUGUGCAGAAUCCACAGCAGUCAACACUACCCUCCUGAUCCGUGACUGCCAGAGGAGCGAUGCCUCUAAGUACACAGUCACACUGAAAAACAUUUCUGGAGUAAAGGAAUCCACCAUCUUCAUUAGGGUGGUUGGAAAACCAGGAAUGCCUGUCGCACCAAUGAAGUUUAAGGAUGUCACUGCAGAUGGGUGCACCCUGAGAUGGACUGCACCUAAGGAUGAUGGUGGAUCAGAGAUAACCAACUAUACUCUUGAGAAGAGGGAUUCUGUAACCAACAUGUGGGUUAGCAUUGCUACCGAUAUUGAAGCAGUUUCCAAUACUACCACCUUCAGAGUGACAGGUCUUCAUGAGGAGACGGAAUACAUCUUCAGAGUCUGUGCACAGAACAAGCAUGGUGCUAGUGAAGGACUCAAAUCCGAGCCUAUUGUUGCCAAGCAUCCAUUCAAUGUACCUGAGGCACCACCUGCACCUGUGAUCAUGAGUAUGCGUCAUGAUUCAUCAUUCUUGGCCUGGUCUGACCCAAGGAAGACCGGAGGCUCUCCAAUUACUGGCUACCAUGUUGAGUUCAAGGAGAGGAACAGCAUGCUGUGGAAGAGGUCAGGGGGAGCCAUUAAGAUGAAGGAACACAAGGUCACUGGCUUAACUGAAGGACUGGAAUAUGAAUUCAGAGUCAUGGCCACGAAUCUGGCCGGUGUUGGCAGAGCAAGUCCACCAACUGAGGCGCAUGUUGCCUUGGAUCCAAUUGAUGCCCCUGGAAAACCUGAUGUGAUCAGCAUCACAAGAAGUACUGUAACACUUCAGUGGACUGAGCCCAAGUACGAUGGUGGACACAGACUGACAGGCUACAUCGUGGAAAAACGUGAUUUGCCUUCCAAGAUCUGGCAAAAGGCUAACAAUGUGAAUGUUGUGGACACAGCAUACACUGUGAAAGAGCUGCAAGAGGGAUGCAAGUUUGAGUUCAGAAUCAGGGCAAAAAAUGCCGCUGGAGCAUUGAGCCCUCCCUCUGAACAAACAGAUACACUUGUGUGCAAGGAUGAAUACGAGGCACCAACCAUCACUAUUGAUUCCACUGUAAAGGAGGGACUCACAGUCAGAGCGGGUGACCACAUCGUCAUAACUGCAACAAGUAUUGUAGGCAAACCCCCACCAACAUCCGUGUGGUCUAAGGGUGGAAAAUACUUCAAGCCUUCAGAUAUCUGCCAGAUUGAGUCCACUGCAACGUCCUCGACAUUGACGGUCAAAUACGCCGGGAGAUCGGAUUCUGGAGAAUACACAAUUACAGCCAGCAAUCCAUUUGGUGUCACAGAAGAAGUUGUGAAAGUGAAGGUUUUGGAUGUACCCGCAGCUCCGGGUCCUAUUGAGGUCAGUGGAGUUUCGUCUGAGAAGGUCACACUGACAUGGACACCACCAGCUGAAGAUGGUGGAUGUCCAGUUAAAUAUUACACCCUGGAGAAGAGAGAAACAAGCCGCCUCCUUUGGACCAUUCUGUCAGAAAAAGUACUUGACUGCCACUAUAUUGCCAAGAAGCUAAUCCAGGGAAAUGAAUACAUCUUCCGUGUGAAGGCAGUUAAUCACUAUGGUCCUGGAGAAGCAGCAGUGUCUGGACCAGCUAAGAUGGUGGACCAAUUUGGUCCCCCUGGUCCUCCAUCAAAACCAGAGAUUGAAGAGAUUGGAGGACACCAUGUCAAAAUCAUCUGGAAAAGACCGAUUGAUGAUGGUGGUAGCGACAUCACAGGCUACAUGGUUGAAAAGAAAGAAAGAAAGGGCAUGAGAUGGGUUAGGGCAGCAAAGAAGUCCAUUGCUGAACUCUCAUAUGAAGUAACAGGACUCACAGAGAAAGUCGAAUAUGAAUUCAGGGUGGUUGCAGAAAACAAAGCAGGCUUCGGAGAGCCAAGUGAACCAUCAUUGUCUGUUACGACCAAAACUGUUAAAUAUGCACCUGGACCUCCAAUCAACCCAAGAAUUACAGAUACAACAAAGACUUCUGCAACAUUCUUCUGGGGGAAACCACUUGAAGAUGGUGGGCUUGAAGUCACAGGGUACUUUGUUGAGCAUAAAAAAGAUGGAGAAGAGGAAUGGUUCAAGGACACACCAACUGCUCCACUGAGAAUUACAGAAUUUGUUGUUCCUAACUUGAAAGUGGGAGCAAAAUACCACUUCAGAGUCAGUGCAAUGAAUGCAGAGGGAGUUGGUGAACCAGCUCAAACUGAAGAACUGGUUGAAAUUAUUGAACGUGAAGAAGAGCCAGACCUUGAACUGGAUGUUGAGCUGAGAAGAACACUUGUUGUCAGGGCUGGAUGUUCCAUCCGCAUAUUUGUGCCCAUUAAAGGUCGCCCAGCUCCUGAAGUAGCUUGGACAAAGGGUGAAGACACACCACUCAAAGGACGUGCUAACAUUGACAGCACAGAGUCAUACACUAUGCUUGUCAUCCCUGACUGCACAAGAAAUGAUGCAGGAAGAUACAACUUGAUCCUUACGAACGCUGCAGGAGAGAAGACUGCUCAUGUCAAUGUGAGAGUUCUGGAUUCACCUGGACCACCAAUUAAUCUGAAGCCAAAGCACAUUGACAAAGAGAGCAUCACUCUUCAAUGGGAACUGCCGCUUAUCGAUGGUGGUUCAAAGAUAACAAACUAUAUAAUUGAAAAGAGAGAGUCAACACGCAAAGCAUAUUCCACCAUAAUAUCAGUGUGUCCAAAUAGCACAGUUAGAAUUCCUGAUCUAGCAGAAGGGUCAGAAUAUUACUUCAGAGUGUCGGCUGAAAAUGAGUACGGAAUUGGCGAGUCGGUUGAGACUACAGAUCCAAUUCGAGCAUCUCAAGCACCAACACCCCCAGAGAGCGUUUAUGCUACAGAUGUCACCAAGACCUCUGUCAGUCUUGCAUGGACAAAGCCAAAACAUGACGGCGGUAGUAGAGUUACUGGAUAUGUCCUUGAAGCUCAAAAGAAGGGAGGAGACCAGUGGUCCCAUGUGACAACUGUCAAGACAAUGGACUUCAUAGUGAAGAACCUGAAUGAAAAUGAACAGUAUAUAUUCCGUGUCAUGGCUGUAAACCACUCUGGAAGAAGUGGUCCUUGUGACAGCAAGCCUGUUACUAUCAAGGAAACAAUAACAAUGCCAGAAUUUGACCUGCGUGGAAUAUGCCAGAAAAUUGUCAUUGCCAGGGCAGGAGAUGAGAUUAAGGUUGAGAUACCAGUUAUGGGACGUCCAAAACCAACUGUUUCAUGGACGAAAGAUGGUCAGCACCUCAAGAUAACCCCAAGAAUAAUCACUGAACGUACUGCAACCACAAGUAUCCUGAAUAUAACAGAAUGCAUAAGGAGUGACACAGGACAUUAUGGCAUGACAGGGAAGAACAUAGUUGGCUCAGUGACAGAUACCAUCAUAGUAAAAGUGCACGAUGUCCCUGGACCUCCAAAGGGACCAAUAAAAAUAGAUGAAAUCUCCCGUACCUAUGCUGUCAUCUCUUGGGGAACGCCUGAGAAUGAUGGAGGUGUACCAAUCAACAAUUACAUUGUUGAAUUAAGGGAAACUACAGGAACGUCAUGGAUAGAAUUGACAUCAUCGGUAAUCCGUACAAUAUUUAAAGCUACUCGUCUGAAGACUGGUGCGGAAUACCAGUUCAGAGUCAAAGCUAAAAACAGAUAUGGUGCUGGUCAACCAAUCAUCUCAGAGUCAGUGGUUGCUGCAUAUCCAUUCAAACCCCCUGGGCCACCUAGUACUCCAAAGGUUGUGGCCUUUACCAAAGACACAAUGACAAUUGGCUGGAAUGAACCUGUUUAUGAUGGUGGAAGUGAAGUCAUUGGAUAUCACAUUGAGAGGAAAGAGAGAAGCAGCAUCCUUUGGCAAAAGAUCAGCAAAUCCACGGUGAAAGAUAAUCAAUUCAAAUCAAGUGGACUGGAAGAUGGAGUUGCAUAUGAAUUCCGCGUCACUGCUGAAAACAUGGCGGGAAUUGGUAAACCAAGCAAGGCAUCAGAAGCAAUGCUAGCCCUUGAUCCAGUGGAUCCACCAGGUCAACCAGAGCCAAUCUUUGUUUCCAAGAAUAUAGUAACAAUUCAAUGGACAAAGCCUGAAUAUGAUGGUGGGUUCAAGAUUACUGGCUACGUAGUGGAAAAGAGAGACUUACCAGCUGGUCGUUGGAUGAGGGCCAACUUCACAAACAUCAUUGAGACCACUUUCACUGUAAGUGGGUUAACUCAGAAUGAGGCCUAUGAAUUCCGUGUACUUGCCAAAAAUGCAGCUGGUUCAGUAAGUGAACCAUCUGAGCCAUCGGAUCCCAUCACCUGCACAGAUGACAUUGUGGAACCACGAAUCAUGGUUGAUGCCAAAUUCAAGGAUGUGAUUCUACUGAAAGCAGGGGAAAACUUCAAACUUGAUGCAGAUGUUGCAGGCCAACCACUACCAUCCAUGGUGUGGACCAAGGGUGGAAAGGACAUUGAAAAUACGAUGAAAUUGACAAUUAAAAUGACUGACUUAACAACAACUCUGAUUAACAAAGACUCGUUAAGAAGAGAUGGAGGUGAAUUUGUUCUGACUGCCACAAAUGUUGGAGGGUUUGCCAAGCAUAUCUUUAAUGUCAAAGUCCUUGACAGACCAGGUCCACCUGGAGGACCCCUGGUGGUGUCAGAUAUCACAUCUGACAACUGUAUUUUGGAAUGGGCUCCACCCGCAGAUGAUGGUGGUGCAGAGAUUGACCAUUACGUGAUUGAAAAGCGUGAAUCAAGCAGGCUUGCAUGGACAAAUUCGGCCUCAGGCUUAACUGAUACCCAAUUUAAGGUGAACAAGUUACUCAAAGGAAAUGAGUACAUAUUCAGAGUAAUGGCAGUCAACAAAUAUGGAGUCGGAGAGCCUCUGGAAUCUGCUCCAACUAUUGCAAACAAUCCAUGGGUGCCAGCAGAUCCUCCAAAGGAUCCUGAAGUAACAAUAAUCACUAAGGAUUCAAUGAUUCUUAUGUGGAAGGCUCCUGAGUAUGAUGGUGGAACUCCAAUCACAAACUAUAAUAUUGAAAGGAAAGACAAGAUUGGUCUUCGCUGGGUAAAAUGCAACAAGAAGAAAGUAAAAGACUUGCAGUUCAAGGUAACUGGGCUUCUAGUAACACAUGAAUAUGAAUUCAGAAUUCUUGCAGAGAAUGCAGCUGGAUUAAGCUUACCAAGCAAUUCAAGUCCUUUCUACAAGGCUACUGACACCCUCUACGAACCAGGCCCUCCAGGCAACCCAAGAGUCGUGGACACAAACAAGUCGUCCAUUACGAUUGCAUGGAACAAGCCAAAUUAUGAUGGUGGUUCUGAAAUCACAGGAUACAUUGUGGAGACCUGCAUUCCUGGGGAGGAGGAAUGGACAAUUGUUACUCCGCCAGGAGGACUAAUGGGUACAUCGUUUACCCUUAUGAACUUAGAGGAGGACAAAGAGUACAUGAUUCAAGUUUCUGCCGUAAACAGUGAGGGUAUUGGAGAGGAAGCAACUAUUCCUGGCACACCGAGAGCUCAAGACAGGCUGCUUCCACCGGAAUUUGACCUGGAUGCUGAGCUAAAGAAGGUUGUGAAUAUCAGAGCCUGUAACACAUUGAGACUUUUUGUACCUAUCAGAGGAAGACCAUCACCCGAGGCAAAAUGGGCCAAAGAAGAUGGUGAACCUAUUACGAGAGCAACCAUUGAAAGCACAACUUCUUACACAUCACUGGUGGUGGAAAAUGUCAACCGAUUUGACAGUGGCAAGUACGUGCUCACAAUAGAAAACAGUUCUGGAUCCAAUACAGCUGCUGUGAAUGUCAGAGUGCUAGAUACCCCAGGUGCCCCGCAAAAUCUCAAGAUCAACAGCGUCACUAAAGAAUCUGUCACUCUUAUCUGGGAUGCUCCAGUAAAUGACGGUGGAGCAAAGAUUAAGAACUACAUUGUUGAAAAACGUGAAUCAACAAGGAAAGCAUAUGCCACUGUAAAUUCUAACUGUCAUAAGAACACCUGGAAAGUUGACCAGCUGCAGGAGGGGUGUAACUACUACUUCAGAGUUUUAGCUGAAAAUGAAUAUGGAAUUGGCCUACCAAUUGAAACCCGUGAAUCAGUUAAAGUUUCUGAAAAACCACAGCCUCCUGCCAAAAUCACCCUCGCCGAUGUUACCAAGACUAGUGCCACCCUGUCUUGGGAGAAACCAGAGCAUGACGGAGGAAGUAGAGUGGUAUGCUAUGUUAUUGAGAUGCUGAGCAAAGGUGCCGAGAAAUGGGUCCAGUCUUCUAUUGUCAAAACAUUAGAAGCAGUUGUCCCUGGACUGACACCAGGUGAAGAGUACAUGUUCCGUGUAGCAGCAAGAAAUGAAAAAGGAACAAGUGAUCCACGUCAAAUUGGUGUGCCAGUGAUUGCUAAAGAUCUUGUGAUUGUACCAUCAGCUAAAAUGUUGUUCAACACAUUCAGUGUUCUAGCAGGAGAGGAUUUGACAGUACAGAUUCCGUUUAUUGCUCGUCCCCGAGCAACUAUUUCAUUCAUAAAGGACAAUCUACCUAUGAAGCGUACCAGCAGAGUUAACUUUGGAGGAUCAGAUAAACUGAUCAAUCUUCAAAUCAAAGAGGCAUGCAGAGAAGAUGUUGGUCAGUACCGAAUCAUACUUGCAAACACCGCUGGGGAUACAUCUUUAUACAUCUCAGUAGUUGUUCUUGACAAACCUGGUCCACCAAAGGGCCCAAUUAAAGUUGAGGCUGUUACUACUGACAGUGUGCUUUUCUCCUGGACUCCUCCAGAGUAUGAUGGUGGUGCAACAAUCAACAGCUACCUUGUAGAAAAGAGAGAUACGUCCACACAAACUUGGUUGGUCGUGUCUCCAAAUCAUGCAAGAACAGCGAUUAAAGCUUCGAGGCUGAAAAACGGUUCAGAGUACCAGUUCAGGGUGACAGCUCAGAACAGGUAUGGAAAGGGCCCAUCUCUGACCUCAGGGUCUGUUGUUGCUGAGUAUCCAUUCAAAUUACCAGGCCCUCCAGGAACACCAUCUGUACAGUCUUCCACAAAGGAUAGCAUGGUAGUUGUGUGGAAUGAGCCUGUUAAUGAUGGUGGAAGCACUGUGCUGGGAUAUCAUCUUGAGCGCAAAGAGAGAAACAGUAUUCUCUGGGUGAAGCUCAAUAAGUCUCUCAUCCAGGAUACAUCUUACAAGACCACUGGUCUGGAACCAGGACAGGAAUAUGAAUUCAGAGUUUAUGCUGAAAACAUUGUGGGAAUUGGAAAAGUUAGCAAACUUUCCGAAGGUCACAUUUCUAGGGAUCCUUGCGAUCCCCCCGGAGAUCCUGAGGCUACUAAGAUAACAAAGGAUUCUGUAACAAUCACAUGGACAAAGCCAGAGUAUGAUGGUGGUGCCAAUGUCACCGGCUAUAUUGUAGAGAAGAAAGAGUUGCCAGAGGGCCGCUGGAACAAAACCAACUUCACAAAUAUCAUUGAAACCGAGUAUGUGGCAACCAGCCUUGUGGAGAACCAGAAAUAUGAGUUCCGUGUUAUUGCAAGAAACGCAGCAGGUGUUUUCAGCCCUCCCUCAUACAGCACUGGACCAAUUACUGCUAAAGAUGAAAUCGACCCUCCUCGUAUUAGCAUUGACCCACAGUUCACACAAACUGUUUAUGUUAAUGCUGGAGAUGGCUUCAAAAUCGAUGCCGAUGUUCAUGGUAGUCCAAUACCCGAAAUCCUCUGGAUGAAGAGUGGCCACGAGGCACCCCUUGCAAACACUAUCACCAGAGACAUAAAAAAUACAGACAGCACCACUUUGUUGACUGUCAAAGAGGCUAAACUUGAAGAUGGAGGCAAGUACACUUUACUUCUAAAAAAUCCAGGAGGCGAGAAGUCAGUGAAGAUCAAUGUGGUUGUUCUGGAUAAACCUGGGGCACCACAAGGUCCUAUCUCUGUCACUGGCAUCACAAAUGAUCAAUGUUGCCUUGCUUGGAAAUCCCCACUCUAUGAUGGCGGCAGUAAAAUCACUCAUUACAUUGUAGAGAGAAGGGAGACAAGCAGAUUAAUUUGGACUGUUGUUGAUAAUAAGUGUGAGUCAAAUUAUCUGAAGGUUACAAAACUCUUGGAGGGAAAUGAGUACAUUUUCAAAGUCCAGGCAGUAAACAAAUUUGGACUUAGUAUGGGUCUGGAAUCAAUUGCUGUGACUGUCAAAGACCCAUUCGUUCCCCCAGAUUCACCAAGUAGGUUGGAGGUUUCCGAUGUCAAAAAGGAUUCAAUGGUGAUUACCUGGGAGGCUCCUGGAUAUGAUGGUGGCAGUAAUAUUAUUGGAUACAUUAUUGAGAAACACGAUAAGGAGGGUGUGAGAUGGACCAGAUGCAAUAGGAAGACAGUUACUGACUUAACCUACAAAGUCACUGGACUUAUGGAAAGUCAUAUUUAUGAAUUUAGAGUUCUGGCUGAGAACGUCUCUGGAGUUGGAGAGCCGAGCUCCCCAACAGUUUUCUACAAGGCUUUGGAUCCAAUAUUCAGACCAGGUGCACCAAUUAAUCCUAAAGUAACUGACAUAAGCAAAACUUCAGUUUUCCUGUCAUGGGGCAAACCUAUAUAUGACGGAGGAUGUGAGAUUCAAGGAUACAUUGUGGAGAAAUGUGAAGUGCCAUCUCCUGCAUCACUCACUAAGCAAUCCAUUGUUGUGGAACCGGCCACUAAGGCACCAGCUGCUGAGGGAGAGGAAGCACCCGCUGAAAAAGGAGCAACUGAGGCAACACCUGCUGAGGCAACACCCGCCGAAGCAGCACCUGCACCUGCAGACGCAGCACCUUCCAAGGCAGAACCCGCAGAAAAAGGAAGUGCAGAAGGAGCUACAGAGGAAGAACCUGCUGAGGUGUGGACAAUCUGUACUCCACCAAGUGGCAUCAAACAAACAAGAUUUGAAGUUAGAAAAUUGGAGGAAAUGCAUUUGUACAAGUUCAGAGUCUGUGCUGUCAACAAGCUUGGUGUUGGAGACCAUUCAGAUGUCUCUGGAAUCAUUCUUGUCGAGGAGAGGAUUGAGGAACCAGAUCUGGACAUUGACCCAGACCUGAGAAAGGUUGUGAACAUUAAGGCUGGAUGUUCCCUCAGACUGUUCAUUCCUAUCAGAGGGCGACCUCAACCUGAAGUCAAAUGGGGAAAGGAUGAAGGUCCUAUUAAGGAGAAUGCACAAGUUGAAGUGACAAGUAGUUACACGUCCCUUGUGAUUGAUAAUGUCAACAGAUUUGACAGUGGAAAAUACACUGUUUCUGCAGAGAAUGCCAGUGGUGAAAAAUCUGCUUUAAUUACCGUUAGAGUUCUUGACACACCUAGUGCCCCAGUCAACCUCAAAGUGAAAGAUAUCACUGGUGAAUCAGUGACACUUACAUGGGAUGCCCCUGUGUUGGAUGGGGGAGCUAAAAUCAGAAACUAUAUUGUUGAGAAGCGGGAAAGCACCAGGAAAGCCUAUGCAGCUGUGGUGACAAACUGCCACAAAUUAUCAUACAAGGUUGAGAACCUUCAAGAGGGUUGCAAUUAUUAUUUCAGAGUCCUUGCUGAAAACGAACAUGGUGUUGGCUUGCCUACAGCAACCAUUGAUCCCAUCAAAGCCUCAGAAGUACCUCAAAUCCCACGAAAACUGAGUGUUGUUGACCAAACCAAGACAAGCAUCUCUCUUGCCUGGGAGAAGCCUGAGCAUGAUGGUGGAAGUAGAAUCAUUCAUUACCUGCUAGAGAUACAAGUUAAAGGCUCUGAGAAAUGGUCAGGUGUUGCAACUGUCAGAGCAAUGGAGUCUGUUGUCAACAAUCUAAAUCCGGGUGAAGAAUAUCUGUUCAGAGUGUUUGCUAUCAAUGACAAAGGAAAGAGUGACCCAAGAGAACUUGCACUUCCAGUGACAGCAAAGGACCUUGUUAUCGAGCCUGAUGUUAGACCUGCAUUUAGCAAUUACAGUGUUCGGGUUGGUAAAGACUUCAAGGUUGAAAUCCCGAUCGCAGGACGUCCUAAACCAGCAGUUAAAUGGACAAAGGAUGGAUCAAUCCUACUCCACACCUCAAGGGUUAAAAUCACUAACACACCAGAUAGCACAACUCUAAGUAUCACAGAGGCUACAGGAGAAGAUGGCGGAAUGUAUGGCAUUAAUGUUACUAAUGUAGUUGGGGAAAAGAACGCAACAAUUGAAAUCAUUGCUCUUGAUAAACCUGGCCCACCAAGUGGACCUGUAAAGUUUGAUGAAGUUACUAUUAACACUGCAACUAUUUCUUGGGGUCCUCCAAAGCAUUCUGGUGGCUGCCAGAUUUCAAAUUACAUUGUUCAGAAAAGAGACACAACCACCACAACUUGGGAGAAUGUUGCUGCCUCCGUGGCAAGAACUACGCUCAAGGUGCAAAGGCUGAAAACCGGGGCUGAAUAUCAAUUCAGAAUCAUUGCUCAAAAUCGAUAUGGCAAGAGUUACGGUUUGGACUCACAUCCUUUGACUAUAAAGUACCCUUACAAAGAACCUGGCCCACCCGGCACUCCAUUCAUUGCAUCUCUCUCCAAGGAAUAUAUGGUUGUGGAGUGGCAUGAACCAGUCGCAGAUGGAGGUAGUUCUGUUCUAGGCUAUCACCUUGAAAGGAAAGAGAGAAACAGCAUCCUCUGGACUAAGCUUAACAAAUCACUCGUUAAAGACACCAUUUACAAAACCGGUCCCUUAGAGGAGGCUGUUGAAUAUGAAUUCAGAGUUUAUGCUGAAAACAUUGUUGGUAUUGGCAGGUGCAGCAAAAUCUCAGAGGGUUGUGUUGCACGUGAUCCUUGUGAUCCUCCUGGCACCCCAGAGGCUAUCAUUGUAAACAAAGAGUCCAUCACCAUUGAAUGGACAAAGCCUGAAUAUGAUGGAGGAAGUGUGAUUACUGGUUAUGUUGUUGAGAAACGUGACCUUCCAGAGGGACGCUGGAUGAAGGCAAACUUUACCAACGUUAUUGAGACCAGGUUUACUGCUACUGGACUAACUGCUGAUGCACAGUAUGACUUCAGAGUCAUUGCUAAGAAUGCAGUUGGAACAUUCAGCAAGCCAUCUUAUAACAGUGGACCUAUAACAGCAAACGAUGAGGUGGAAGCGCCAAGAUAUUCUAUUGAUCCUGCAUUCACCAAAACGAUCAUUAUCAAUGCAGGAGACACAUUCAAACUUGAUGCUGAUGUACAUGGAAAGCCAGUACCCACAAUCCAGUGGUUCAAGGAUGAUGUGGAAAUUGAAAAGAAUACAAUGAGAUUGGAGGUCAAAAAUACAGAAAGCGUCGCAAUGAUAGUUGUGAAGGAUUCUGUCAGAGUUGACGGUGGAAAUUACAAACUUGUCCUGACAAAUGUUGCUGGAUCAGAGUCAGUUCCAUUCAAGGUGAAUGUACUAGACAGACCAGGACCACCUGUAGGUUCCCUCCAUGUCACUGGAGUCGCUUGUGACAAAUGUACUCUGUCAUGGCGUGCUCCACUACAUGAUGGAGGCAGCAACAUCACACACUACCUCAUUGAGAGGCGUGAAACCAGUCGUCUUGCUUGGACUAUGGUUUCUAACAGCUGUGAGACCACAGUGUAUAAAGUAACUAGUCUCCUGGAGGGCAAUGAGUAUAUUUUCCGUGUCAUGGCUAUCAACAGUUAUGGCAUUGGUGAACAUGUGGAGUCUUCAGCAGUAAUAAUGAAAAAUCCAUUUGUUGUCCCUGGUGCACCACAUGUUAAUGAUGUAACGAACAUUGCACGGGAUUCCAUGACUGUCUGCUAUUCUGCACCAGAGACUGAUGGGGGAAGUAACAUUACUACUUACAUCAUUGAGAAGAAAGACAGAGCUGGAGUUAAAUGGACCAAAUGCAACAGGCAAAAGGUCACAGACCUAUCUUUCAGAGUAACAGGUCUGACAUCAGAUCAUGAAUAUGAGUUUAGAGUAUCUGCUGAAAAUGCAGCUGGUGUUGGUGAGCCAAGUCUACCAACAUCAUACUUUAAGGCCAGUGAUCCCAAGUACAAACCUGGGGCACCCACACAUGCACAUGUGAUUGAUACCACAAAGAGCUCAAUCACAGUCGCAUGGGGAAAGCCUCUCAAUGAUGGUGGCAGUCCUAUCCAGGGAUACAUUGUAGAGAUUUGCAAAGCUGAGGAGGAGGAAUGGACAAUGUGCACACCACCAACAGGCCUGCGGGUCAAUAAAUUUGAAAUCACAAAACUUACUGAGGGUCAGGAAUAUCAGAUCCAGGUCUGUGCUAUCAAUAAACUGGGUGUUGGUGAACUAGCUGCUGUAUCUGGAACAUCUAAACCAGAGGAGAAGGUAGAGGAUCCAGAAAUUCAACUGGACUCGGAAUUGAGGAAAGGAAUUGUGGUGCGUGCUGGAGGAUCUGUGAGAAUCAAUGUACCAUUCAAAGGCAGACCAACGCCAGAGAUUAAGUGGUGUAAGCUGAAGAAGGUUGAAGAAGUGGAAGAAGAACAAGAAUUGCAAGAGAAAGCAGUGGUUGAUAAAGGUCUCAACUAUACUCAGCUUUCCAUUGACUCUUGUGACAGAAGUGAUUCUGGAAAGUACAAUGUGACUGUGAAGAACAGCAGUGGUACCGUUUCUGAAUUUGUAACUGUGAAAGUGCUAGAUACACCAGGUGCCCCUCUGAAUCUCAAACUGACAGAGAUCAAGAAAGACUCCAUAACUCUUGUUUGGGAUGCCCCUCUUACUGAUGGCGGAGCGAAAAUCAAGAAUUAUGUUGUUGACAAACGUGAAUCAAUCAGGAAAGCUUUUGCAAAUGUAACAACCAAGGUCAACAAAACAACCUACAAGGUUGAAAACCUUGUUGAGGGGGCUAUGUAUUACUUCAGAGUUAUGGCUGAGAACGAAUAUGGAGUUGGAUCGUCGACUGAAACAAAGCUUGCAACAAAGGCCUCUGAGGUGCCUCUUCCAGUCGGAAAGAUAUUCUUGACUGAUGUUACUAAAGCCAGCGCAUCAUUCAGAUGGGAAAAACCAGAGCAUGAUGGUGGAAGCAGAAUUACUGGUUACCUAGUUGAGAUGCAGCAAAAGGGAGGGGACAAAUGGGGUGUUGCAACUUCCACAAAGGGUGAUUGUCAUGGCACAGUCACUGGACUUACUGCUGGACAGGAGUAUCUGAUCCGUAUCGUAGCUUACAAUGAGAAGGGAAAGAGUGAGCCUAAAGCACUGGCUAUGCCAGUUGUUGCUAAUGACAUGACUAUUGAACCAAGCUUAAAACUCAUGUUCAACACCUACACCGUCAAAGCUGGUGACGAUCUGAUAGUAGAAAUCCCAGUGUUUGGUAGGCCGAAACCCCAAAUUGUUUGGAAGAAAGAGGGUCUGCCAUUGAAAAUGACAACAAGAGUGAAUGUGAUAAACACAGCAACAACUGCUACCAUUAAAAUUACUGAGGCAUGUAAGGACGACUUUGGAAAGUAUACCAUUAUGGCAACUAACACAGCUGGCUUAUUCUCUGAAGACAUAGGAAUCACAAUCCUUGACAAACCUGGUCCUCCAACCGGACCCAUUAAAGUCCUUGAAGUAAGCAAUAACUCUGUCAGUCUUUCAUGGGGAGCCCCGGAGUACACAGGCGGAUGUCAAGUAAAGCAUUACAAUGUGGAAAGACGAGAUACAACACAAACAGCAUGGCAAAGUGUGAAUGCACAGCUAGCUAGAACAGCUAUCAAAAUAACCAAGCUGAAAACUGGCGCAGAGUACUGUUUCAGAAUCUGUGCUGAGAAUAGAUAUGGAAAGGGCGCUCCUUUGGACACAAAAUCAAUUGUGGUGCAAUAUCCAUACAAAUCACCAGGACCACCUGGAACUCCAUACAUCAAAUCUGCAACAAAGGAUCAAAUGAUAAUUGAAUGGAAUGAGCCAGUCAAUGAUGGUGGUAGUACGGUUAUUGGAUACCAUCUUGAAUCUAAAGAAAGAACCAGCAUUAUGUGGAUGAAACUCAACAAAGCCCUCAUCGCUGAUACCUCUUUCAAGAUAUGUAAUCUUGAGGAGGACAUUGGAUAUGAAUACAGGGUCUAUGCUGAAAACAUUGUUGGCAUUGGCAGAGCAUCCAAAAUAUCAGAAUCAUUCGUUGCUCGAGAUCCAGUUGAUCUACCAGGUACCCCUGAGGCUACUGUUAUCUCCAAGAAUCACAUUGUGAUUCAAUGGACCAAGCCACUGUAUGAUGGAGGCAGUAAAAUCACUGGAUAUAUUGUGGAGCGGAGAGAUCUAGCCAACAUUGAGGGUCGCUGGAUGAGAGCCAACUUCACAAAUGUCAUUGAGACAGAAUUUGCCAUCUCUGGCUUGACAGAAAAUGAAAAAUAUGAGUUCAGAGUGAUUGCAAGAAAUGCCGCUGGUAUUUUCAGUGAGCCUUCUGACAGCACUGGACCCAUUACUGCCACAGAUGAGAUUGAAGCACCAAGAGCCUCAAUGGAUCCUAAAUACAAGGAUGUCAUUGUUGUUAAUGCUGGGGACAACUUAGUUUUGGAUGCUGACAUCUAUGGCAAACCCGCUCCUGAGGUCUUAUGGUUGAAGGAAGGAAAGCAAAUGGACAAAGCUCUUCGAAUUGAAGUGAAAACUACACAGAAACGUGCAGCAAUGCAUAUCAAGGACUGCACAAGGUUAGAUAGUGGAAACUAUGACCUCAGUCUCACCAAUAUCGGUGGGGUAAAGACAAUCCCAAUCACUGUGAAGGUCCUUGAUAAACCAGGUGCACCCACUGGACCACUGAGAGUCACUGGACUGACUGCCGACAGAUGCUUCCUAUCUUGGACUGAUCCUUCUCUGGAUGGUGGUGCAGCUAUAAGUCACUAUAUUCUGGAAAAGAGAGAGACCAGUCGGUUAUCCUGGACUGUGGUUAACGCAAAUAUUCAAGCUACAAAUUUCAAAGUGAUCAACCUACUGGAAUUGAAUGAAUAUAUCUUCAGGGUUAGGGCUGUGAACAAAUAUGGCAUUGGUGAUCCUUUGGAGUGUGAGGCAGUAACUGCACGCAAUCCAUACAAGCCUCCAAGUGCACCCGGAACACCUGAAGCAAGUAAAAUAACAAAGGAUUCUAUGGUCCUAUCAUGGUCAAAGCCAGAAAACAAUGGUGGAGCAGAAAUCGACUGCUACCAUCUUGAGAAACGUGACAAGGAUGGUGUAAGGUGGACCAAAUGCAACCGGCAGCCAUUGACUGAUCUACACUUCAAAGUCACUGGGCUUUUGGAUGGUCACUUCUAUGAAUAUCGUGUUUCUGCAGAGAAUGAAGCUGGAGUGGGAGAUCUGAGCGAACUCUCCCUGUUCUACAGAGCAUGCAAUGCUACAACAGCACCUGGACCACCACACCAUCCUAAGGUGACAGAUCACACCAGCUCGACUGUGUCCUUGACUUGGGGCAAACCCGCUUCUGACGGUGGAGCAUACAUCAAAGGGUACAUUGUUGAAAUGAGAGAGGUGACAGAAGAGGAGAGGAAAGCAAUGGAAGAGGAAAAGAAAAGGAAAGAAGCAGCAGCAGCAGAAGAAGAGUAUUUGGAAGAAGAUGAGGAAGUGGAAACAGCAGCAGUAGAAGAGGUGAAAGAACCUCCUAAGGAGUAUGAAUGGACCAUUUGUACACCUCCAACUGGCAUCCAGGCGACACACCUCACUAUUAAGGACUUGAAGGCAGGACUAGAAUACAAAUUCCGUGUCUGUGCUAUCAAUUCAGAGGGAGUUGGUGAGCCUGCAGAUAUACAUGGCACUGUGAUUGCUGCAGAAAGAGUUGAGGCACCAGAGAUUGAACUGGAUGCCAACCUCAGGAAGGUUGUCUCUGUCCGUGCAGGUGGAUCUCUGCGUCUGUUUGUCACAAUCAGAGGAAGACCUGAACCUGAAGUUAAAUGGGCAAAGUUGGACGGCGAGCUGACAGAACGUGUCAUGAUAGAAUCCACAAGCUCAUAUACUAUGCUUGUAAUUGACAAUGUAAACCGAUUCGACAGUGGCAAAUACACAUUGAACCUUGAGAAUAACACUGGUGAAAAAUCUGCACUUAUCAACGUCAGAGUGUUGGACACACCAAGUGCUCCACAGGCCUUUGCAGUCAAAGAUAUCAAAAAAGAUUCUGUAAAUCUUGUUUGGGAAACACCACUCACAGACGGUGGAUCAAAAAUAACCAAUUACAUUGUGGAGAAGCGAGAAUCCACCAGAAAGGCUUACACUGCCGUGACAACUAACUGCUUAUCUAAUACCUUCAAGAUUGAUGAGUUGCCAGAGGGAUGCAUUUUCUACUUCCGUGUAUGUGCUGUAAAUGAGUAUGGCAUUGGGUUGAUGGCUGAAACCAAAAACCCAAUUAAAGUUUCUGAAGUGCCUAUGCCACCACGAAAUGUCAGAGUUACAGAUCUCACGAAAAACAGUGUAUCACUUGCCUGGGAAAAGCCAGCUCAUGAUGGUGGAAGCAAAGUAAUGUGCUACAACGUUGAGGUGCAAGGUAAGGAUGACAAGGGUACCCAGAAGUGGAAUACUUCAUGCACAGUCAAAAUCCUGGAAACAACUAUUGCAAACCUAGUAGCAGGUGACGCAUAUUCAUUCAGAGUCAUUGCAAUCAACGAGAAGGGAAAGAGUGUACCAAAGGAACUUGGUCUACCUGUGACAACAAAAGAUAUUGCUAUUGAACCCUCAAUUGAGGUGUUAUUCAAUACUUACAGUGUGAAGGCUGGAGGUGAUCUUACAGUUGAAAUCCCAGUUAGGGGCCGACCUAAACCUGUUAUUGCAUGGAAACAUCAUGGCCUUCCUUUGAAGCAAACAAGCUCAUUGACAAUUCUGAAUACCAAGACCUCAUCCAAAAUUAUUAUAAAGGAGGCGGGCAGAGAACAUGUCGGAAAAUAUGAAAUUACUGCCGCAAACCCAGGUGGAUUGAAAAUAGCAGAGAUUGGAAUUAUUGUCCUUGACAAACCUGGUCCACCAACUACUAUCAAACCAACUGCUGUAACUUCAGACAGUAUUUCAUUGUCAUGGGCUCCACCAGAGUAUGAUGGUGGUUGCUGCAUCAACAACUACAUUGUAGAGAAGAGAGAUACAAACGCAACAGAUUGGCAAAUGGUCUCAGCAAAUGUUGCAACAACAGCAAUUAAAGCCUCCCGACUGACAAAGGGUGCUGAAUACCAGUUCCGUAUCUAUGCUGUAAAUCGUUAUGGAAAGAGUCAACAUACAGAUUCCCGUGGAAUUACAGCCCAGUAUAACUUCAAGCUACCUGGCCCACCAUCGACUCCUAAAGUGGUACAUGCAACCAAGAUUUACAUGCUUGUCACAUGGAAUGAGCCAGUCAACGAUGGAGGCAGCACAGUUCUUGGAUAUCAUUUGGAGCGAAAGGAGAGAACCAGCAUCAUCUGGAACAAGAUGAACAGAGGUCUCAUCAAAGAUACAGAAUACAAAGUGACUGGCAUUGAAGAGGGCAUGGGGUAUGAAUACCGCAUUUACGCUGAAAACAUUGCUGGAAUUGGAAAAUGCAGCAAAGCUAGUGAGGCUGUUUCUGCAAGAGAUCCAUGCGAUCCCCCUGGCGAGCCAACAGUGACAGGUAUCACAAGAACAUCGGUAUCCCUCGCUUGGACGAAGCCAGAGUACGAUGGUGGAGCCAAGGUUACUGGUUACAUUAUUGAACGCAGAGAUCUCCCAGAAGGCCGCUGGAUGCGGUGUAACUUCACCAACGUGGUGGAAACCUACUAUGACGUCACAGGCCUUACCAAGGACCAGCAGUAUGACUUCCGUGUCAUUGCAAAGAAUGCUGCUGGAUGCUUCAGUGACCCAUCUGAUUCCACUGGUUCAAUCACAGUCAAGGAUGAUGUGGAUCCACCACGUAUCAUGAUGGACGUGAAGUACAGAGCUGUUGUAGUUGUGAAAGCCGGAGAUGUUCUUAAAAUCAAUGCAGAUGUCGCUGGUCGUCCACUGCCAGUAGCAUCAUGGAAAAAAGAUGGCAAAGAGAUAGAGCUCAGGGCCAGAAUUCAGAUUCUUGCAACAGAUACCAGCACCUCAGUAAUUGUGAAGGACUGCAUUAGGCGUGAUUCUGGACAAUAUACUUUGACUCUGCAAAAUGUUGCCGGAACAGUAUCUACACCAGUGGAUGUUGUGAUCCUGGAUAAGCCAGGACCUCCCGCUGGCCCCCUGGCGACUACAGGCAUUACAGCAGAAGAUGUCACCUUAGCAUGGGGUCCUCCUCAAGAAGCAGGCGGCGCAGAUAUCACACACUAUGUUGUUGAGAAACGUGAAACAAGCCGUCUUGCUUGGACAGUGGUGAAUGCAGAUCUGAACAAGACACAUUUCAAGGUCACAAAUCUCCUCAAGGGUAAUGAAUACAUCUUCAGGGUCAUGGCCGUCAAUAAGUAUGGACUUGGCGAAACCCUUGAGAGUGAGGUCGUCAAAGUGGCUGAUCCAUUCACAAAACCAUCUGCUCCCACAAAUUGUGAGAUCACGGAGGUAUCCAGUGAGGAGAUGAAGCUUGUCUGGCAGAAACCUGUUUCAGAUGGAGGCAGUGAAAUUACUGGAUAUGUAAUUGAAAGGCGCGACACGGCAGGUAUACUCUGGGUCCGUGUGAACAGAGAGCUUGUGACUGAAUUGACAACCAUAGCAACUAAACUACGAAAAGGAUAUGAAUAUGUGUUCCGCGUGUUUGCUGAAAACGCUGCUGGUUUGAGUCCUCCAAGUGAAGCAUGCCCAUCGUUUAGGGCUGAAGAUGAACAGGUCGAGCCAGACCCACCAAGUAAACCAAAGGUUGUUGAUUCAACCAAGAGUUCAAUCUCCAUCAUUUGGAACAAGCCACUAGAAGAUGGUGGAGCUCCAAUCCUUGGAUACUGUGUGGAGUAUAAGAAACUUAAGGACGAGGAAUGGACAGUGGCCAUUCAGAACCUAAAGAGCAUGGAGUUCACCGUCUCUGGACUUACAGCAGAUGAAGAAUAUGAGUUUGCUGUUAAGGCAAUAAACAAGAUUGGUGAAAGCGAGCAAAGUCCAAUUUCUGAGCCUAUCGCAGCAAUGGAUAGAACUGUGGAGCCUAUGUUUGAUGUUGACAUAGAAAUGCGCAAGACAUUGAUUGUCAAGCAUGGCAACGCAUUCACUCUGACUGUACCUUAUAAGGGAAAACCUGCACCAUCAGUAGAAUGGAGCAAGGAGGAAGUAGACCUCAAGGCAAGAGCAACCAUUGAAACAAAUCACAGCUGCACUUCACUAACAAUUGAAACAGCAACAAGAAAUGACUCUGGACAGUACAAUGUAACAUUAGAGAAUGGCAUUGGAGACCCAAUAACAUUACCAAUAGUUGUAAAGGUUCUUGACUCUCCUGGACCACCACUUAAUGUAGUUGUUAAGGAUGUCACCAAAGACACUGCUACCAUUACAUGGGCAGCUCCAGAAAAUGAUGGAGGUGAUGCUGUGAAGGCCUACCAUGUUGAGAAACGUGAAGCCAGCAAAAAGGCAUGGGUGGGUGUGACCAACAACUGCCACGCGUUGUCCUACAAAGUGGAAGAUUUACAAGAGGGAGCCUUCUAUUACUUCAGAGUCAUGGGAGAAAACGAAUUUGGAGUGGGUGUUGCUGCUAUCCCCAAGAAUGGAACAAAGAUUACAGAAAAACCAAGUCCACCUCAAAAGCUUGGGGCUAUUGCAGUAACCAAGGACAGUGUUACAAUCGGAUGGAUUAGACCAGAACACGAUGGUGGAAGCAGAGUAACUCAGUACUUCAUUGAAGCACUUGAGAAAGGACAACCCAAAUGGUCGAAGGUUACUCUUGUGAACACAACUUCCUUCCAAAUCAAAAACUUGAAGGAAAAUGCUGAAUACUUCUUUAGAGUUAGUGCUCAGAAUCAUGCUGGACUCGGCGAACCCAAAGAGAUGAUUGUUCCUGUUGUAGUGAAAGAUCAACUGGAGGCCCCAGAUUUUGACAUGAAAAACUACCCCAGCAAUACUGUCUAUGUGAGAUCAGGAUCAAAUCUGACCUUUGAGCUUCCUAUGACCAGCAAACCUUUGGCAAAGGUUAUUCUGUCAAGAAACACUGUUAUUCUGAAACCGUCCAAGAGAUUGGUCACUCAAGUUACUGCUGAAAGCCUGAUCAUCAAACUAAAUGAGAGCAUUGCAAGUGAUGCUGGCAGAUAUGACAUCAGCGCCUCCAAUACAAGUGGCAUCACCAAGAUGUUCAUCAACAUCGUUGUGUUGGAUAGACCUGGUCCUCCAACUGGUCCUAUUGAGGUUGGCGAAGUGACUGAAUCCACAGUGGCUCUCAAAUGGGCUCCUCCUGUGUAUGAUGGUGGCAGCCCAGUUACCAACUACGUUGUACUGAGACGUGAAACAAGCACACCUGCUUGGACUGAAGUGUCUUCUCAGGUUGCGAGAAGUGCCAUAAAGGCCGGCAAGCUUACCAAAGGAGAGGAAUAUCAGUUCAGAAUCAAGGCAGAGAAUCGCUUUGGUAUCAGUGACCACAUUGACACCCCACCAAUCACAGUGAAACUUCCAUACACAUUCCCUGGUCCUCCAUCAACACCAUGGGUAACCAUGGUUUCAAGAGAGAGCAUUACAGUCAAUUGGAACGAGCCUGUCACAGAUGGAGGAAACACUGUCACGGGCUACCACCUGCAGAUGAAAGAGAGAAGCAGUAUUCUGUGGCAAAAGGUCAACAAAGUAGCAAUCAUUGGAACACAGCUGAGAGUAACAAACAUCUGCCCUGGCCUCAUCUACGAAUUCAAGGUGAUAGCAGAAAAUGCAGCUGGUAUCGGAAAAAUCAGCAAAACAUCAGAAGAGGUGCUCGCCAUUGAUAACUGCGAGCCCCCGGCAGCUGUAAGAGUCUCCGAGAUCACAAAGAACUCCAUCAGUCUGGCCUGGGUUAGGCCGCCUUAUGAUGGUGGCAGCAAGAUCAUUGGAUACAUGGUGGAGAGGAAGGACUGCCCAGAUGGCAGAUGGACAAGGGCAAACUUCACUAACGUGAUUGAGAUGAACUUCACAAUGUCAGGCUUGACCCAGAAUGAAUCCUAUGAGUUCAGAGUUUACGCAAAGAACGCAAUCGGUUCUAUCAGCAAUCCAUCUGAUGUCGUCGGUCCAAUCACUUGUGUCGAUUCAUGUGGUGCCCCUGCGAUCGAUCUUCCUCCAGAGUAUUUAGAUGUUGUGAAAUAUAAAGCCGGAUCCAUGGUUAAGAUCAGAGUGGGGAUUCUUGCUAAGCCUCUGCCAACAAUUGAGUGGUACAAGGAUGGAAAAGAAAUGGUGUCAAGCACUACACUCUCAAUCGAGAGCACUACUGAUUCCUCUAGUCUUCUCAUCAAGGACGCAACUCGUAGCCACACUGGCACAUAUGAAAUAAAGAUCAAAAACGCUCUGGGUUCGGCAUCUGCCACCAUCAGGAUAGAAGUUCUAGACAAACCUGGACCACCUCCUGGCUUGAUUCAGUUUAUGCUAGUCACAGCAGACAAGAUCAUUCUUAAGUGGGAGCCAAUCACUGAUGAGGGUGGUGCUAAGGUCAGCCAUUACGUUGUGGAGAAACGUGAAACCAGCAGAGUGGUAUGGUCUACCGUGUCUGAGAGACUAGAAGAGUGCUACAUAGGUGUCAUGAAGUUGGUACGAGGAAAUGAGUACAUUUUCCGUGUAAGGGGUGUCAACAAGUUCGGAAAUGGAGAGCCCUUGGACUCUGAGCCUGUUGUUGCCAAAAAUUUAUUUGUUACCCCAGGACAGCCUGCCACACCAGAGGUAACAACUACAACCAAAUCAACAAUGGUAGUUGUAUGGGACAAACCAGGUGUGGAUGGCGGUAGUCAAGUAACUGGCUACUACCUUGAGAGGCGUGACAAGAAGAGCCUUCGCUGGAUAAAGGUCUUGAAAGAUCCGAUUAACAACAACACUACGACUAUCUUUAACCUAACAGAAGGCAAUGAAUAUCAAUACCGUGUGUGUGCGAUCAACAAAGCCGGAGAGGGCCCCUUCUCAGAUGUGUCUGACUACUACAAAGCAGCUGAUCCAGUUGAACCACCAUAUGAACCUACCAAGCUCAAAGUGGUUGACUCAACCAAGACAUCUAUCACCCUUGGAUGGGCCAAGCCAGAGUGGGACGGAGGCAGUGAGAUCCUCAGCUACGUUGUUGAACAGCUGACAGACCUGGAGGGUCUACGACGCAAACCACCCAAAGAAGAAUCAUCUGAAUCAGAAGGAGAAGAAGAGGAGGAGGAAGAAGAAGCAGACAAUGGAGAAUGGGUUGUAAUCAGCCAGAAGGGAGAAGUGAGGACAGCAGAGUACGUUGUGUCCGGCCUAACACCAGAUGUUGACUACUACUUCCGUGUAUCUGCAGUCAACAUCGCAGGGCGUGGAGAGGCCAUUAAGAUGAAAGAGCCUGUUCAUGCUAAGGACAUUCUGGAGGAAGCUAUCUUCGAUCCAGAUGUUGCCAUGAGAACACACUACAUCGUAAAAGCCAAGCAGGAUGUGGAGAUCACAGUGCCCCUCAAGGGCAGACCUGCACCUAGUGCUACUUGGAUGUUCGGAGACGAGAACAUCGACAAUAAUAAAAAAUAUGAAAUCCACCACACAGAUACUACAUCAACCCUUGUUAUUCCAGAAGUCAGCCGUAAUGACACUGGUAGGUACACUGUGAAGAUUGAAAACGGUGUAGGAGAGCCAAAGUCAAUGACACUGUCUGUGAAGGUUCAAGACUCACCAGCUGUCUGCACGAACCUGGUAUUGAAGGACGUCACUCGUGGUAAAGUAACCAUGUGCUGGGAAGAACCUGAACUUGAUGGUGGUGCUGAUAUUACCAAUUACAUCAUUGAAAAGAGAGACUCAUCCAAGAGAUCCUACUCUAGUGUGACAACCAAAUGCACAGAACAAUUUUAUACCAUUGAAGAUCUCUCAGAGAAAACAUCCUUCUUCUUCCGUGUAUCAGCAGAGAAUGAAUUUGGAAUAAGUGAUCCUUGCAGCACAGUUGAACCAGUAAAAGCUACAGAAACUCCUGGUCCAGUCAAAGAAGUUGCUAUGAAGGAUGCCUCAAAGACCUCUGUAACACUGCAGUGGGUGAAGCCUGAUUAUGAUGGUGGAAGCAUCAUAUCUGACUACGUCAUUGAGAAGAGACUCAAGGAUGAAGAGGACUGGGCAGCUGCCGGCUGCAGCAAACAAUGUGAACACGAAGUACCAAAACUCAAAGAAACCUCACAAAUGAAUUUCAGAAUUGCCGCCAGAAAUGAAAAGGGGAAGGGUGACUUCACUGAAAUUGGACCAAUUGAAGUGAAGGACUUUGUCAUCCCACCAGAGGCCAACCUGGAUGAGUAUCCAGGUGGGGAAAUCAGUGUCCGUGUGGGCCAUAAUGUACACAUUGAGUUACCCUAUAAGGGUAAACCCAAACCUGCCACGUAUUGGCUUAAGGACAAUAUGCCACUGAAGGAGAGCGAACUAGUACGCUUCAGGAAAACAGACAACAAAGUUGUUCUCAUGAUCAAGAACGUGAAACCAGAGCAUGGUGGGAAAUACACACUUACUCUUGAUAACAGGGUGUACAGGAAAUCCUUCAACGUUUUUGUCAUAACUCGCGGACCACCAUCAAAGCCUGUCGCACCCAUCAACUUUGAUGAGGUCAGAGCAGACAGUGUCACAAUAUCCUGGGAGGAGCCAAAUGAUUACGGAGGUGGAGAAAUCACUUGCUACUCUGUAGAGAAGCGCGACACAUCUCAGAAUGACUGGAAGAUGGCAUGCUCUAGUGUCACUGACACAACAUUCAAGGUGCCCAACUUGAUCAAGGGAAUAGGGUACCAGUUCAGAGUGCGUGCUGAGAACAUAUAUGGAGUCAGUGAGCCACUGGUGUCACCAAGCGUUGUCGCUAAACAUCAGUUCAGGCCUGCAGGUCCACCAGGAAAGCCUGUUGUGUACAACGUCACCAACGACGGAAUGACCAUUCAGUGGGAGCUGCCCGUCUUCAAUGGUGGCUGUCCAGUCAAGGGCUACCAUGUUGAGAAGAAGGAGAAGAACAGUGUCAUGUGGCAGAAGGUCAACACUGUGGCUAUCCCUGGAACAGACUAUAGAAUCAUUGGCCUUAUUGAAGGACUGGAAUAUCAAUUCAGAGUCUACGCUCAGAAUGAUGCCGGAUUCAGCCGCAAGAGUGACGAAAGCAACACCACCAUGGCAGUUUCUCCAGUUGAUCCACCUGGUCAACCUGACUACACUGAUGUGACCAGCAAUUCUGUUGCACUGAAAUGGGAUGCACCCAAACGUGAUGGAGGCAGCAAGAUUGUGGCUUACAAUGUUGAAAAACGCCAAGGACAGGGCCGCUGGCUGAAGAGCAACUUCACUGAUGUCCACGACACCCAGUUUACUGUCACUGGUCUUGCUUGCAAUGAACGCUAUGAGUUCAGAAUUAUUGCAAGAAAUGCUAUUGGCGUAGUGAGUCCCCCAUCUAACUCAUCUGGACACAUCGUGGUCAGAGAUGAAAGUGCUUCUCCAAACAUUGAGUUUGGCCCGGAGUAUUUUGAGGGACUCACAAUCAAGGCAGGAGACAACAUGAGACUAAAGGUAUCGAUCACUGGACGACCACAGCCCAAGGUUGUGUGGUUCAGAGACGGCGUGCAAAUCACCAAGUCGAUGAUGGACACCACCACAGUUGCUGGAUCAAGCAUGCUCUUUGUACGUGAUGCUGACCGCAGUCACAAAGGAACUUACACAGUGGAAGCCACCAAUAGCCAAGGAACCAAGAAGGAGGACAUCAUUGUCCAAGUCCAUGAUACUCCUGGAGAGCCGAUGGGACCUAUCAUUUUCAGUGAUAUCUCUGAAGGAAAAGUGACCAUCACAUGGAAUCCACCGGAGAACGACGGCUGCUCUGACAUCUCUCACUACAUUGUUGAGAAGCGUGAGACCUCUAAGAUCUCAUGGGCACUUGUCUCGGAUUGCUGUAAAGAAACAGUAUACCACGCCACCAAGCUGAUGAAGACCAAUGAGUACCAGUUCCGUGUUUCUGCUGUCAACAGGUUUGGUACCGGCCGACCAUUGGAUUCAAGUCCCAUCAUUGCACAAAUGCAAUACACUACUCCUGAUGCACCUGGCACACCUGAUUCCACUGCAGUUUCUGGAGACAGUAUCACACUGGCAUGGGAAGCAUCCACAUCUGAUGGAGGCAAUCCUAUUCAGUACUACAUUGUUGAAAAACGUGAGAAGAAGACUGUCCGCUGGGACAAGGUGAGGUCAAAGAAGCCCAUUGUGGAGCCUGCUCACCGGGUGGAUCAUCUCACUGAAGAUAUGGAGUAUGAGUUCCGUGUGAUGGCAGUAAACAACGCCGGUAUUGGAGCACCCAGUAACAUCUCAAUGGCCAUUAAAGCCAGUGAGCCAAAAGAUAUUGCAUGCGCUUCAUCUGUGGUUCAUGUAACCGACUCUACAGAUACAACUAUCAGUUUGGAAUGGACAAAGCCUAAAGACGAUGGUGGCAGUUCCAUCCAUGGAUACGUCAUUGAGUUGCACAAGGUAUCUAAGGAAGAACUAAAAGAAAUACUAGCUAAACCUAAGAAGGUGGUAGACAGCUCAGAAGAGGAGGAGGAGGAGGAGGAGGAGGAAGAGAAAGAAGAGGAUACCAGAGAAUGGAUCAGAAUCAAUGAGGAUCUGGUCAAUGAUACAAAAUACAUUGCAACUGGUUUGGAAACUGGUUCAUACUACCUGCUUCGUGUUUCUGCCCAGAAUAGUAUUGGAAAGGGAGAGGAGCAAGAGAUUCCUGAGCCAGUACAGGCUGUGGACAGACAUGUAAAACCUGACGUUGAUAUUGACGCUACCUUCAAACAUACACACAUUGUGAAGAAGGGAGGCACCGUCUGUCUCCGUAUCGCCUACAAAGGAAAACCAAUUCCUUCAGUUAAAUGGAGUAAAGAAGAUGAAGAAGAACUUGGUGUCAUGACAGAUAUUACGACUACAGAGACCUACACUGCUCUGACGAUAGAAAAAUGUACCAGAUACGAUUCUGGAAGAUACACUCUUACUCUGGAGAACAGCAGUGGUGUAAGGGAAGUUGAUUUCAUUGUAAAGGUGUUGGAUACACCUGGACCUCCAGGACCUAUUGCCUUUGCAGAAGUGUCCAGAGGAGCACUGACACUGGUUUGGGAACCUCCAGCAAAUGAAGGUGGAGCUCACGUUCAACAUUACAUUGUAGAGAGGCGUGAGGCAAGUCGCCGUACCUGGAACCAAUCCGGUGGCAAGGUCACUGCGCUAUCCUUACAUAUCCAGGAUCUUCUGGAAGGUGUUCCCUACUUUUUCAGAGUUUCAGGAGAGAACCAGUACGGUAUUGGUGAACCUUUUGAGACGAUAGAUCCCAUUAUUGCUACUGCAGAGCCUUCUUCACCAAUGAGAUUGGAUGUUGUGGACGUCACAGACACUACAGCAACACUCUCCUGGGUCAAACCCGAGCAUGACGGUGGUAGUCGUAUCACAGGCUACAUCAUUGAGCAUAAGGCAAAGACCACAGAUAAAUGGGUCGUUGGUGGUGAGACCAAGAACGAGAGCAUCACUCUAGAAUUAUGUAGGACUGCAGAGUAUGAGUUCCGCGUUAAGGCAAAGAACGAUGCAGGCAACAGCUUACCAAGAGAAGCACUAUCCUCAGUGUUAAUCAAAGAGCCACAGAUAGAACCAACUGCAGAUCUCAGUGAAAUAUCUAACCAGGAGGUCAUCUGUAAAGUGGGUAAUACCUUUGCCAUCGAUGUUCCCAUCACUGGUAGACCAGCACCGAAGGUAAUCUGGAAACUGGAGGAGAUGAGGCUGAAGGACAGUGAAAGGGUUGCAAUCAAGACUGUCAAAAACAGGACAACUCUGUCUAUCAGAGACGCCAUGAGGGGCGAUGGUGGCAGAUACUUCCUCAGUCUUGAAAAUUCUGCUGGAUCCAAGACGUUCUUCGUUACUGUCAAUGUCAUUGGAAGACCUGGUCCCCCCCUUGGACCCGUUGAAGUUUCAUCCAUAACAUCAGAAUCAUGUGAGAUUGCUUGGGAAGCACCAGAGGAUGACGGUGGAACAGAUAUCACCAACUACAUCGUUGAGAAGCGUGAAUCUGGCUCCACUGCCUGGACACUCAUCAACUCCAGUGUGAAACGCACCAACCUCAGUGUGGGACAUCUGACAAAGUACAUGCAAUACACCUUUCGCGUCAGUGCUGAGAACAGAUUUGGCACAAGCAAAUCAACUGAAUCUGAGACCAUUGUCGCUGAGAAUCCAUUCGGUCCUUCUGGUGCACCAACCAGACCUUCUGUAUACAACGUGGCUUCCACCACCUGCCACAUUCGCUGGGAGGAGCCAUACCACGAUGGCGGCAGCAAGGUGACUGGAUACUGGAUUGAAAAGAAAGAACGAAACAACAUCCUUUGGGUGAGGGAGAACAAGAUCCCAUGCUUUGAAUGUGACUACAGAGUGGAGGGACUUAUUGAAGGCCUUUCGUACCAGUUCCGUGUCUUUGCAAUGAACAGCGGUGGCCUCGGCAAAGCUAGCGAGGCAUCCAAGCCUAUGGUGGCUCAAAAUCCAGUUGAUCCUCCUGGUAGACCAGAAGUAACUGAGGUAGGCAGAUCUACAGUGUCCAUCAAAUGGUCUACACCACUUGACGAUGGUGGCUUCCCAAUUGUGGGUUACAUUGUUGAGCGCAAGCCAUACACCAUCACUGGCGAAGGUCGCUGGCUGAAGUGUAACUACACCAAUGUCACAGAAAAUAACUUCUCAAUCACUGCACUUGGUGAAGGAGAGGUCUACGAGUUCCGAGUCAUUGCCAAGAACUCCAACCAAGUUUUCAGUAUGCCUUCAGAGUCAACCGGCGCAGUCACAUGCAAAGCAGAAUACACUCCUCCAAAGGCAGACCUUGACAGCAAACUUCUGGUUGACACGGUUACAAUCAGAGCCGGCUCAGACCUUGUUCUGGAUGCUGCUGUUGGUGGUAAACCUGACCCCAAAGUGUUCUGGGCCAAGGGAGAUAAGGAACUGGAGCUGUGUGAAAAGUACUCCCUGCAGUACACCAGCACACGUGCCAUGGCCAUUAUCAAAUUCUGUGACAGAGAUGAUACCGGGAAGUACGUUCUCACUGUUAAGAACGCCAGUGGCAUCAAGUCAGCCGAAGUUAACGUGCAAGUACUUGAUACACCUGGUGCUCCUGACGGCAAAAUCACCAUCAGCCAUAUUUCUGAAGAGAAAUGCACUGUGUCUUGGAAACCCUCUCUGGAGAGUGGUGGUGACCCGGUGACACAUUACAUUGUUGAGAGACGCGACACCAACAGACUCAACUGGGUGAUCAUGGAAGCUGAGUGCAAGGAACACACCUGUGAGAUCACCAGACUGUUCAAAAACACUGAGUACCUCUUCCGCGUGAGAGGUGUCAACAAGUAUGGAUCUGGCGUUCCACUGCAAUCUGGUCCUAUCAUCGCCAGAAACAUGUUCACUGUCCCAUCUGCUCCUGGCACACCAGAGAUUCUUGCUGUAGGAAAAGAUUUUGCUAGUAUUGAAUGGUUAAAACCAGAGAGCGACGGUGGCAGUCCUAUAACUGGAUAUCUGAUUGAGAAACAUGAAAAGAAGAGUGCCAGAUGGAUCAAGGUGAACAGAGAUGCCACACUUAUGGACACAAGCUUCAAGAUAACUGGCCUCGUGGAGGGCAACAUCUACCAGUUCCGUGUAUCAGCUGUCAACAAGGCUGGUGAGAGUGAACCCAGUGAGCUGUCUCUCUAUGCUGUCUGCAGAACGCCAACAAGUACUCCUCCACCUCCCACAAUUCCACGUAUUAUUGAUACUACCAAGGACAGUGUCAGCCUUGCUUGGACCAGACCCUUGGAGGACGGAGGUUCUGAUAUCAUUGGAUACGUUCUGGAGAAGCAAGAACAGGAGGAGGGAGCUGAGAAGCCGCCUGAGCCAAAACCUGAGAAGGUACCUGAGAAAGUCGUUUCGAAGGGAACCAGUCUAGGAGCCAAGAAAACAGUUGUGUUUGUGGAGGAAGAGUCGUCGGAGGAGGAAGGCGAUGAGGAAGAAGAGGAUGAGGAGGAAGAGGAAGGUACAGGUGUGUGGGUUAAGGCCCAUGAGAAGAACCUGAGACUCACAGAACACAUUGUGACUGGCCUUACAACUGGAAAGAUGUACCGAUUCAGAGUGGCUGCAGUUAACUUCAAUGGAGUCGGUGAAUUUAGUAGAGCCUGCGCAGCAGUCGAGGCUACCGAGAAAAUUGAAACUCCUGAUAUUGAGCUUCAUGAUGAUAUGACCAAGACCAUCUGCCUGAGAGCCGGAGGUUCUCUUCGUCUCUUUGCCACAGUCAUUGGACGACCAAUCCCUGCAGUUACCUGGAGCAAACCUGGUGUCGACCUCAACAACCGUGGCUUCAUUGAAGUCACUAAAACUUCCACACAAAUCAUUAUUGACAAAGUGCACCGCUAUGAUGCUGGCAAAUAUACCAUUGAGGCAAAGAAUGAAUCUGGAAAAACUGCUACCAUUAUUGUCAAGGUCUAUGAUACUCCUGGUCCAACUGGCCCAAUUAAGGUCAAGGAACUUGAGAAGGACUCCAUUACCAUUGCAUGGGAUCCUCCUACUGUUGAUGGUGGAGCACCAGUGAAUAAUUACAUCAUUGAGAGACGCGAAGCAUCAAUGAGAGCUUACAAAACUGUGACAUCCAAAUGCAGCAAGACAUCAUACAAAAUCGACGGACUCUUCGAGGGAAUGCUGUAUUACUUCAGAGUCCUCCCAGAAAACCUGUACGGUGUGGGAGAGCCAUGUGAAACCCCUGAUGUCAUUUUGGUGUGCGAGGUGCCUUUGCCCCCUGCGACACUGGAGGUUCUGGAUAUCACCAAGACCACAGUAACACUUGGAUGGGAGAAACCAGAGCAUGACGGUGGAAGCAGACUCACAGGCUACAUCAUUGAAGCUUGUAAAUGUGGCACAGACAAAUGGAUGAAGGUGACAACAGUGAAGACGACUGACUUUGAGUUCACCAUGACUUCUUUGACUGAGAAAGAUCAGUUUAUGUUCAGAGUCAGAGCUGUUAACAGCAGGGGAGCCAGUGUACCAAAGGAGCUUGUUGCAGCCGUAACAGUCCAAGAACAAAGAGUUCUGCCAAAGGUUGAUCUGUCUAGCAUCCCACAGAAGUUUGUCAAUGUGUUGGCUGGUAAACCACUUGAGCUGCACUUGCCAAUAGUCGGUAGACCCCCACCAGUUUGCUCAUGGUACUUCAGUGGUCAGAAGCUGAAGAUCACUGAGCGUACGAAGAUUCAGACCACUGGAAAGUUCUCUAAGCUAACUGUGCUUGAUACUUCCAUCGAUGACAGCGGUAACUACACUCUUGAAGUGAAGAACGUCACAGGAGAGACAUCUGAGAUCAUUAAAGUGAUCAUUCUUGACAAACCUGAUGAGCCUAAAGGACCGGCCAGGUUUGAUGGGGUUGAUGCCACUUCAGUGACCAUCAGCUGGGAUCCUCCAGAGAGAAACGGAGGUGCCCCUGUCAGCGGCUAUGUUGUUGAGCAGCGUGAAGCCCACCGUCCUGGAUGGCUGCCAGUAUCUGAGUCUGUCAGUAGACCAACAUUCACCUUCGUCAAACUGACAGAAGGAGAUGAAUACAUGUUCCGUGUCGCAGCAGUCAAUCGCUACGGUGUUGGUAACUGGCUGCAGUCUGAAGUUGUGAUGUGCAAGAGCGCAACGAACAUCCCUGGACCUCCAGGCAGACCAGCAGUAUUUGACAUGUCUCGUGAUGGCAUGACCAUUGCAUGGCUGGAACCAGAGGAUGAUGGUGGAUCUGAGGUGUCUGGAUACAUAAUUGAGCGCAAGGAGGUCAGAUCUGACAGAUGGGUGCGUUCUAACAAGAACCCAGUCACCAUGACCAGAUACAGAUCAACAGGUCUGAUAGAAGGCCUUGAGUAUGAACAUAGAGUAACGGCAAUCAACGCUAGAGGUGUUGGCAAACCAAGUGUUGUCUCCUUAACAGCAGUGGCAACUGAUCCCGUUGAUCCACCUGGCUCACCCCAGAACCCAAGAGUCACAGACACCACAAAAUCAUCCGUGUCCCUGGCCUGGAGUCCUCCUGAUGAGGAAGGUGGAUGUAAGGUCUCAGGUUAUCUGAUUGAGAUGCAGAAAGCAGGCUCAGUCACCUGGAUCAAAUGUAACACAACACCUUCUCUGAUCUGUGAAUACACACUCACCAAAAUGCCCCAAGGAGAGGAGUUCAAGUUCCGUGUGAUGGCUUGCAACGCCGGUGGACCCGGAGAACCCGCUGAGGUCCCUGGAACAGUCACUGUGAAGGAAAUGCUUGAAAAACCUGAUCAUGAGCUGGAAGCCAAGUACAAGGACAUCUUUGUCGUCAGAUAUGGCAGUGUUGUCAAACUCUCAGUGCCCAUCAAGGGUAAACCAGUUCCUACAUGCAAGUGGACAAAGGAAGGCGCUGAUGUGCCUGAGAGAGCAAUGAUCGCUUCCAAUGACGACUGCACUGAACUGGUAAUCAAGGGUGCAGAAAGAGUCGACUCUGGCACUUAUGACCUACUGCUUGAGAACAAGUGUGGCAAGAAGAACGUUCACAUCAAGGUGAAGGUUAUUGGCCGUCCAACUGCUCCAGAGGGACCACUUGGAUUCGAAGACGUCCAGGCACAAUCUGUUAAGUUGACAUGGAAGGCUCCUUCAGAUGAUGGUGGCUCUGAAAUCCUUGGAUACAUUGUUGAGAGACAGCAGGUUCCAAAGACAGCCUGGUACACUGUAGAAACCAGGGUGGUGGACACAUCUUUCAUUGUGAAGGGACUCGAGGAGGGACAAGAGUAUCACUUCAAGGUGACAGCUGAAAAUACAUUCGGUAUCAGUGGAUCGCUGAAGUCAACAGAACCCCUCAUACCGAAGACUCCUCUCUGUCCCCCAGAGACAUCAAGCAUCCCACCAGAGGUUAUGGAUGUGACUAAGAGCUCUGCCUCUCUGUCUUGGUCAAGACCUAAGGAUGACGGUGGCUCUGCCAUUACCGGAUAUUAUGUUGAGUACAAAGCAGUAUCCUCUGAGACAUGGGUUCGUCAUGAGAAGAAGGUCGUUUCAACCCAGUUUACCAUCCCUGGACUCACUGCUGAUGCUGAAUACCAGUUCCGUGUCAUUGCUCAAAAUUAUAUUGGAGACAGCGAACCAGGACCUGCAUCCGAACCAGUCACAUGCAAAGAUCCAUUCGACAAACCAAGCCAACCAGGCGAGAUUGACACAGUAACUGUCACAAAGGACGCAGUCGCCAUCAAGUGGGCGGCGCCAGAAUGCGAUGGUGGAAAGGAGGUCCUUGGUUACUGGGUUGAAUACAGGAAGUCUGCAGAGGCUACCUGGAAGAAAUGCAACAAGACACGCACCAAGGAGAAAAAGUUCACCAUAACUGGUCUGGCCGAAGCCACUGAGUAUGAGUUCAGAGUGAUGGCUGAGAAUGAGACCGGAAUCAGCAGACCACGCAGAACAGCCACAUGCAUCAAGACCAAACUGAGCACUGGAACUCAACCAAGCCUGAGGAAAGAAAUGGAUGAAGUUACGACUAAAUUAUACCAACCAGGAAUUAUGAAAUGCCAGAUUAUUGGUAGACCUCUUCCCGAUAUCAAAUGGUAUAAAUCUGGCAAGGAGAUAAUCGAGUCUCGUAAAUAUGAGAUGAGCUCUGAUGGCCGUAACCAUUCACUGACCAUUAUGACAGACCAACAAGAGGAUGAAGGAGAAUACACAUGCAAGGCUAUCAAUGAUGCAGGUGAAGCAGAGACCAGUGGCAUUCUCGUUUUGGAAACUGCUCCACAGUUCAAUCCUGACUUCCCAUUGAAGAAUACCUACUAUGCUGAAAGCGGCACUACUCUGCGUCUACAUGUUGCCUACAUUGGACGCCCUGAGCCUAAGAUCAUGUGGCUUUAUGGAGCUACAACUGUGGUGGCUUCUGAGAAUAUCAGCAUUGAAAACACAGAGCAUUACACUCACCUGGUGAUCAAGAAUGUGCAACGCAGGGUACAUGGAGGAAAAUACAGAGUCAGACUGCACAAUCACUUUGGCAGAGCUGAUACUCUCAUCAACGUUGAAAUCCAAGAUAAACCUGCAAUGCCUGAAGGUCCCAUUGUACUUGAUGCCCUGUUGAAGAACUCUGUGAUUAUUAGCUGGAAACCACCAAAGGAUGAUGGUGGAUCAAUGAUCACAAACUACAUCGUGGAGAAGCGUGAAGACAAGGAGGUUGAUGACUGGACACUCGUGUCCUCGUCCAUCACAGGCACAAACUGCCGCAUUGCCAACCUCGUAGUAAACGCUGGGUACUUCUUCCGUGUGUAUGCUCAAAAUCGUUAUGGCAACAGUGAGCCACUGGAGAUCCCUACUCCCAUCCUUAUCAAGAGUUCAAUGGAUAAACCUUCACCACCACUGAUGCCAGUGGUUUCUGGUGUGACUAACGUUUCCUGUGUGUUGUCCUGGAAACCUCCACUCAUUGAUGGUGGCUCCAAGAUCAAGAGCUACUGCCUUGAGAAGAAGGAGAAGAAGGGCGAAUGGACACCUGUCACUACUGAUGAAAUCAAAUCCACAGUCUUUUCUGUCAAACGCCUCACUGAAGGAUGUGAAUAUAUCUUCAGAGUGAACUGUGAAAACCUUGGGGGAGUGAGUGAUUGGAGUGUGGAAUCUGAACCAGUUGUUCCAAAGACGCCUGUUGAUGUCCGUGCUCCCGCCUUCAAAGAAGAACUGAGGAAUAUGAGUGUCAAAUAUAAGAGCAACGCCACCUUUGUUUGCAAGAUCACAGGACAACCCAAGCCUGUAAUUAAAUGGUUCAGACGUGGCAAGGAGAUCCAAUCUGACGGAAAGAAACUGAAGAUUCAAGAGUUCAAGGGAGGCUAUCACCAACUGGUUAUCUCCGCUGCUGAUGAGGAAGACUCUACUGUCUACCAGAUCAGAGCAACCAACCAGGGUGGAUCCAUCUGCACCACUGUCUCUCUGGAUGUUGAAGUCCCUGCCAAGAUUAACCUGCCCAAGAAUCUGAAGGACAAAGAGGCUAUCCCUGCCCUCCGUGGAGAGAUUGUGAAUAUCAAGAUUCCAUUCAGUGGCAAACCUGAUCCUGUCAUCACCUGGCAGAAGGGACAAGACCUCAUUGAUAACAACGGAUACUACCAAGUCAUCGUCACAAGGUCAUUCACAUCGCUCGUGUUCCCCAACGGAGUUGAUAGGAAGGAUGCCGGUUUCUACAUCGUUUGUGCCAAGAACAGAUUUGGUAUUGACCAACAGACAGUUGAACUGGAUGUUGCCGAUGUACCCGACCCACCACGUGGUAUCAAAGCAAGUGAUGUUUCUAGAGACUCAGUCACUCUGAGUUGGCAAGUACCUGCUAAUGAUGGUGGAAGCAGAGUAGCCAGCUAUGUUGUGGAGAAGUGUCCCACAACAUCUGACAGAUGGGAACGUGUUGCCCAGUCUCGUGAUACUCGCUAUACCAUCAUCAACCUGUUCGGAGGAACCAGCUACCAGUUCAGAGUCAUAGCCGAGAACAAAUUCGGUCAAAGUCAACCAUGUGAACCAAGUAGUCCCGUUACAACAAAGGAGGACAAAUCAAGAGUCCUUGGCUAUGACAGCGAGGUUAGUGACAGAGAUGUUCCCAAGCAAAAGGCUCCACAUUCAUGUGCCAAGAAUGUGCAUACCAAGUACAUGAUUGCUGAGGAGCUGGGCCGUGGCCAGUUUGGUAUCGUUCACCGUUGUGUUGAGACCAGCUCUAAGAGGACAUACAUGGCCAAAUUUGUCAAGGUGAGGGGUGCAGAUCAAGCAUUCAUCAAGAAAGAAAUUGCUACACUUAACCUGGCCAGACACAACAACUUCUUGUGUCUUCAUGAGUCCUUCGACAGCACUGAGGAAUUAGUCAUUAUCUAUGACUUCGUCUCAGGUCAAGACAUCUUUGAACGCCUCGGCACAGCCGACUUUGAGCUGAAUGAGCGUGAAAUCGUCAACUACAUCAGACAAGUAUGUGAAGCUCUUGAGUUCUUACACGACAAGAUUUAUGGCCACUUUGACAUCAGGCCUGAAAACAUUGUGUACACCACAAGAAAGGGCAGUAAAGUCAAGAUCAUUGAGCUAGGACAGGCAAGACACCUGACUCCUGGCGACCAGAUCAAGGUUCAGUAUACUACAGCUGAGUACGCUGCUCCUGAGAUCCACCAGAAUGACAUGGUCAGCAGUGUUACUGACAUGUGGCCAGUAGGUGUUCUAGUCUAUGUCCUUCUCAGUGGACUCAAUCCAUUUACUGCCGAGACUCAUCAGCAGAUGAUUGACAACAUAUCAAAUGCUGAAUACAGUUACGAUGACGAAACCUUCAAAGUACCUACUGUUGAAGCCUUAGACUUUAUCAACCGCCUUCUCACCAAGGAGCGCAAGCACCGUAUGACUGCUGCCCAAGCUUUAGAACAUCCUUGGCUAAAGAUGCAAGCAGAAGUACUCAGUGCCACAGCAAUAAUAACCACAAGGCAUAAGAGAUACUACCAGGCCAUGGCAAAGAAAGAAUGGGCCACUGUCGUUGCAGGAGCAAGAGUUGCUAGUGGCGGUGCAAUCAGAGCCCAGAGAGGUGUCACAGUUGCCAAAGUAAAGAUCGCACCAUUUGAACAUGGCCCAGUCGGUGGUCAAAUCAUUCAUACAGUGGUGGAUGUGGGAGCAGAUGUCAAAUUUGCUUGCAACAUUGAAAACUAUGACAGCGCCACAGAGGUAACAUGGUACUGCGGUGUGCGUCAACUAGAGGCAAGUGACAAGUAUGAAAUCGACUAUGAGGAUGGUCUAGCUGUUAUAUGUAUCAAGGGAGUCACGAAAGCAGAUGACGGCACCUAUAGAUGCAAGAUCAUCAACGAUUAUGGUGAGGACAGUGCCUACGGAGAGCUCUUUGUAAACGGAGUCAGAUCAUACCGUGAGUACUUCACAGCCCGUGUGGUGAGGAAAGUGAAACGUAGAGUGGACACAGCAAGACUGCUCCAGAAACCACCAGAGUUCACCCUGCCCUUGUUCAACCAUGCAGCUUACAUCGGAGAAGAUGUUCGAUUCGGUGUGACUAUCACUGUGCAUCCUGAGCCUCGUGUUACAUGGUACAAAUCUGGCCAGAAGAUUGUUCCUGGUGAUGAUGAGAAAAAGUACACGUUCAUAACCGACAAGGGUCUUUAUCAAUUGGUGAUUCACUGUGUUGAUGCUGAUGACGAUGCGGAGUACUCAGUUGUGGCCCGUAAUAGAUUUGGUGAUGACAGCUGUAAGGCAAAACUGGCUGUGACACCUCGCCCAGCACCAGCAGACAAUACCUUGAGGCCCAUGUUCAAACGUCUCCUGGCAAACGUGGAGUGUAGGGAAGGCCAGAAUGCACGCUUUGAAAUCAGAGUGUCAGGACUCCCAACUCUGAAGUGGGAGAAAGAUGGCAUGCCAUUGGCAUUUGGUCCACAAAUUGAAGUGGUCCAUGAAGGCCUGGAUUACUUUGUCCUGCAUGUGAAAGAUACUCUACUUAACGAUUCUGGCUGUUACAGAGUUACCGCAACCAACUCAGCUGGAUCUGCCAGUUGUCAAGCCAUUCUCAAGGUGGAUCGCAUCACCCAUGUGAAAAAGGUUUACGAGAGUGAAAGAGACAAAAAGAAACAAGCAGAGAAAGAACAAAUUGAGAAGAAGGUCAGAUUAUCUCAAAUCAUGUCUGGAACUGAUGUCAUGCCACUUCCUACUUUGGCACAACAAGCUUUGAGAGAAGCGACAUUGUUGUGCCAACCAGUAGAGGCAACCAAAAAGGACAAGACUGAAGCCGAAGAUAAGAAACGGGCAGAAGAAAGGAAAAAGAGAGCAGAGGAGAAGAGACUGCGUAUGCCUUAUGAUGUUCCCCAACCUCGUGAACGUGGCCCAACUGCUCUUUUGGAAGAUAUGGAAAUCAAACACUACAAACCUUGCUCUGACAUGAAAUGGUACAAGAAACUCCGCGAUCAAUAUGAGUUCCCUGAACCAAUGGACAGGAUUUCACAGAAGAGACUGAAACGCAUCCGUCUCUCCAGGUGGGAUCAGUUCUACGAAGUCCCUCUGCCAAGAAUCAAGGAAUCUUACAAGCCAAAGUGGCGUAUUCCACAAGUUUCACAGGAUGAUUUGGAGACUGUCAGACCUUCAAGGCAGCGCACUCCAUCUCCUGAAAUAGAAGCAUAUCACAGAAUCAGAAGAAGGUCUCUUGGUGAUCUCUCAGACGAGGAGCUUCUCCUGCCAAUUAAUGAAUAUCUGGCAAUGAAGAGAACUGAGGAGGAGAGACUUCAACUUGAGGAAGAACUAGAACUUGGCUACUCUGCAUCCCCACUAAGCCUUAGCCCUGUACGCUUUGAAUUAGGUGCACUGCGCCACACAUCACCAAGACGCACAGUCUAUGAAGGUGUGGGUGAGGGUGAAGAGGUUCCAUUAUAUGAAAACUAUCGUAUUCCUUCUAAGUAUGAGGCUGGUCCAAGCUAUGUUGACCUUCGCCUGCGCCAUGACAAGGCUACAUUCCGACCGCCAAGACAAAACCAGAGAGUGUUGGAGGAGAGGGAGGAUCGAGAGAUGCUGAGAAAUGUGAAAACGACUCAAAGAAUAACCGGUUACAAGAGUGAACUGAAACACAUGGAGUUUGAAGAAAAAACUAGAACCGUGAAGAAAGACAGAACUACAACUUCCCAUGUGUCAACAUAUAUAGCAACUAAAACUGAGGGGAGAAGGUCACCCACCCCCGAAAGAACCCGUCCGCGUUCCCCUAGUCCUCUUGCUACUGUCAGAUCAGCCUCCAGAUCCAAGGUGGAGACUGUACAGUUGGCAAAAGUUGACCACCUGGCAAGAUAUGAGUCAAGAAAAGCCGUUCUGAGAUCCGAGCGGACAUCAGUAGAAAGGAAGGAGGUUGUAAGUAUGCAGCCCUUCAGCCUCGACCAUACCCCACGAGUCACUGUGAGGAUGCGUUCCCAUCGUGUGCCAUACGGUCAGCACACCAAAUUUACACUGAACGUCCAAUCAAAGCCAACCGCUGAGGUGAAGUGGUACCAUAACGGACAACUGAUAACCGAGAGCAGGAGGUACCGUAUAUCCAACCUGAGCGGAGUUCUGUAUCUUCAAAUUCUUGACUGCACCACAGAGGACAGUGGCACUUACCGUGUUGUCUGUACUAAUGCAGUGGGAGAAUGCUCAGACUAUGCCACUCUGGAUGUCGCAGGCAUGGGAGAGUAUUCUAGCUAUAUGGCACCUCGCGAAGACGAGGAACCCCCAGCUCUUCCUGUGGCAACCAAGAUAGGUGCUUACCAAAUAUCCUCCAAGACGGUGAAGACUGUUGAAACACACGAAACACACAUGGAGGAGUCCAGCACAUUUAAAGGAAAGAAGACUACUCUACCCGCAUCUAUCCUAACAAAACCACAGUCCCUCACCUUAAAUGAGGGAGAGACUGCAAGAUUUGCAUGUGAUGUUGACGGUGAACCAGUGGCAACUGUAACCUGGAUGCGUGAGGGACAAAUUAUCGGAUCUUCUGUUCGCCACCAUGUCACUACAGAACAGUACAAGUCUACUUUUGAAAUCACCUCUGUUGAGAUGUCAGACGAAGGCAGCUACUCAAUCAUGGUGGAAAACUCUGAGGGAAGCCAAGAGGCGCACUUCAGUCUAACCAUCCGCCGAUCGGAAGCCAAAGAGGAGGUCUCUUCUACAGUGACAUACUCAUACGAAGAGCCUCCAAUGCAUUCCCCUAGUCCAGUCACGUCUCCACCAAGGAUGAAGUCUCCUGAAUCAAUCAGCUCUCCAAAGAGAGUUAAGUCCCCUACCAGCCCUACACCUAAGUCACCCACUGAGAAAGUCACCCUCAAAACCAAGCCCUCCAUCUCAUCUGGUCUUCAGGACAUGACCGCAUCUGCAGAUUCCAUCGUCAAGCUGACAGUGAAAAUGACUAGAGAUCCUAAAGCUGAGAUCUCAUGGAUGAAGGAUGGAAAGACUCUCAUUCACGGUGGAAAAUAUGAAAUUCAUGAAGAGCAUGAUUCGGCACACCUUGAAAUCUAUGAAUCUGAGGCCUCUGACAGUGGAGUUUACAAAUGCACAGUCACCAAUAGUGCUGGGUCAUCAUCCACAAGCUGCAUUGUCUCUAUUCAAGCCUCAAACAAAUCCAAAGCACUUGCAACAAAAACAGAAAUUUCAGAGCAAGUUAUUAAAAAGGAAAUUGUCUACGGAGAGGUAGAGUCUUACACAGAAAUCAAGGCAUCCCAUACUCAGAUGGCCAUGACUGAAGGUCAGUCUCUCACCCUGAGAGCCAACAUCCCCAGAGCUUCAGAUAUCAGAUGGAUCCUGAACGGAAUGGAACUGGCCAACUCAGAGGACUACAGAUAUGGUGUGUCUGGAAACAACCAUACCAUGACCAUCAAAAAGGUCAGCCAAUACGAGCAGGGGGUCAUCACAUGUGAAGCCAAAACCGAACAUGGCCUUGUCAAGUGCCAGUUCAACACUACUGUCACUGAAGCACGAUCAGAUGCACCAUCAUUCCUUGUGCAGCCACGCUCUCAGAAUGUCAAUGAAGGACAGAACGUCAAGUUCACAUGUGAGAUUGCAGGAGAGCCUGCCCCUGAAAUCGAGUGGUUUAAGGACAACAUAAUGGUAUCUAUGACCUCAAACACAAAACUGAGCCGUUCCAAAAAUGUAUACACUCUGGAGAUUAUUGAGGCCACAGUUGCAGACAGUGGCAAAUACACCAUCAAAGCCGAAAACAAAUAUGGACAGUGCUCUGCAACAUCAUCUCUCAGCGUUAUCACUCUUGUUGAAGAACCUGCCAAAAUGGUUAUAAUGGAGCAAAGAGCUGCUGCUGCCAGCUUGCACAGUGACAGUUUCUCAGCCACAUCAGUCCAUAUGGCUGGAGCAUCAAUGACACAUGAAGGUUCUUUCCAAAGACAAUUUGAAAGCAUGUCUGCUGCUAGCAUGUCCGCCAUGACAUCUGAAUCAAUGGUAUCCAUGAGCUCCAGCAGUAUGAUGAAAAUGUCAAGUGAAAUAACGUCAAGUCAUGCUAGUUCAAUGUCAACUCAUGGAUCCUCAAUGACUGCUCUUACUCAUGGUGUUGGUAAAGCUCCCAAAAUCGAAUUUCUCCCAGAGGAUGUCAGCAUUGAGCCAGGAAGGCCUUUGAGCGUGUCCUGUGCUUUCUCUGGAGACCCAACACCUGAGAUUGAGUGGACCCGCACAGGGAAACAGUGUGAUGAAGACAGUGACCGGUUCCACAUCGAGACCACGGAGGACCUCACCACCCUUGUAAUCCCCUGUGUGAAGGAAGACGAUGCCGGAGCGUACACCCUCAAACUGUCCAACAAGCUUGGAUCUACCAUGGCAACUGUCAACAUUCAUAUUCGAUCCAUGUAAAAAACAACAACACGUAAACAUAUCAUUUCUAUCCCCCAUUUUCCCUCCUCCAGUACCUUUUUAUUUAUUGAAUUAGCAAAAAUAAUCUUUACUUGAUAAAGACCUGGAUUUCUGUUCUUGUAAAUAUGAACUAUUUUUAUACCAAACUUGACAUAAAUUUAUGCCAAACUAGACUAAAGUCUAAAGUUGUUAUAAAAUGUGCCAUAUUGGAUAAUUAUGACUAGGAUUUUUGAACCACUUUUCUGUGACAUGUACAUAAUGUAUAUAGCCGAAUUUAACGGUUAUGGAAAAUGUAUGAAUUGUUAUUUAUGACAAUAUUAACUGAAACAAAAGGAACUAAAUGUUUAACAGGAGAAAGUUUCACAUGAAACGAAUACCCUGAAAAACCUGAAACUAAACUCCGUGCCUCAACAAAAAGUUGAAGUCUUAAGAUUUCCUCAACAGGUAGAGAGGUUCCCUGUUGAAGUUUAUACUAAAUCAGAGAAAGACAAUGUUAUGCACCGUGCAUCUGUGCGUGCAAUAUUACAAAUACUCAUAUGAAUUGUAACAUGAUCAUAAGACCCUGAGUGCUGUUUGCAUAAACCCUCAUGUAAGUAGCACAACUAGGUCUUGUGUUCAGACUGACUAUGUCAUACCACCAUUUUAAUGACAUGCUCAAGGUGCGAGCGGCCUGCACUUUGAGCUCUAUUUUUAUGUGCUCUGUUUCCGGCAAUGGACAGUUGAAUUGGCUUUUUAAAACGUAACAUCACCUGGCCAUUAAAAAACAUUAAAAGUCAAUUCAAGUACUUCGUUGCAGAAACAGUGCCACCUCUUGGAGGAUUGUUAGGUAAUAUUUUGUGUGUGUGAGUGUGUUUUAGUUUUAGAAUUUCACCUUGCCAGUAGUCAGGGUAACCAUCAAGUGAAUGUACCAUGGUGAGACCAUCUACCGUGAAACAAAGAAAGCAAAAAGCAUGAAUAAUAAUGCCCUGCACUUUGAUUUAACUGAGUCUAUUGAUGUAGAAUUACUACUAUAUUCAUCCUCCUUGAGUUUUAUUUGACUGAUUUAAUAAAGCAUGAUUUCAGCACUA